CGGGGCGCCGGCCUACAGCUCCGUUAGGCCCCGCGGGUCCUUUGGACUUUCUCUGCACGUGUUCUGGAUCCAGACCCCCACAGACCGCCACAGACCCCCACGGGGUCCCGGGCAUCCUUGUUCACACAAGGUGCCGACCAACAUGUCUACGAAGGCGCCGACGUUCACGCAGCCGCUGCAGAGCGUCGUGGCACUUGAGGGUAGUGCCGCGACGUUCGAGGCUCAAGUUAGUGGUUCUCCAGUUCCUGAGGUGAGCUGGUUCCGUGAUGGCCAGGUUCUUUCUGCCGCCGCUCUACCCGGCGUUCACAUCUCGUUCAGCGACGGCCGCGCUGUUCUGAGUAUCCCCGCUGUGACCGCCGCACACAGCGGACGCUUUUCCGUCAGAGCCACCAACGGAGCCGGUCAGGCCACCAGCACUGCCGAACUGCUGGUUACAGCCGAGACGGCGCCUCCAAACUUUGUCCAGAGACUGCAGAGCUCCACAGUGAGACAGGGCAGCCAGGUCAGACUGGAUGUCCGAGUCUCCGGGAUCCCCACCCCUGCCGUCAAGUUCUACCGAGAGGGAGCCGAGAUCCAGAGCUCCGCCGAUUUCAGGAUCCUCCAGGACGGAGACCUGUACAGCCUGCUGAUCGCAGAGGCCUUCCCCGAGGAUUCUGGGACUUACUCUGUGACGGCCACCAACAGCAGUGGACGGGCCACCUCCACCGCUGAGCUGCUAGUCCAAGGUGAAGAAGUUGUCCCCAUAAAGAAAACAAAAACGAUUGUGUCCUCAUCUCAGAUGGCGUCUUCAGAGAUCCGAAUGCAGAAGAAGGUGGAGGCCAGUUUCCAGGCCACCACCAUGAUGGAGAUGCAGAUGGAAGGAGGAAUGAUGACUCAGCAUUUAGCUCACAGAACCCCACCACGGGUUCCUCCGAAGCCCACUUCCAAGUCGCCACCGUCCUUCAUGUCCAAGGUGACUGGAGGACGCCAGCAGUCUCCUUCACCGGUCCGACACGUGAAGGGACCGACCCCGGCUCCCGUCAGACCCGUUUCUCCGUCUACCAAACUCUCCAUCUCCCCGAUCAGACCUGUCAAGUCCCCGGUGAUGACCCGCAAACAGAUUUCGUCUUCGGCUGAUGUUCUGCCGCCGUGGAAGCAGGAAGACUACGUGGCUGAAGCUAGCUACACCAGCAUGAGCAGUGUGAGCAGCGCCACCCAGCUGCACAUGGAGAAACACUGGGAGCAGCAGGUGGUGUCCACCAAGCAGGGCGAGAAAAAAGCUGAGGCCGUGGCCACAGUGGUGGCCGCCGUGGACCUCGCCCGGGUCCGCAAACCGGGCGAAGAGGAGGAGCAACAGGAACAGGUGGAGCAGGAUGCCGGCAGGGUGGAGGCGAGGCAGCAGGUGGCAGCAGCGAGCACAGAGAAACACGUUCGAACCACCACAACACUGCUGGGAGAGGCUGCAGGACAGGUGACCCAGGUGACCCAGGUGUCGAAGGUCGUGACCCCGCAGGUGACCCAAGUGUCGAAGGUCGUGACCCCACAGGUGACCCAAGUGUCGAAGGUCGUGACCCCACAGGUGACCCAGGUGUCGAAGACUGUGACCCCGCAGGUGUCCCAAGUCUCCCAAGUGUCACAGGUGACGAAGGUCGUGACCCCACAGGUGACCCAGGUGUCGAAGGUCGUGACCCCACAGGUGACCCAGGUGUCGAAGACUGCCACCCAGCAGGUUUCCAAAGUGUCCCAAGUCUCCCAAGUGUCCCAAGUGUCUCAAGUGUCCCAGGUGUCCCAAGUGUCCCAGGUGACGAAGGUCGUGACCCCACAGGUGUCCCAGGUGGUGACCCCGCAGGUGUCCACUCAGAUUCCGGGUGUGGACUCCACCUCGACGGUGCAUUUCUCCGUCUCUAAAGUUUCUGUCCCCAAACGUGAGGCGAGUCCCGAGGUGUCCAUCGCUGGCUCUGCCGUUGCCACUCUGCACAAAGAGCUCUCCUCACCGUCAGCCACCAGAAAGGUCAUCAAACCCGUCAAGUCCCCCAGCCCGGCGCGGCGGGCGGCGGCGGUCACCCCGGAGCCCGUCCCUCCGCCGUUCAAAGAUAGCCGCUAUCAGCUGGAGCCAGCCGCAGUGAGUGAGGAGGAGUUUGAGGACUGGGAACCACAGGAGGCGGCCGCUGUCCCUCUGAGAGCUCAGGAACCCGUCGUCCCUCCAACACUGCUCACGGGCCUGAAGAACGUGACGGUGACGGAGGGCGAGUCGGUGACCCUGGAGUGUCAGAUUGGAGGCCACCCGGCGCCCGUCAUCAUGUGGUUCAGGGAGGACUUUAAGAUCGAGACCUCCAUCGACUUCCAGAUCAGCUACCAGAGCGGCUUCGCCCGCAUGGUGAUCCGCGAGGCCUUCGCUGAAGACAGCGGCCGCUUCACCUGCACCGCCACCAACGAGGCGGGAACCGUCAGCACCUCCUGCUACCUGCUGGUCAAAGUGUCUGAGGAGAUCGAGAGUCGCGAGGAAGUUACUGCCGUCACCGAGAUCGGAAUCACUCAAGCUAAAACUGUCGCUAUGGAGACGACAGAGCAGGUGACAGUGGAGGUGAGCUCCGGAGAAACCGCCGCUCCCUUCUUCAUCAAGAAGCCGACCGUGCAGAAGCUGGUGGAGGGAGGGAGCGUGGUGUUCGAGUGUCAGGUGGGAGGAAACCCCCGACCUCACAUCAUCUGGAAGAAGAGCGGCGUGCCGCUCACCACUGGAUACAGAUAUAAAGUAGCCUAUAAGAAGGAGACAGGAGAAUGCAGACUGGAGAUCUCCAUGACCUUCGCUGACGAUGCCGGCGAAUACACCAUUUUUGCCCGUAACACUCAAGGAGAAGUCUCAGCCUCUGCCACCCUGCUGGAGGAAGAGGCCUACGAAGCCUACAUGAAGCAACAGGACGUGACGUAUACAUCCCAAGUGACGACGACAACGGUGGUUCAGGAGCCAGUGGUCCUGAGUCAGUACGAGGUGGAGCAGAGGAGGGUCACCACCCCCAUGAGCUUCGUCUCAGAAUCGGAGUUCCUGAUCUCGGCCUUCGAGGAGAGGAUCAUCCAGGAGAUCGAGCUCCGCAUCAUGAGGAUCUCCUACACCGAGCUGGUGAUGGAGGACGGAGAGCUGGUGGUGACCGUCGCUGAGGAAGAGGCGGUGCAGCCGGCCUUCGACACACCUGUGAAAAACUAUCGUAUCGUGGAGGGGAUGGGUGUCACGUUCCACUGCAGGAUGGCUGGAAACCCGCUGCCAAAGAUUGCGUGGUACAAAGAUGGUCAGCGUCUCAGGGCUGGUGGGCGAUACCAGAUGGAGGUUCUCCAGGAUGGACGAGCCAGCCUCCGCCUGCCCGUGGUGCUGCCGGAGGACGAGGGCGUGUACACCGCCUUCGCCAGCAACAUGAAGGGAAACUCGGUGAGCUCUGGGAAGCUGUACGUGGAGCCGUCCGGAGUGAUCACACCUCAGAGAUACACGCCUCAGCCGGCGAUGCAGAGGAUCAGCUCCGCCUCCCCUCGCUCUGUGAGCCGCUCGCCCGGACGCUCUCCCAGUCGCUCUCCUGGACGUUCACCCGCUCGCCGGCUUGAAGAAGCCGACGAGGCUUCACUGGAAAGACUCUACAAACCUGUUUUUGUUCUCAAGCCUUACUCAAUCAAAUGUUCCGAAGGACAAACCGCCAGAUUUGACUUGAAGGUUGUUGGUAGACCGAUGCCCGAAACCUACUGGUUCCACAACGGACAACAAGUGAUCAAUGACUUCACCCACAAGAUUGUGAUUAAAGAGGACGGGACUCAGUCUCUCAUCAUCGUCCCGGCCAUGCCAAAGGACUCCGGAGAGUGGACCGUCGUUGCUCAGAACAGAGCUGGACGGACGUCUGUGGCAGUGUCUCUGCAUGUGGAGGCCCGAGAAAGUGUGGCUCGCCCUCAGUUCGUGGAAAAGCUGAAGAACAUCACGGUGAAGCAGGGAACGCUGGUCGAACUGGCGGUCAAAGCCAUUGGAAACCCACUGCCAGACAUCGUGUGGCUGAAAAACAGUGAUAUCAUCAGCCCGCAAAAGCACCCACAUAUCAGGAUUGAUGGCACUAAAGGAGAAGCCAAAUUCCAGAUCCCCUCAGCCUCAGGCUCAGACAGUGCCUGGUACACAGCAACAGCCAUCAACAAGGCCGGACGAGACACCACCCGCUGCAGAGUCAAUGUGGAGGUGGAUUUCGCCGCCCCUCAACCUGAACGGAAGCUCAUCAUCACCAAAGGAACCUACAAAGCCAAAGAGAUCGCCGCCCCCGAGCUGGAGCCGCUUCACAUGCGCUACGGUCAGGAGCAGUGGGAGGAGGGCGACCUUUAUGACAAAGAGAAGCAGCAGAAACCACAGUUCAAGAAGAAGCUGACCUCAGUCCGCAUGAAGCGCUUCGGUCCAACUCACUUCGAGUGCAGGCUGACGCCCAUCGGCGACCCCACCAUGGUGGUGGAGUGGCUGCACGACGGCAAGCCUCUGGCCGCCGCCAACAGGCUGCGUAUGGUCAAUGAGUUCGGCUACUGCAGCCUCGACUACGAAGUAGCUUACGCCAGAGACAGCGGCGUCAUCACCUGCAGAGCCACCAACAAGUUUGGAGUAGACCAGACCUCGGCCACCCUGAUCGUGAAGGAUGAGAAGGGCCUGGUGGAGGAGACACAGCUGCCCGAGGGCAGAGUCCACCGCAUCGAUGAGAUGGAGCGCAUGGCUCAUGAAGGCGGACCUUACGGAGUCACCACCGAUGAAGAAACGGAGAAAGUCAAACCAGAGAUUGUUCUGGUCCCUGAACCCACUCGAGUGCUCGAAGGAGACAUUGCCCGAUUCCGCUGCAGAGUGACCGGUUAUCCCGCUCCCAAGGUCAACUGGUACCUCAACGGACAGCUCAUCCGCAAAAGCAAGAGAUACAGACUUCGCUAUGAUGGUAUUUACUACCUGGAGAUUGUGGACAUCAAGUCAUACGACGCAGGAGAGGUCAGGGUGGUUGCAGACAAUCCUUUAGGAACAACAGAGUACACGGUGAAGCUGGAGAUCCAGCAGAAGGAGGACUUCAGGUCUGUCCUUCGUCGUGCUCCCGAACCAAAGGCGGCGGAGGUUUCUCACGAUUCUGGCAGGAUGGGAUUUGAUGUGGUGAAGGUGGACCGAGCUGGCGAGGCUGCUCAGGACAGAGAAGUUGUUAAACUGCGGAAAGCACAAAGAGUUGUUCAUGAGAAAACCUCUGAGGAGUCUGAGGAGCUCAAGAGCAAGUUCAAGCGUAGGACAGAGGAGGGCUUCUAUGAGUCCAUCUCUGCUGUGGAGUCCAAGUCCCGUAAGAGGGACGACUCCUAUGAAGAUCUGCUGAAAAAGACUAAGGAUGAGCUGCUUCACCACCUGAAAGAGAAAGAAGAGGCUGAGAGGAAGAGGAUGGAGGAACAGGGCAAAGUCACCAUCCCCACCAUCAAGCCAGAGAGAAUCCAGCUCUCCCCGAGCAUGGAGGCACCAAAAAUUCUUGAACGCAUCACAAGUCAGACCGUUGCGCCCAUGGAAGAGGUCCGUUUCCGGAUCAGAGUGGUGGGUCGUCCGGAGCCUGAGUGCCAGUGGUUCAAGAACGGCGUCCUGCUGGAGAAGACCGACCGCGUUUACUGGUACUGGCCUGAAGACCACGUGUGUGAGCUGGUGAUCAGAGACGUGGUGGCUGACGACUCGGCCAGCAUCAUGGUGAAGGCCUCCAACGUGGCGGGAGAGUCGUCAAGCCACGCCUUCCUGCUCGUCCAAGCCAAGGCGGCCAUCAGCUUCACUCAGAGCCUGGAGGACGUCAGCGCCAAUGAGAAGGACACCAUGAUGACCUUCGAGUGCGAAACCAAUGAGCCCUUCAUCAAAGUCAAGUGGCUGAAGAACGAUGUGGAGAUCUUCUCUGGAGACAAAUACCGGAUGCACUCGGACAGGAAGGUCCACUUCCUGUCUGUGCUCAUGAUCGAGAUGAGGGAUGACGCCGAGUACUCCUGCGUGGUCAUCGAUGACGAGAACGUCAGGACUAGCGCCAGGCUGCACGUUGAAGGUGCGGCCCUGGAGCUCGUCCGGCCGAUGGAGAGCAUCGAGGUCCCGGAGACGUACACUGGAGAGUUCGAGGUGGAAAUUUCCCGUGAGGAUGCCGAGGGCCGCUGGUUUUUCGGAGAUAAGGAGCUCUCAGUCAGCAAUAAGCACGUCAUGUCAUCCCGCCGAGGACGACACACCCUGUCCGUCAAAGACGUCCGGAAGGAGGAUCAGGGCAAAUACACCUUUGUGUGUGAAGAGAUCAGGACCAGUGCGUCACUGAAGAUGAAAGUGCGUCCAGUGACCCUCAUGCAGCCGCUGAGCGACUUGACCGUCUGCGAGGGCGACAUCGCUCAGCUGGAGGUCCGCUUCUCUCAGGAGAAUGUGGAAGGGACCUGGAUGAAGAAUGGUCAGGCAAUCUCCGCCUCGGACCGCAUCCACAUCGUCAUCGACCGGCAGGUCCACAAACUGCUGCUGGAGAACGUCACCACUGGAGACGCUGGCUCCUACUCCUUUGUGGUUCCUGCUCAGGAGAUCUCCACUUCUGGCAAACUCCACGUUCAAACGAUCGACAUCGUGGUGCCCCUGAAGGACGUUUCCUCCACCGAGGGGUCAAAGGCCGUCCUCGAGGCAAAGAUCUCAGCCCAGGACAUCAGUUCUGUAAAAUGGUACCACAACGACAAAAUCCUGAUGCCCAGCGAACGAGUUCAGGCGAUUGCGAAGGGCUCCAAGCAGCGCCUGGUCUUCACCCGUACUCAUGCCUCAGAUGAAGGUCGCUACAAACUGGUGGUUGGCAAAGUUGAAACCAGCUGCAGUCUGACUGUCGAAAAGGUUAGCAUCGUCAGGCACAUGGAGGACAGAGUGUGUUCCGAGUCUCAGAACGUCACCUUCAGCGUAGAAGUUUCUCACCCUGGAGUCGACCCGCUCUGGACCUUCAGGAACCAACAGCUCAAACCAGGACCCAAAUACAGGAUGGAGUCCAAAGGAAAGGUCCACUCCAUGACAGUCGUUGACACCAUGAAGGACGAGGAGGGCCAGUACAUGUUCCACGCCGGUGAGAAGACGUCCAGCGCCACGCUCACCGUCUCAGGUGGAGCAAUCACACGACCCCUGCAGGAUGUGACUGUUGCCGAAUCUCAGACUGCUGUGCUUGAGUGUGAAGUCGCCAACGCAGAGGCGGAGGGCAGGUGGCUGAAGGAGGGCCAAGUCGUGGAUUUCAAUGAGAACGUGGUGAGCGAGGUGGACGGAGCGGUCCGGCGCCUGGUCAUCGUUAUCACCCGACCACAGGAUGUUGCUGAGUAUACCUACCAGGUGGCUAACUCCAAGACCAGCGCCAACCUUCGGGUGGAGGCUGUGAAGAUCAAGAAGACUCUUCGGAAUCAGACGGUGACAGAGACACGGGAGGCGCUGUUCACCCUGGAGCUCACCCACCCAGACGUCAAAGGCUCGCAGUGGAUCAAGAACGGCGUGGAGCUGCAGAACGGCGACAAGUACGAGAUCCGCUCGGACGGCGUGCUGCACACACUCCGGGUGAAGAACUGCAACACACAGGACGAGUCGGUCUACUCCUUCAAACUGGGAAGACUGUCAGCCAACGCCCGGCUCAACGUGGAGACCAUCAAGAUCGUGAAGAAGAUGAAAGAUGUGAAUGCUCUGCUGGACGGCCCCGCCUCCUUUGAGAUCAGCCUUUCGCACGACGACGUGCCCGUGCGCUGGAUGUUCGGCGACACAGAGCUGAAGUCCAGCGACAAGUGCAAGAUCCUGUCGGAGAGGAAAGCCCACAAGUUGCUGCUGCAGAACGUGGACCGCAGCCACGCCGGAGAAUACACAGCCGUGGUGGGACACCUGCAGUGCAGCGCCACACUCACUGUGGAAGCGCUGCACGUCACCAGACCCCUGAAGAGCGUCGAGGUCCCGGAGACGCAGGUGGCCACGUUCGAAUGCGAGGUGUCGCACUUCAAUGUGCCAUCCACAUGGCUGAAGGACGGUGUGGAGAUUGAGAUGAGCGAGAAGUUCCGGAUCGUGGUUCAGGGGAAGCUGCACCAGCUGAAGAUCAUGAACACCAGCCGGGACGACUCGGCCGAGUACACCUUCGUGUGCGGAAACGACCGCGUGUCGGCCACGCUCACCGUCAGCCCUGUCCUGGUCACGUCUAUGCUGAAGGACUUAAACGCUCAGGAGAAGGACACCAUCACGUUCGAGGUGACGGUGAACUACGAGGGCGUGACCUACAAGUGGCUGAAGAACGGCGUGGAGGUGAAGUCGUCGGAGCGCUGCCAGCUCCGCAGUCGCCAGCUCACGCACUCGCUCACCAUCCGGAACGUUCACUUCGGAGACGGAGGAGAGUAUCGCUUUGUGGCCGGGUCCGCCGCGACCACCGCCAAUCUCUUUGUGGAAGCUCGUGUGGUGGAGUUCACCAAGAAGAUCAAGGACCUGAAGGUGACGGAGAAGAAGAAGGCAGUGUUUGAGUGUGAGCUGUCGGAGCCCAACAUCCAGACGGUGUGGAUGAAGGACGGCCAGGAGCUGGACCUGUCCCAGGAAAGGUUUGUGGUGACGGCCGAGAAGUUCGUCCACCGCCUGAUGAUUCAGACACUGCGGAUGUCCGACGCCGGCGAGUACUCGGUGGUUGCUGGUUCCAGCGUCUCCAAAGGCCGGCUGACGGUGGAGGGACGCGACAUCCGGAUCUCGGAACCCCCAGAGCGCCAUGUCACGGUUCUGGAGAGACAGCGAGCGACCUUCGAGUUCGAGGUGAACGAGGACGACGUGGAAGGCCGCUGGCUGCGUAACGGCGUGGAGAUCCAGUUCUCCACCGAGGAACGCUUCAGCUACGUCACCGUGCGCCGGCUGCACCGACUCACUAUUAUCGAAACAUACCGGAGUGACGCCGGCGAAUACACCUUCAUCGCUGGAAAGAACCGGAGUGCCGUUCAUCUCCGAGUCAACCUGCCGGAGCCGCCUCAGAUCCUUCGCCACAUGCAGUCACAGUCGGUGGCGGCCGGCCGGCCCGCACGCUUCUCCGUGCAGGUCGGUGGUCUGCCCGCCCCGCAGGUCACCUGGUUCAAGAACUCGCAGGCUCUGUCCGCCGGCUUCAAGUGUAAGUUCCUGCAGGACGCCGGCGAGCACACGCUGCUGCUCAUCGAGGCGUUCCCCGAAGACGCUGCCACCUACCACUGCGAGGCAACCAACGCCUACGGCAAUGCCAGCAGCACCGCCACACUCAACGUGGAAGUGUCGGAGCCCGUCUCGCCAGACUCCGCCCCCCUGGCUCCGCCCGUCGUCGUGUCCCCAAUGGUUAACAUGUCAGUGCGCGAAGGAGAAGCGGUUCGAUUCCAGUGUCGAGUGAGAGGAGAUGAUGUGAAGAUCAGCUGGUUCCACGAGGACAAGGAGAUCAGACAGUCGGACGUCUUCAGGAUGUCUCAGUUUGACGACAACUGUCAGCUGGAGAUCUGCAGAGUUUCCUCUGAGGAUCAGGGCAGCUACACCUGCAGAGCCGCCAACAGCGCCGGAGCAGCGUCCUGCUCUGCCACACUGACUCUGGAUGGUAAGCCACAUGUCCUCAUGUCCAUGUCUUUAUGUCCCCAUCCUGCUAAGAGGACGGCGCCCGUCUUCGUGCAGCCCAUCAGCAGCUGCGCCGUGUUGCACGGCGAGGUCGCCCGCUUCCACGCGAUCCUCUCCGGCUCGCCGCCGCCCUACGUCCGCUGGUUUCACAACCGGCAUCCGGUGCGGCCGGACAAGAAUGUGGUGUUCCACUUCGAUGAGGCCACUGGCGCCGCCACACUCAUCAUUGUGGACGCCUUUGCUGAGCACGCCGGCCAGUAUACCUGCACAGCCACCAAUACUGCCGGGGACGCCGCGUGCUCAGCCACUCUCACCGUCCGCAAAGAGGAAGAAGUGGUUCAGGUCCGAGAGCACAUCGAGGCCCGCAUCGAGCAAGAAGUCAAAGAACAUUCUAGCACCAGCGUCACCACUGUGGAGGAACAAGAGGAAACCUUCUACACUGGUGUCCAGUUACCAGAGAAAACUAGAACACUUGAGCUCCAGCCAGAAUCCAAACGUUACUCUUCAACUUUAGAGAAGAAAAAAGAGAAACCAGUUUUCCUGAGUCAGCUGACACCAGCGUCCGUCGCCUCCGGGGAGACGGCACGCCUCACUGUGAGAGUGUCUGGCUUCCCGAAGCCGACAGUUAAGUGGUCGCACAAUGGCAAAGCUAUAAAAAGCUCCUUGGUGUACAGGAUGAUAGAGGAGAAGGAGGAUUACACACUGGUGAUCACCAAGGUCACGUCCCAAUAUGAGGGCGAGUACUCGUGCACGGCCUCUAACAGGUUCGGCCAGACCACGUGCACUACACACCUGGAGGUGAAAAAGCCUGAUGUGAGCCAGGCUGAGAAAUGGGUGGAGAAGAUGUUUAGGAUCCCCGGUCAACCUCCGACCUUUAGCGUUCAGAUCCAGCCUGUGCGGUGCCAGGAGGGGGGUGAGGUCUCCUUCAGCUACAAAGUCAAAGGAGAUCCGGUCCCUAAUGUGAAGUGGUUCAGGGGGGCCUUCCAGAUCCAGCCCAGUUCAAACUGUGUCAUCGUAGCUGACCCAGACGGAUCUGGCUUCAUCCGCAUUCAGGCCGUUAAACAGGCAGACAGUGGUUUGUACACAUGUAAAGCCUCCAACCAACUGGGUGAAGCGUCUUGCAGUGCUCAGCUUGUGGUUGUGAAGGAGUCCAUUUCUGUUUCUCACAAACAGGAAGAAAUAACCGUAGUUAAGAAGAAAGGUUACAAGGUUUCAGUGACUGAACAGGCGACCGAGUCUCGUCUGUACCAAGUCAGCCUCCCGGGACAGGACAGACCCGACCAAAUGGUUUACACCAUUGGAACCGAGGACCGGCAGAUCGUUCCCAGUGAGCAGGUGAGCUCUCUCAGGGAGGCCGAUAUCUCUGCCGCAACUGUCCACCGUGAGAGGCUGACCCAGCAGGCCGCCGUGCUGCAGGCUCACGAGGUGGAGGAGAAGGUGUUGGUGGUCCCCACUCGCCCACCUCAGGCAUCUGCCACACCUGGUAAACAGCUUCACGUGGCAGCAUUCACAUCAUCUGUGGAGGAGAGCCAGGACCUCGUGGAACAGCACUGCGAUCGCAUUCAAAGCCCUGAGGUGGUGGCGCUGCAGGCGGCCAGGGAAAGACAGCCGAACGUGAUGUCGGCGGUGGCGGAGGAGCUCACCACACUUUCUACCGUCAGCACAGAGCCGCUGCCCGACAGGCAACCCUCUGCAAUCAGACCCUCCUCAGAGCCGAAGCACCUGGUCAGUGGGCAUCAGGUGGAGUCCCAGCUCUCCAUCCUGAAGGAGCAGUCUGAGGACAUUCCCCGAGAAGAGGAGGAGAAGGGCUACAAGGUCAAAGAGGGGGUCAAGAUUUUAUACUCGGCACAGUCUGCCGAGAGGCGGGUGCUGACAGAGGGCCACACCACCACUCUGACCACAGCCGAGUCGGCCGUGAAGUCGUCUGUAAGCAAAGAGCAGCAACGACCGGUCCGGGCCUCAGUCAGCGAGUCCAAACAGACUCUUUCCAAAGAGAUGGGAUUUUCCCUGCAGAGACCUGCGGAGGAGGCCGCUCAGCUGGGAAAAGACCAGAUCACCAAAGUAGCUCUGAGCACAGAGGAGAGACACAUGCUACAGGCUGAAGCCACACGGCAGCUGCCCAGUCUGGACAGCGCCACGUCCGUUCAAACGCAGGUCGAAGGAGAGCAGCUGCUGCAUCUGCAGGUCAUCACUGAUCAGGACUUGCUUCCUUCUGAGAGGGGCUUCACCUGUGAGAAACCUGCAUCUGAGAAGGUGGAAAUCCGCAAAAGUCCCACCCUACUGCACACUGUCAGUCAGGAUGAGCAGAGAACUGUGGUGUGUGAGGACACGUCGCAGUUUGAGGCUAAAGCCCCUACUGUGACAGCACAGCCCCAGAAAGAGGUCGCCACUGUGCUGCACUUGCAGUCUACCUCCAGGGUGGAGGCUCUGCCCAAAGAGGGCAUUCUCACCAUGGAGAGGCCUGAGCAGCAGCUGGCAGCUCAGAGUCAGGAGAAAACCAGAAGCCAUGCAGCCAUGUCAGAGGAAAGGAGGGAAUUUGUGGCAGAUUAUCACUCAGAGCUGGAUCAGUCCGUGACUGGAGUGCAGUCUAAAGUCCGAACUGAGCCGAAGCCUCAGAGCAUCCUCCAGCUCUCCCAACAACCACUGCAGCUGCCCAAAGAGACGCCGCUCACCAGCGGCGUCAAGCAACAGCGAGCUCUGGUGCAAAAGGAGGACCGCUGGAACGUAAUGCACAUCACCAGCGUAGAAGACCGCCAGACCUUAGAGGAGGGUCACACAGACAGCAUGUCCACUGUGGACAAGUUUGUCUGUCAGAUGGCGGUGGAGCCUAAAGCUCCCACCGAACCAAUCCAGAUCGAGGAGAAAGAAAUCUCUACUGAGAGCAGCAUCCUCCUGGAGGCGGCCGAGCAGGACUUUGCCGUUCAGAUUCAGGAGGGUCAGUCGGUCCGACAGUCCAUCACGAUGGAUGAGAAGCGAGUCCUGACUGGUGAAGUGUCUGAAGAGAUCAUCAAGUCUCAGUCUACCAUAGUGGCUGUGAGCACGCAGCCCAAACUGUCUGUCAUGGCCUCAGAGUCUCAAGACAGCAGCGCUCUGCCCAAAGAGAUGACCUUUGUCCUUCAGAUCCCCACAGCGUCCAGCCUGAGCAUUCGGCGUCAGCUCAAAGAUGCUCUUCAUUCAGCAGUGGCCAGCGACCAGCCGGUGCUGCUGGCUGAUGUUGUGGGACGUUUACAGGCCGUGGAAGUACAGGAGGUGAAAGUCCAAAAAGAGCCCAAGCGGUCCAUGUUUACCUACAUGAUCACGACCACAGGUGCUCCCAUGGAGAUCACACUGGCUUUUGAGGGCAAAUACCCUCAGACUGCCGACCUGAGAACAGAGCUCCAGGCAGCUUUCCACUCCAUGGUUUACCAGGAAGCACAGGUCUUGGCAUCGGAGCAGCCAGGCACCAUGCAGCUCGACAGACCCCAGAGAGCUCAGGUCGGCUCGACUCGCUCCAAAGAGGUGCUGUCCUCCAUGGUGGAGACGGUGAACGUGGCUGAGAGUGCGGUUGGCUUCACUGCAGUCAAAUCUCAGGCUGCCGCACUCAAGACCGAGUCCAAAGUGUCAGUGGAGAGUGCUGCGACAGAGCAGCAGGUUCUGGUGCAAGAAUCCAGGGCAGCCCGGCUGGAACAAUCCAUUUCAUCCCAGGUCAAGGUCUCCACAGAGACUCGAGUGGCCUUCGAGCAGUCGGUGCAGGUUUCCAGACAGGAAGUGACGUCCAUGACGGUAACGAGUCAAGAAAAAGACGUGGCCACAGCCGUCGCCGCCGCCGUCCGACCUGCCCCCACCGUCCAACCCCCUGCCAUCGUCCCCUCAGAAGAAAUCAGACAGGAAGUCUUCACUGAGGCGAUCACAGUCCCCAGCCCCGAGAUAGUCACUUCGCUCCAGGACUUAUCUGUAGAGGAGGACAGCAUGGUCACACUCAGCACCACCAUAAAGUUCGUGUCAAAGGUCAACUGGUUUUUCAAUGGUCAAUUGGUGAAAUCUGGCAAGGAGUUCAAGUGUUCCAAAGACCACGAUACAUACACACUGCUAAUCCACAAGGUUGUGAAGGAGAGGCAUCAAGGAGAGUAUGUGUGUGAGGCCGAGAAUGAAGCCGGCAGGACCACAACGUCUUCAGGACUCACUGUAGUCUCAAGAGUGCCGCCCGUCUUCAGGCAGAAAAUUGUCCCUCUGGAGAUCAACGUUGGAGGCCACGCCAAGUUCGAGUGCGAGAUCGAGGACGCUCCAGACGUGACCUUCAAAUGGUACCGAUCCGGCAUGGAGGUGCGACAGAGCGAGAAGUAUCGGAUCAUCAGCCACCAUGCUGGUUCCUCGCUGGAGCUGCUCAACCCGGUCAAAGCCGACAGCGGCGAUUUCAGCUGCAAGGCAUCCAACAAGCACGGCGUCGCCAGCUGCUCCGCCUCGCUGGUCGUCACCGAAAUGUACCCACCAGUAUUUGUUUCAAAACCCGAGCCGAUGACUUUAUAUGUGGGGAAACAAGCGGUGCUCCAGUGCUCGCUCACUGGAUCUUCGCCCAUGGAAGUUGUCUGGCACAAGGACAACAUAGCUGUCUCCUCCGAAGGCAACUAUGUCACCAAAUGUGAAAAGAACAAGUAUUCGCUUCACAUUAGGAACCUCGACCUGACCAAUCAGGGAGUCUACCUGUGCAAGGCCUCCAACAGUGUGGGCACCGCCACCUUCACCACCGAGCUCAAGGUCAUCGACAAGCCCCGCUUUGUUCGGACCGUCGAGCCGGCGUCAGCCGCGGUCAAUGACCCGGUGAGGCUGGAGUGCCAGGUGGACGAGGACACUGGUGUCACCGUCUCCUGGACCAGGGACGGCAAAAAAGUCCACCAGAGUAUGGACUGCAAAAUGUCCCUAGAGGACAAGGUCGCUAUUCUUGAGAUACCCAAGUCCAAAGUGAAGGACUCUGGGACGUACAUGUGCACAGCCUCGAACGAGGCAGGAAGCUCUUCCUGUGAGGCUGUGGUGUCAGUUCAAGAGCCGCCUGCCUUUGUCAGGAAAAUGGAUCCUAAGAUUACGUGGAAACAGGGUGUAGCUGCACGCUUACAGUGCACCGUUAAAGGAUCACCAGAGCUUCGCAUCCACUGGUUCUGGAAUGAACGGGAGCUUAGUGAUGGAGACAAAUACAAACUGUCUUUCAAGGGUGGAGUGGCCUCCAUGGAGGUCAUAAACCUGCUGGUCACAGACAGCGGUAGUUACACCUGUGAGGUUUCCAAUAAUGCUGGCAGCGAGAGCUGCAGCACAACCAUUGCUGUUAAAGAGCCGCCGUCCAUCAGAAAAGAGCUGCAGACAGUCGAGGCAGUGAAGGGACGAGCCGUUCAGCUCGAGUGUGAGAUCGCAGGAACGGCUCCGUUUGAAAUCAGCUGGGUGAAAAAUAAGAAACCCAUCAGCAGUGAUCAGAGAUAUCGGAUAAUCUCACAAGAUUCGCUGUCACGGCUGGAGAUCCAGAGCUUCGAGAGCACUGAUGUUGGAGAUUAUCAGUGUGUCAUCUCCAAUGAUGUGGGCAAAGUUACGACCAAAGCUGCAGCGAAACUGAAAGACCCGCCGUCCUUUUCAAAGCGGGUGGAGAGUGUUACCGCGGUGGUGGGGAACACAGUCAAACUGCAGGGCACCUUGAAGGGCUCGGCUCCCAUCACUGUGAAGUGGAUGAAGGACUCGGAAGCACUGAGAGAUGACGAUGCAAACAUCAGGAUGAUGUUUGAGAAUAACGUGGCCAGUUUGUCCAUUUCGGCUGUAGCCAUCAACCAUGGCGGAAAGUACUCGUGCCAAGCCGAAAAUGAGGCGGGGCAACAGAAAUGUGAAGCCACAUUGACUGUACAAGAACCGGCCCGGGUGCUGGAACCUGCUGAGUCCAUUAGCGUGACCGCAGGAGAUUCGGCCACACUGGAAUGUACCAUCUCUGGGAGCCCCGAGUUGAAAGUCAAGUGGUUUAAAGACGGCAAGGAGAUGAUCAGUGGGCGUAAAUAUAAGAUGACGCUUAAAGAUAACGUUGCCUCCAUGAAGAUUCUGGCAGCAGAGCGAGGAGACACUUCAGAAUACAAGAUGGAAGUGUCCAAUAAAGUCGGGAAAGACCAGUGCACAUGCUCAGUCACUGUCUUAGAUCGGAUAAUGCCUCCAACGUUCACCAAAGCCCUGAAAAGAGUUGAUGGUAACGUGGAGAGUGACGUCUCCAUGGAUUGUAGGGUGUCUGGGUCCCAGCCCAUGACCAUAGUCUGGUUCAAGGAUGACCAGGAGAUCACAUCUGGAGCCAAGUUCCAGCCUGAGUUCAAAGACGGCUCUGCCUCGCUCAGAAUUACUCGCCUGGAGAAGGCAGACUCUGCCGUUUACAAAUGCAGAGCAACCAAUUCAGCUGGCUUUAAAGAAACCAGCGGCACGCUCUAUGUCAAAGAACCACCGGUAUUCACUCUGAAACCAGAGAACCAGGAGGUGAUACCAGGAGCCACCGUGUCCCUCAGGGCGUCCUUCACUGGGACAGCUCCUUUGGCUGUCCACUGGUUCAGGGAGGACAAAGAGAUCCAAACCGGAGGCUCGUAUUUCAUUAAGAAAGAUGCCUCCUCCAGCUCUCUGGAGCUUCACUCUGUAAAGCCCACCGACUCGUCCAAAUACACAGUCCAAGUGUCCAAUGAUGCCGGGAAGGUGGACUGCACCGUGGUCCUCUUUGUGAAAGAGCCUCCCAUAUUCGUGAGGAAGCUGGAAGCCACCAAGCUCGUCACCUGUGGCGACUCGGCCCGGCUGGAGUGCUCGGUGACGGGCAGCCCGGUCAUCGGGUUCAAGUGGUUUAAGGACCAGAUGGAGAUCACUUCCGGUCCCAGAUACAGAACCAGCUCCGGUGAUGGCGUGGCCGCUCUGGAGAUAGCUAACUGUACCGUGGAGGAUGGGGGAGAAUAUGUGUGUGAGGCAUCAAGCGAUGCUGGCAGUGACCGCUGCAGCAGCACGGUGACCGUCAAAGAACCGCCGGUGUUUGUGCGUAGCUUGGAGCACAGAGAUGUGGUCAAAGGUGCAGAGAUGGUGCUGGAGUGCCAGGUUUCUGGCUCCGCCCCUUUCACCGUGUCAUUCUCUAAAAACGCCAAAGCAAUCAGGAAUGAUAAGAGGCACAGGAUAACGAUUAAAGAUGAGCUGCUGGCACUGCAGGUGCUGGCAGUGGAGGCCGGAGAUGUGGGCAUGUACCAAUGUACCGUGGAGAACGAGGUGGGAAGGACAACCUGCGAUUGUCAAGUAACGCUGAAAGAACCACCGUCUUUUGUGAGAAAGCUGGAGAACAUCAGCUCACUGGUGGGCAGCGAAGUUUUCCUGCAGUGCUCUGUGAAGGGCUCCGAGCCAAUGAGCGUGUCCUGGUUGAAGGACAACCAUGAGCUGAAGGAGGCCGAGAACACUCACAUCACAUUCCAGAAUGGGACGGCUCAGCUGCACAUCACCAACCUGCACGGCAAACACGCCGGCAAAUACUGCUGCCAGGCGCAGAACCAGGCUGGCAAACAGAGCUGCUCGGCAUUGCUGACGGUCAAAGAACCGGCACAGAUCACAGAGGAGGCCAAGUCUGUCAGUGUGACUCAGGGCGAUCCGGCCACACUGGAGGUCCGAUUCACCGGCACCAAGCCGCUGAAGCAGACAUGGCUGAAGGCUGGGAAGGAGCUGACGUCAGGGCAGAGGUGGAAGGUGCAGAGCACCGACAGCAGCUCCACUCUCAAGAUUAUCAAAACGGAAAAAAGUGAUGCUGGAGAAUACAGCUUCCAGGUUUCGAACGACGUCGGGGAGAGUCAGUGUGAGGCAACGCUCAGCGUUCUGGAUCAAAUAAUUCCUCCAUCUUUCACGAGGAAACUGAAGCAGACUGAAGGAAUCAAAGGAUCCUUCGCCCAUCUGGACUGCCUGGUGUCGGGCUCACUGCCUAUCACUGUGCAGUGGUACAAAGACCAGAAGGAGAUCCAGACUGAUGGAAAACACAAGUGCACUUUCUUUGAGAACGUUGCGUUUCUGGAAAUCUCUGAUCUGGACUCUAAAGAUGGCGGCAGUUAUACCUGCAUGGCCCGAAACAAGGCGGGGUCAGUGCAGUGCUCCGGCGUCCUGCUGGUCAAAGAACCGCCAUGUAUUCUUGAAAAGUCUGAAUCCAUGAGCGUGUUGCCUGGGUCAAAGGUCUUGUUUAACGUUCUGCUCUCCGGCACACCCCCGCUCACAAUUAAAUGGUUCAAAGACCAGAAAGAGGUUUUGUCCAGUGCCGACUGUAACGUGCUCAGAGACAACACCUCCAGCUCGUUGGAGCUCUUCUUCGCCAAAACCUCAGACUCUGGAGACUACGUCUGUGAAAUCCAAAAUGACGUGGGCUCUGCUUCCUGCCAAGCGGCGCUCUUCGUCAAAGUGCCUCCCAAGUUCACCCGGACACCGGCCCGCCUGUCGGUGGUGCGUCCAGGUCAGAGUAAACUCUUUGAGUGCCAGGUGACGGGAACACCUGAGAUAGACAUCUACUGGUUCAAAGAGGGCUCUGAGAUCCUCCCCAGCGACCGCCAUAAGUUGGCCUUCGUCAACUCUGUGGCCUCGCUGGAGCUCUGUAGCGCCGAGCUCAAAGACGGCGGUCUAUACUACUGUGAAGCUCGCAAUGAGGCCGGCAGCGAGAGUUGCAGCAUGGACUUGAAGGUCAAAGAACCGCCUUCGUUUAUUCGAGAACUGACUCCAGCUGACAUUGUGAAGGGCUCCGGGGCCACUUUUGAGUGUCAGGUGGCAGGAACAGCUCCAUUUGAGAUAACAUGGCACAAAGAUGGAAAGGAGAUCAGACCCAGUGCCAAACAUGGCUUCUCCCAGGUGCUGGACUGCGUGGCUCUGGAGGUCCACAGAUGUGAUGUGGUUGAUGUUGGAGAAUAUCAGUGCACUGUUGCUAAUGAAGUGGGAAGCUGCACUUGUAAGACAAACCUCAGCCUCAAAGAACCUCCAACAUUCACACGGAGGCUUGAGAACGCCACCACAGUUUUGGGUAAGAUGGUGGAGUUUCAGUGUGUGGUUGCCGGCUCACCCACGCUCUCUGUUCAAUGGCAAAAAGAUGACUGCUGGAUUUUGGAGGAUCCAAAGAUUGAGAGAACAUUUGAGCAGAACAUUGCCACUCUCAGAAUUGCAGCCUGUGAGGCGUCAUACAGUGGGAAGUACACCUGCCAGGUGGUGAAUGAGGCGGGGCAGGAGAAGUGCUUUGCAACCCUCACAGUGCAAGAGCCUCCUCAGAUCACAGAGAAGCCCGAGGUGAUCAAGGUAACGGUGGGAGACCCGGUCAGUCUGGAUUGCAAGGUGACCGGCUCACCCGAGCUCAGAGUGAAGUGGAUGAAGGAUGGCAAAGAGCUUCAGUCCAUCAGACAGCACAAGCUGACCUUUGACAACAACAUGAGCAGCCUGAAGAUUCAGGCGGCUCAGAGAGAGGACGAAGGAGAGUACGUCUUUGAGGUGGCUAACCACAUCAGCAGCUGCAGCUGCAGAGUCAAAGUGAUGGUGUUAGAACAAGUGAUUGCCCCGAGCUUCAUCAAACCUGUGGCAGACAUGCAGGAGAUUUUGGGCUCCUUUGUUCAGAUAUGCUGCAAAAUAUCAGGUUCUCUGCCAAUUUCUGUGGAGUGGCAGAAAGAUGGAACCAAAAUCCUGAGUGGCAUGAAAUACAAACUCAUCCAGCAGGACAACUCUGUGUCUGUGGAAAUCGAACAGUUGGAGAGAUCCGAUGCAGGAUCGUACUCCUGCAAAUUGAGCAAUGCAGCAGGAAGCUGCCAAUGCAGUGGAUCGCUCAGGGUCAAAGAACCGCCCAGCUUUGUGACAGUGCCUGAGCCCCAGGCAGCCAUCCCCAACACCGCCGUGCGCUUCAAAUGCACAUUUAAAGGGACGCCUCCCUUCACGGUCAAAUGGUUCAAGGAGGACACGGAGCUCAUGACAGGGCCUGCCUGUUUCACCGGGCUGGACGGCCAGGCCUGCUUCCUAGAGUUGUACUCGGUGGGAGUCACCCACACCGGAGUUUACUCUUGCCAAGUCAGCAACGACGCUGGCUCUGUACGCUGUAGUGCAGAUCUGGCGGUCAAAGAACCACCUGAAUUUGUGCUGAAACUCCCUGCUACAAAGUUUGUGAAGCAGGGCGAGUCACUCCGCCUGGAGUGCAAAGCCAGCGGCACGCCACCGCUGAAAACCGCUUGGUAUAAACAUGACGCCAAGCUGACAGAGGGCGGGAACUACAGGACCUCCUUCGUGGACUCGGUAGCAGUCCUGGAGCUGCUCCGUGCCAGCUUUGAUGACGAUGGAGUUUUCACUUGCGAAGCUCAGAACGAUGCUGGCAGCGUGAGCUGCAGCACCACACUUACCGUGAAAGAGCCUCCAUCUUUCGUUAGGGUCCCUCAGCCUGUCGAAGGGCUGAAAGGGAAGGACGUGAGUCUGUACUGCGAGAUGCGCGGUACAGCUCCGUUCCAGGUUACCUGGUUCAAAGACAGAAAGCCUCUGAUGGAGAGCAGGAAAUAUAAGAUGGUGAGCGAGGGCAGCUCGGCCACGCUGCACGUCAUUGGGAUUGAGCCCACGGACGCCGGCGAUUACGAGUGCAAAGUGUCAAAUAGUGUGGGAAGUGACACCUGCCAGGCACCAGUUAAACUCCGAGAGCCACCGUCGUUCGUGAAGAAACUGUCGAACACGACAGUGACACUGGGAGAGGAGGUGACCCUUGUGGCCACUGUUACAGGCUCUGAACCCAUUACUGUGUCCUGGGUUCAGGACAAGGAUCACAUUCUCAGGGACGGUGACAACAGGAAAAUCACCUUUGAGAACAACCAGGUCGCUCUUAAAGUCUUUAAGGCUGAUGAAACCACGGCAGGCAAAUACUCCUGCCAACUCAGAAACGAUGCUGGGAGUGUGGAGUGUUUCGCUAACUUGACUGUUCUAGAAGCAGCAAAGAUUGUGGAUAAGCCCGACACUCUGAGCGUGACGGCCGGGGACAUCGCCGCCCUGGAGGUCAAAGUGUGCGGGACACCGGAGCUCGUCCCCAAGUGGUUCAAGGACGGCGUGGAGCUAGCCUCUGGCAGGAAGUACAAGAUCUCAUUCUCCCGUAUGAUUUCCAGUCUGAACGUGCUGAACGCCGAGAAGAUCGACUCUGGAGAGUACACCUUCCAGGUCAUGAAUGAAGUUGGGAAGGACCUAAGUAAAAUCAACCUCACCGUUCUAGACAAGACGAUUCCUCCAAGCUUCUCCAGGAAGCUGAAGGACUGCAACAUGGUGGUGGGAAGCUGUGGAGAGCUGGAGUGCAAAGUGUCCGGCUCUCCUCCGUUCACCAUCUCCUGGUAUCAUGACAGCGAGGAAGUCCAGAGCGGACCCAACCAGGAGAUCUCCUUCAGUGACAACACCUGCACGCUCAGAGUUCCCACGCUCAAGCUGUCUGACUCUGGAACAUACCGAUGCAAGGCCGUCAACAAGGCCGGGUCCAGCGAAACGUCGGCCUCGCUGGUCGUCAAAGAGCCACCGUCGUUCGUGGUGCCACCUCAGCCCAUGGAGGCCAUGCCCGGCUCCACUGUGACCUUCUCAGCCAUGGUGAAAGGCAGCGCCCCCCUCAGGCUGAAGUGGUUCAGGGGAACCAAGGAGAUCCAGGCGGGACGCGACUGUGAUUUCUCCCUGAAGGACAACCAGGUGAUCCUGGAACUUCACAACGUGAACCGCAGUCACGCCGGAGAGUACACCUGCCAGAUCAUCAACGACGCCGGGAAGGAGAGCUGCCCCGUCAACCUCAGCGUCAAAGAGCCCGCUGCUUUCGCCAAGAAGCUGAAGGAUCUCUCGGUCGAGAAGGGCAAACCUCUGGUGCUGGAGUGCACCUACACCGGGACCCCCAAGAUCACCGUGAGCUGGUUCAAGGACGGUCAGCAGAUCUUCGCUUCCUACAGAUACAAUAUCACCACCACUGAGAGCUCCUGCAUCCUGGAGUGUCUCAGCACUGAUGACAAGGAGGCGGCCGGCCGCUACAGCUGCCAGGUGUCCAACGAUGCCGGGAAGGACUCGUGUGAGGCAGCCGUGUCCAUCCUCGAGCCGCCAUAUUUCGUUGAGCCUCUGGAGAGCAUGGAGGUGACAGCGGGCGAUGGUGUGUGCCUGAAGUGUUCAGUGGCCGGCACGCCCGAGAUCAAGGUGUCGUGGUUCAAGGCCGACGGAAAGGUGCGCUCCAGCCCCAACUGCAAGCUGGAGUUCUCCAAGGGCGUUUCCUCGCUGAAGCUCACCAAAGCCAGCAAGGCCGACAUCGGAGAGUACACCUGCAAGGCGGAGAACCGGAUCGGCUCUGCCUCUUCCACCUGCAGGGUCAACGUGCUCGAGGCUAAAACACAGCCGUCCUUCCCGAAGAAGAUCAGCAGCUUGCAGCAGACAGAGGGUCUGCCGGUGCGCUUCGAAUGCCGCGUGGCCGGCUCCUCCCCCAUUGAGGUGUCCUGGCUGAAAGACGGCGAGCCGCUGCACCCCGGCGCCGGCUUCUCCAUGACCUACGACAACAACACGGCGGAGCUGCAGAUCGAGCGCAGCGAGAUGAGGCACAGCGGAGAAUACACCUGUGUGGCCUCCAACAGCGUGGGCUCAGCGUCCUGCAGGGCCAAACUCACCCUACAAGAACCCAGGUUCCCACCACUCUUUGACCAGAAGCUUUCGCCACAGGAAGUAACGGUGGGCGACAGCAUUGAGCUUGAGUGUCACAUGACAGGCUCCGCCCCCAUUAAGGUCACAUGGUCCAAAGACCACAAAGACAUUCGCUCCGGAGGAAACUACAAGAUGAGCUGUGUGGAUAACAGACCGCACCUGAGUGUCCUGAAGGCCGACCGAGGCGACUCGGGCCGCUACUUCUGCCACAUCUCCAAUGACGUGGGCAAGGACUCUUGUUCUGCUGACAUUUCAGUCAAAGAGAGGAAGAUGCCUCCGACGUUCACCAAGAAGCCGUCGGAGAACAUGGAGGACUCAGAGGGGAAGCUGGUGAAGAUCGAGGGCAGGGUGUCCGGGUCGCAGCCCAUGUCCGUCAGCUGGUUCAAAGAUGACCGUCAAAUCUACAGCUCUGACAAAUACGACAUCAGCUUCAAGAGCAACGUUGCCGUGCUGUGCAUCAGAGGCAGCCAGGUGGCCGACAGUGGCCGCUACACCUGCACCGCCUCCAAUGAGGCCGGACAGGCCUCCUGUGACGUCACCGUGGGCAUCGCAGAGGCCAAAAAGCCGCCAGUGUUCGACGUCCCGCUCAAACCGGUGACGGUGAACGAAGGGGAGAAGCUGAGCCUGCGAUGCCAUGUGUGUGGGACUCCUCCUCUGAAGGUUCAGUGGAUGAAGGACCGCAAAGACCUGACAUCCGCCGGCAGCACCAGGAUCACAUUCUCAGAUGGGACAGCAUGCCUGGAGAUCAGCCAGGCAUCCCGACAUGACGCUGGCGACUACUUGUGUAAGGCCAGCAACGAGGCUGGCAGCGAGUUCUGCAAGGCCAAAGUCCUCGUCAAAGAGAAAGCAGCUCCGCCUCCCACUGAAGCUCCACCCUCCACUUCACCCAAAAAACUGGACAAUCUUUUCUUCAUCGAGGAGCCCAAAACCGUCCACACCACAGAGAAGGGAACCGCCACCUUCAUUGCCAAAGUGGGCGGCGACCCGAUCCCCAGCGUGAAGUGGAUGAAGGGCAAGUGGAGGCAAGUGACGCACGGCGGACGCAUCUCCAUGGAGCAGCGUGGCCAGGAGGCCAAGCUGGAGAUCCGAGAGGUCACCAAGUCGGACUCGGGCCAGUACCGCUGCGUGGCGUCCAACAAGCACGGCGAGAUCGAGUGCAGCGCCGACAUGCACGUGGACGAGAGGAAGGAGGCGGCACACCUGGAGGGAGACCUGCGCGCCAAACUCAAGAAGACGCCGUCCAAACAGAAGAGUCCUCAGCAAGAGAAGGACAUCGACAUCGUGGAGCUGCUGAGGAACGUCGAUCCCAAAGAGUACGAGAAGUACGCUCGGAUGUACGGAAUCACCGACUACCGGGGUCUGCUGCAGGCUAUCGAGCAGCUGAAGAAGGAGAAGGCCGAAGAAAGUGGAAGAACGGAAGUGGAUCGUGCAGACAGAGAGUCUGAUGAAGAAAUGGCCCGGCUGGUGGCCGACCUGCAGAAGAGGAUGGAGCGCACUGAGCCCGUCACCGUGCUGAAGGACAUCACCGAGUGCUCCGUCCUCACUGACGAGGAUGCGGAAUUUGAGUGUGAGGUGAAGAUCAACUAUCCGGAGAUCACGCUGUCGUGGUACAAAGGCACGCAGAAGCUGGACAGCGGCGACCGCUACCACAUCAGCGUCAUUGGAGACCGCCACCUGCUGCGCAUCAAGAAGGCUCAGCGCGCUGACCAGGGCAACUACCGGGUGGUCUGUGGCCCACACAUCUCCAGUGCCAAGCUCACCGUCACCGAGUUGGAGGUGGAGAAGCAUCUGCAGGACACGUCGGGUAAGGAAGGCCAGCCCUGCACGCUGUCUUGCCAGUUGUCCGUCCCUGACGUAGAAGCUCAGUGGUUCAGAAACGGGAAGAAGUUAGAGAUGAAGGGCAGGUUCUCCUCUGAGGUCAAGCACAAAGUCCAAAAGCUUCUGAUCAAAGACCUGAAGCCCGAAGACCAGGGUCGGUACAGCUGCCGGUACCAGCAGCUGGAGUCGUCGGCCGAGCUAUGGGUGGAAGCCGAGCAAAUUCAUUUCACCAAACGCAUCCACAAUGUGGAGGUGAACGAGCGCCAGUCGGCCACCUUCGAGUGCGAGGUGUCCUUCGACAAUGCCAUCGUGUCCUGGUACAAAGACACCUGGGAACUGAAAGAGAGCCCCAAAUACAACUUCACCAGCGAGGGCCGAAGACAUUUCAUGGUCAUCCGAAACGUGACCAUUGAAGACGAAGGCGUGUAUUCAGUCAUUGUGAGGCUGGAGCCCAGAGGAGAGGCUAAGAGCACAGCCGAACUUUAUUUAUCUGGCAAAGAGAUCGAGCUAGCCAUGGUGCCGCUCGAUUUCCCAGACUCCUCGGUUCAGAGGCCCGAGGCGCCGUCAUCAGUGGCCAUACGAGAAUCUGCUGAGUUCUAUCAGUAUGAAGAAGAAGUUAAACAGCAAGUGGGUUUUGAAACUUGGACCCAGGAGACUUUCUCUGAGCAGAAGCUGGAGACCGAAGUGAGCAGAGUGGCCGUGCAGGAGACAGUGGAGACCAAGAAGGUUGAAAUGAGAGCAGAGGUCCCAGUGAAAGUUCCCCAAACUGAGAGAAAGCCUGAAGAGAAGCCUACGCCAAUGGUGAAGGAGCCAUCUCCUCCUGAGUCCAGAAAGCCAGUGGAGGAGAAGGUUGAAGCAGUUUCCCUCCCUCAGAAGAAGGAGGUUCCUACUACCAAAGAUGAACCUAAGCCUCAGGUACCAGCAGAACCCAAAAAGGUGGCACCUGCAGCCAAACCAGAGACAGAACCUGAGCCCAAACCCAAAGCAGAGCUCAAAAAAGUCCCCAAACCUGAACCAGAAGUCCGAAAGCCUGAACCAGAAGUCCCCAAACCUGAACCGGAAGUCCGUAAACCUGAACCGGAGGUCCGCAAACCUGAACCACAGGUCCCAAAACCGGAACCGGAGCCAGAAAAACUAAAGCCAGAACCCAAACCAGAGCCAGCGCCGGCACUGAAGGAACCUCAGAGGAAAGAUGCUAAAGAACCAGAAAAGCCCACAGAAACACCUGCGGUGAAAACCGUCACUCCUCCAGAAGAUGAAACCAAAGGACCUGUCCAAGCACCAGGAGGAGUCAAGAAAGAGGGACAACCGGCAGAAGAGGCAGGGCGAGGAGGCCGAGGUCGGGGUCUGAAACCCAAGCAGACACCGUCUCCUGGAGAGGGGCGUGGCCGCGGGCUGAGGCCCGGCGGGAAAGGCCCCUCCCCUCCAGAGGAACCGUUCGGAGGCUUCAAGCUGAAGGCCGUCCCUCUGAAGUUCAUCAAGAAGCUACAGGACAUUGUUCUGCAGGAGGCGGAGUCCAUCGGCUCGGCCGCCGUGUUCGAGUGUGAGGUGUCGCCCUCCACUGCCAUCACCUCCUGGAUGAAGGAUGGCAGCAAUCUGCGUGAGAGCCCCAAGCACAAAUUCACCUCUGACGGCAAAGACAGAAAGCUGAACAUCAUCGACGUGCAGCUGUCCGACACUGGAGAAUACACCUGCAUUGCCAAGAACGCAGGAAAGGAGAUCUCCUGCACGGCCAAGCUCAUUGUGGAAGAGCUUCCUGUGAAGUGGCUGAAGGAGCUGGAGGAAGAGACGUCGGCGCUGAAGGGUCAGCCGGUGUACAUGACCUGUGAGCUGAACAAAGAGAGGGAUGUGGUGUGGAAGAAAAAUGGAGAAGUGCUGAAGAAGAAGGAGGGCAAGAUCCAGAUCAACAUCAUAGGCAUGCAGCACGCUGUAACCAUCCAGAACUCUACUGAGGAGGACGCCGGCACCUACAGCUGUGAAGUAGCCGGACAGGAGGAGGUGAAGACCAGCACCAACGUUAAAGUGAUUGAAAUCAUAAAAGACUGGAUUGUCAAACCGCUGAGGGACCAGCAUGUCAAGCCCAAGGCUGCAGCGACCUUCAAAUGUGAGCUCUUCAAGGACACACCCAACUGGAAGUGGCUGAAAGGGGAGAACGAAGUUGUUCCAUCUGACAAGAUCGAGAUCAAACAAGAUGGAAAAGAGCUGACUCUGACCAUCAAGAACUGUCAGCCCGAAGACGUGGCGGAGUACGCCAUGGAGGUGGAAGGACGCGUCUACACUGCCAAGCUAACACUGGGAGAACGGGAGGCUGAGAUCCUGAGGCCUCUGGUCAGCGUGGAGAUCACAGAGAAGGAAGAUGCCACGUUUGAGACAGAGAUUUCUGAGGAUGACGUUCCCGGAGAAUGGAAGCUCAAAGGAGAAGUUCUUACCAGAUCCCCGACAUGUGAAAUGCAAAUGGAGGGAAAAGUGCGCAGACUGAUGCUGAAGAACUGCCAGUUGGAUCAAGCUGGAGAAGUGACCUACCAGGCGCUGAAUGCCGUCACCACCGCAAUGCUCAACGUCAAAGAAAUCGAAAUGGACUUUGUUGUCCCACUGAAAGAUGUCACGGUGCCUGAAAAGAAACAGGCCAAAUUUGAAUGCACCAUCACGAAGGAUGUCGCUAAGGUCAUGUGGUAUCGAGGGGCGGACAUUAUCACCCCAGACCAAAAGUUUGACAUCAUUGAUGAUGGAAAGAAGCAUAUGUUGAUCAUUAACUGCUGUGAGUUUGAUGAUGAAGACGAAUACACGAUUGAGGCUUUGGGUAAAUCCUCAAAGGCAAAGCUGACAGUGGAGGGUAUCAGGCUCAAAUUUAUCUCGCCAAUCAAGGAUCAAACUGUCAAGGAGGGCAAAACGGCUCGAUUUGAGCUGGAGCUCUCUCACGAGAACAUCCCCGUCACCUGGUACAAGAACGACGUUAAAAUCCACCCGAGCAGGACGGUCGUCACUCACGUGGACGGGAAGAAACAUGUGCUAGAAAUACGGGAGGUGACUCUGGACGAUACCUGCCAAAUUAAGGCUGAGGCUAAAGGCAUCCCUUCCAUGGCCAAUCUGACGGUUAUAGAGGGAGAUGCCUACUUCACUGUCAAGCUGCAAGACUACACUGCAGUGGAGAAGGACGAGGUGGUUCUUGAUUGUGAGCUCAGCAAAGACGUGGAUGUCAUGUGGUACCACAAUGAGGCUGAAAUCAAGCCCUCCAGUAUGGUUACUGUUAAGGCCGAGGGCAAACGCAGAACACUUGUGAUCAAGAAGGUUGGAGACAAAGACAAAGGGCAGUACGUAUGUGACUGUGGAACAGACAAGACAACUGCAACACUUCACAUCGAAGCACGCCACAUCAAAGUGGUUCGUCCAAUGUAUGGUUUGGAGGUGUUUGAUGGAGAGACAGCUCGAUUCGAGGUGGAGCUCAGCGAGGACGAUGUCCACGGCCAGUGGAAACUGAAUGGAGAAGUCCUCAGUCCAUCCGCUGAUGUAGAGAUUGUGGAGGAUGGCGCCAAACACACUCUGGUCUUAUACAACUGCAAAGUUCCCCAGACAGGCGAGGUGGCGUUCAGCGCCGCCAAUGCCAAGUGUUCAGCCAACCUGAAAGUGAAGGAGGUACCUGUGUCCUUUAUUACGCCACUGGCCGAUGUGCAUGUUUACGAAAAGGACGAGGCCAAAUUUGAAGUGGAAAUUUCUCGAGAACCAAAAAGUUUCCGUUGGCUGAAGGGAUCUCAGGAGUUAUCAAACGAUGACAAGUUUGAGCUGCUUGUGGAUGGAAAGAGACACAGUCUGGUAAUAAAAUCUGCCCGAUACGAUGAUGAAGCCAAAUACAUGUUCGAGGCUGAAGAUAAGAGAACAUCUGGAAAGUUGAUAAUCAAAGGUAUUCGCCUUGAGUUUGUCAAACCGAUCAAAGACGUGACAGUGAAGGAGCGUGAGACGGCUGCGUUCAGUGUGGAACUUUCUCACGGCAAUGUGCCGGUUGUUUGGUACAAAAACGAUGUGCGGCUGCACCCCAGCAGGGUGGUGCACAUGUCAGAGGAAGGGAAGGUCCACAUGCUGACUUUCAAGGAGGUCACGACUGACGACACCUCCAUGAUCAAAGUGGAGGCCAUGGGGAAGACGUGCGAGGCCAUGCUCACAGUGCUUGAGGGCGACUUGUACUUCACCGUCAAGCUGCAGGACUACACGGCAGUAGAGAAGGACGAGGUCAUCCUGUCCUGUGAGCUCAGCAAAGCCGCCGCCGAGGUGCGGUGGUUCAAGGACGGCAAUGAAAUCUUCUCCUCUAAGAACGUCCUGAUGCAGGUGGAUGGCCGCAAGCGUAUGCUGGUCAUCAAGAAGGCCGCCAAGAGGGACAUGGGAACAUACACCUGUGACUGCAGCACAGACAAAACCACGGCAGGCCUGAACAUCGAAGAGCGGGACAUCAAGGUGGUCCGCCCGCUCUACAGUUUGGAAGUCACUGAAACCGAGACAGCCAAGUUUGAGACGGAGGUCUCAGAGGACGACCUUCAUGCCAUCUGGAAACUGAAGGGAGAGACGCUCCAUCCGUCCGCUGACGUGGAGAUCAAAGAGGAAGGAGCUCGCCACAUUUUGGUCCUCUACAACUGCAAAAUGGUCAUGGCAGGAAGCGUCGACUUCUCCGCGGCCAACGCUAAAUCUUCAGCUCACCUGCGUGUCAAAGCACGAGUCAUCGGCCUGACGCGGCCGCUCAACGACGUCACCGUGACCGCCGGAGAGACCGCUACCUUCGAGUGUGAGCUGUCCUACGAGGACAUCGCCGUCGAAUGGUUCCUGGGCGAAACAAAGCUGGAGCCGAGCGACAGGGUGGUGCUAAAGGUGGAGGGUAAAGUUCACAGUCUGACGCUGAGGGACGUUCAGCUGAAUGAAGCCGGUCAAGUCAAACUCACUGCCAAGGACUUCCAGACGGAGGCCAACCUUACCGUCAGAGAGCCAGCGGUGGAGUUCUCAAAGCCACUGGAGGACCAGACGGUGGAGGAAGAAGCCACUGCCACACUGGAGUGCGAAGUUUCCCGAGAGAACGCCGAAGUGUCUUGGUUCAGAGACGGGCAGGAGAUUCGCAAGACCAAGAAGUAUGAGAUGAUCAUCGAUGGCCACAAGCGAGCUCUGCUCAUCCACGACUGCACACUUGACGACUCACGGACAUACAGCUGCAACGCCAAAGAGUUCAAGACAUCCUGCUUCCUCAACGUUGAACCUCCACACGUGGAGUUCACCAAGCCGCUGCAUGACGUGGAGGUCAAAGAGAAGGAAUCUGCCAGGUUUGAAUGCGAAGUUUCCAGAGAGGACGUGAAGGUCCGCUGGUUUAAAGAUGGAAGUGAAAUACGGAAAGGAAAGAAAUAUGAGAUUAUUGCUCAAGGUCGCCAACACAUUCUCAUCAUCCACAAGUCAGUGUUUGAUGAUGAAGCCGAAUACGAAUGUGACGCAAAGACUACCAAAUCUGCUGGCAUGCUGACAGUUGUCGAGGAAGAAGCCAGAUUCACCAAGAACCUUUCCAAUGUGGAGGGAACAGAGACCGACAGCGUGAAGCUGAUCUGUGAGGUGUCCAAACCUAGCGCCGACGUCACCUGGUACCGCGGUGAUGAGGAGCUGCCUGAGGGCGGCCGCUACGAGCAGAUCGUGGACGGGAAGAGGAGAAUCCUUCUCAUCCAAGACCUGAAGAUGACCGACGCCGGAGAGUACAACUGCAGGCUGAGUCCCAGCAUCAAGACCUCCGGAAACCUCAAAAUUAACGAGCUGGCUGCAGAGUUCAUCUCGCGGCCUCAGAGUCAGGAGGUGGUGGAGGGCGAGAAGGCUGAGUUCACCUGCUCCGUUUCCAAGGAAACCUUCGAGGUGCGAUGGAUGAAGGGCGACAGCGAACUGCAGGCCGGAGACAAGUACCAAAUGGUCAGUGACGGCAAGAGGCGCACCCUAGUUAUCAAGAACAGCGAGCUGAAGGAUGAGGGCGGGUACGUGGUGUUGAUUGGAACCACCAGAGCCAGCGCCGACCUCACAGUGCUCGAGAAGCUGAAGAUCAUCACUCCCCUGAAGGACACCGAAACCAAAGAAGGUCAGGAGGUUGUCCUGAACUGCGAAGUCAACACGGAGGGGGCCAAGGCCAAGUGGCUGAAGAAUGAGGAGACAGUGUUUGAGAGCAGCAAAUACGUGAUGGUGCAGCGAGACAAUGUCUUCUCACUGAGGAUCCGCGAUGCCCAGAAGCCUGAUGAGGCCACCUACACCGUCAAUCUGACCAAUCAGAGAGGAGAACAGGCCAGGAGCACCUGCAGCCUGAGUGUCAAAGAGGAGAGCCUGCGGAUCGUUGUUCCUUUGGAGGACAUCGAUACUCAGGAGAAGAAGACAGUGAGCUUCUCCUGUAAGGUCAACCGACCCAACGCCACACUGAAGUGGAUGAAGGGCAGCGAGGAGAUCUCCUUCAGCAAGCGCAUCGUCUACAGAGUGGACAAAGACAAGCACACCCUCACCAUCAAGGACUGCACACUGGCCGACGAGGGCGAGUACACCGCCGUGGCUGCCGACAACAAGUCAACCGCUGAGCUGAUCAUCAGCGAGGCUCCCACAGACUUCAGCAUGAACCUGAAGGACCAGACAAUCACCGAGUUUGACGACGCUGAGUUCACCUGCAAGCUGACCAAAGAGAAGGCUGAUGUGAAGUGGUACCGUGACGGACGCGAGAUCCGAGAGGGACCCAGAUACUCAUUCCAGAGAGACGGGAAGUUGUGCACGCUGCGCAUCAAAGAGUGUCGCCCUGAUGAUGAGUGUGAGUACGCCUGCGGUGUGGAUGAGAAGAAGUCCAGAGCCCGCCUCUUUGUGGAAGAGACCCCGGUGGAGAUAAUCAGACCUCCUCAGGAUGUGUUUGAGCCUCCGGGAUCAGACGUCGUGUUCGAGGUGGAGCUGAACAAAGACCGGGUGGAGGUGAAGUGGCUGAGGAACAACAUGACCGUUGUCCAAGGAGACAAGUACCAGAUGAUGAGCGAGGGCAAAGUCCACCGGCUGCAAGUCUGCGAGAUUCGACCCCGAGACCAGGGCCAGUACAGGGUCAUCGCAAAGGACAAGGACGCCAAGGCCAAGCUGGAGCUGGCAGCUGUGCCUCAGAUCAAGACCACAGAUCAGAACUACGUGACAGACGCAGGGAAGCCGCUGGUGAUGGCAGUGCCAUACAGCGCCUACCCACAGGCUGAGGCCGACUGGCUGUACAACAACAUGAGCCUGCCCAAAGACAACGUGCACACCACGGCUGACCGCACUGAGUACCGUCUCAAAGACCCCAAGAAGUCGGACCAAGGCCGCUACAGGAUCCAGAUCAAAAACAAGCAUGGAGAAGGCGAGGCCUUCAUCAACCUGGACGUCAUUGAUGUUCCGGGACCUGUGAAGAACCUGCAGGUGGUUGACACAGCUGACGGCGAGGUCAGCCUGGCAUGGGAGGAGCCUGAGAGUGACGGCGGCAGCAAGGUCAUCAGCUACGUGGUGGAGCGGCGUGACGUGAAGAGAAAGACGUGGACGCUUGCAACCGACCACGCAGAGAGCCCCGAGUACACAGUGACCGGUCUGCACAAGGACUCGCUGUACCUGUUCAGAGUCUGCGCUCGCAACCGGGUGGGAAGCGGUCCCAACGUGGAGACGGACAAACCAGUGCAGGCCAAGAACAAGUUUGAUGUUCCUGAUGCACCGCUGAAUGUCGAGGUCGGAGACGUCUCCAAAUUCGGCUGCACCGUUUCAUGGGAGCCUCCUGAGUCGGACGGCGGCUCACCGAUCACCUCUUACAUCAUCGAGCUACGCGACCGCACCUCCGUUAAAUGGUCACCGGUGCAGCGGACCAAAGCCGAUGAGCUCAGUGCCAUCAUCAACGACGUGAUUGAGAACAAAGAGUACAUCUUCAGAGUGAAGGCAGAGAACAAAGCCGGUGUGGGGAAGCCCAGCGCCGCCACGCGGCCCGUCAAGAUCAUGGACCCCAUCGAGCGCCCCAGUCCACCACUCAACCUGAAUUGGGACGAGCAGAACAAGAACUCAGUGCAGCUCACCUGGGAGACACCGCUAAACAAUGGUGGCAGCAUGAUCACUGGAUACAUCGUGGAGCGCUGCGAGGACACCACCGACAAAUGGCUGCGCUGCAACGCAAGACUCUGUCCCGACCUGUUCUACAAGGUUUCAGGUUUGAAGUUUGGAACAAAAUACAACUACAGAGUUUUUGCUGAGAAUGCAGCUGGAGUCUCCGACCCGUCCAACAUCAUCGGUCCUCUGCUGGCCGACGACCUGCACGUGGGUCCUUCCUUUGAUCUGAGUGCCUUUAAAGACGGGCUGGAGGUCAUCGUUCCGCAGCCCCUCACCAUCAGAGUGCCCAUCACCGGAUACCCGACGCCUGUUGCGAAGUGGACGUUUGGUGACAAGGAGCUGAGCACAGAAGAAGAGCGCGUGUCGAUGAUGACCAAGUCUACGUUCACGGAGCUGAGCGUGGCGCCCAGCGUCCGCCCUGAUAAAGGAAUCUACACACUGCAGCUGGAGAACGACGUCACCUCUGUCUCUGGAGAGAUCGAAGUCAAUGUCAUUGCGGCACCAAGUGCUCCGAAGGACUUCAAGGUCUUGGAAGUGACCCGACAGCACGUCCACCUCAGCUGGGAGGCACCGGAGCACGAUGGAGGCAGCCCGCUGACCGGCUACCAGGUGGAGAAGCGAGAUGUGUCCCGCAAGACCUGGGUCAAGGUGGCUACCUUCAUCCAGGACCAGGAGUUCACCGUCACAGACGUGGUUGAGGGAAAGGAGUACCUAUUCAGAGUUACCGCCUGCAACAAGUGUGGACCUGGAGAGCCAGCAUACAUCGAUGAGCCAGUCAACGUAUCAUCUCCAGCCACCGUCCCUGAUCCUCCAGAGAACCUGAGAUGGAGAGACAAGUCCGCCAGUGGCAUCUUCCUCACCUGGGAACCGCCCAAGUACGAUGGCGGCAGUGGCAUUCGUGGCUACAAUGUGGAUCGCUGCCAGAGAGGCACAGACAAGUGGGAGCCCUGUGGCGACCUGGUGCCUGAGCUGAAGUGCCAGGUGACCGGUUUGAUCGAAGGACAGUGGUACUCAUACCGGGUCCGGGCCCUGAACCGCCUGGGAGCCAGCCGACCCUGCAAGGCCACCGAUGAGAUCCAGGCCGUGGACCCCAAAGAACCUCCUGAGAUCCAGCUGGAUGCCAAGCUGCUGGCUGGCCUGACUGCCAAGGCUGGCAGCAAGAUCGAGCUCCCUGCCGAGGUGACGGGGAAACCAGAGCCACGGGUCAAGUGGACCAAGGCUGACCUGGUUCUCAAAGCAGACGACAGGGUUUCCAUUGACACCAAGCCGGGACACUCCACUGUCACCAUUGCCAAGACUAAGAGGGAUGACAGUUCCACCUACAUCAUUGAGGCCACCAACAGCAGCGGUCGUGCCACUGCUACAGUGGACGUCAACAUCCUAGAUAAGCCCGGACCUCCGGCCGCCUUUGACAUUUCUGAGAUCACCAACGAGACCUGCUUCCUUGCUUGGAACCCACCACGAGAUGACGGCGGCUCCAGAGUCACCAACUACAUUGUGGAGCGCCGUGCUGCUGACAGCGAGAUCUGGCACCGGCUGUCCUCCACCAUCAAACAGACCACCUACAAGGCUGUGGGCCUGACCAAGUUCAAGGAGUACAUCUUCAGAGUCUUCGCUGAGAACCAGUUUGGCGUUGGACCUGCGGCAGAGCAUCCGUCCAUCAUCGCCAGAUAUCCCUUCGACACUCCCGGAGCUCCUUAUAAGCUGGAGCCUUCAGACAUCGCCAAGGAUGCAGUGACUCUGACCUGGUAUGAGCCCGAUGAGGAUGGUGGAAGCCCCAUCACGGGAUACUGGGUGGAGCGUUAUGAACCCGACCACGACCGCUGGAUCAGGUGCAACAAGCUGCCCAUCAAAGACACCAACUUCAGAGUCAAAGGACUUCCCACCAGGAAGAAGUACAAGUUCAGAGUCCUUGCAGAGAAUCUGGCUGGAACUGGAAAGCCCAGCAAAGAGACAGAUCCCAUCCUCGUUAAGGAUCCUAUCGAUCCUCCAUGGCCCCCUGGUAAACCCACAGUGAAGGAUGUCGCCAAGACUUCCUGCUUCCUAAUGUGGACCAAACCAGAGCACGAUGGCGGAGCCAAGAUUGAUGGUUACGUCAUUGAGAUGCUGAAGAGCGGCACCAUGGACUGGAUCCGUGUGGCUGACAACAUCAACCUGCUGGAACACUUCCUGAAGGGUCUGAUGGAGAAGCAGGAGUACUCCUUCAGGAUUCGCGCUGUCAACGUGGCCGGAGAGAGUGAACCCAGUGAGCCAAGUGACCCGGUGCUCUGCAAAGAGAGACUCAAUCCUCCUUCUGCUCCUCGCUGGCUAGAGGUCAUCAGCAUCAGCAAAAACAGCGCAGACCUGAAGUGGACGGUUCCUGAGCGUGACGGAGGUGCGCCCAUCACAAACUAUGUGGUGGAAAAGCGAGACGUCAGGCGCAAAGGCUGGCAAGCGGUGGACACCACCGUCAAAGAGCUGAAGUACACCGUGACGCCACUCAACGAGGGAUCACUGUACGUGUUCCGCAUCGCGGCCGAGAACUCAGUGGGUGUUGGACCAUUCUGCGAGCUGGAAGACUCAGUCCUUGCCAAAGACACUUUCACUACUCCUGGACCUCCAUACGCACUUGAAGUCACCGCCAUCACCAAAAGAUACGUGGACCUGCAGUGGGAGGCCCCGAAAAACGACGGAGGCCGGCCCAUCCUUAGAUACUCCCUCGAGAAGAAGGAGAAGCUUGGGACCCGCUGGGUGAAAUGUGGUAAAACUUCUGGUCCGGACUGUAAGUACAGAGUGACAGAUGUCAUCGAGGGAACGGAGGUUCAGUUCCAGGUCCGUGCUGAGAACGAGGCUGGCACUGGACACCCCAGCGAACCCACUGAGAUCCUGACCAUCGAAGACCCGACAGGCGUCCCAUCACCACCAAUCGAGCUGCAUGUGACCGGAGCUAGCCGGGACUUCCUGUCAAUCGCCUGGAAGCCUCCUCAGAUGGACGGCGGCAGCCCCAUCAGCGGCUACCACAUCGAGAUGUGCGAGGCUGGGACCGAGAAGUGGAUGAGGGUGAACUCUCGCCCUGUGAAGGAGCUGAAGUACCGAGUGGAUGAGGGUCUGGUCCCCGACAAGGAGUACAUCCUGAGAGUGAGGGCCAUUAACUCUGUGGGAGUCAGCGAACCAUCCGACAUCUCUGAGAACGUCUUUGCCAAAGACUCGGACUGCAACCCCACACUGGACUUCCAGACUCUGGACUUGGUUGUUGUGGAAACCGAAAAGCUCCACAUCCCAGUUCCUUUCAGAGCCGUCCCUGCUCCAAGAAUCACCUGGCACAAAGACGGCAAAGAGCUGAAGGCUGAUGAGCGCCUCGGCUUCAGGUCAGAGUACACUUCCUGUCACCUGGAGGUCGACAGCAGCCUCCACUCUGAUGCCGGCGUCUAUAAAGUGACUCUGGAAAACAAGCUGGGCAGUGCCAGCGCCACCAUCAACGUUAAAGUCAUCGGUCUUCCUGGUCCCUGUAAAGAGAUUAUCGCCUCGGAGAUCACCAAGAGCUCCUGUAAAGUCUCCUGGGACCCUCCAGACUUUGAUGGUGGUACUCCGAUCCUCCAUUACGUCAUGCAGCGCCGUGAGGCUGGCAGGAGGACGUACGUCAACAUGAUGUCUGGAGAGAACAAGGUCAGCUGGCCCGUCAAAGACCUCAUCCCGAACGGAGAGUACUACUUCCGAGUGCAGGCCGUCAACAAGAUCGGAGGAGGAGAGUUCAUCGAGCUCCGCAACCCCGUCAUCGCAGAGGACCAAAAACAUGCUCCUGACCCGCCGGUGGACGUGGAGACCCACAACCCGACCUCUAGCACCGUCACCCUGACCUGGAAGCCUCCGAUGUACGACGGUGGCGCCAAGAUCAUGGGCUACAUCCUGGAGAAGCAGCAGAAGGGCGAAGACAAGUGGGGGCGCUGCAACGACUUCCUAGUGCCCGUCCUGUCUUACACAGUCCGCGGCUUGACCGAGGGCAAGAACUACACCUUCAGGGUCCGAGCCGAGAAUGCGGCCGGCAUCAGCGAGCCAUCGCGUAACACACCCUACGUCAAGGCCUCAGACGCCAUCGAUCCUCCCAAAGUGUUCCUGAGUGGCAGCCUCCAGUCUGGACUCACAGUGAAGCGAGGCAUGGAGAUCUGCCUGGACGCCAACAUCUCCGGCUCGCCGUACCCCGAGAUCACCUGGUACUGGAACAACCAGGUGAUCCGGCCAGAGGCGCUCCGCAAGCAUCCUGACAGACCCCUGAAGAAGAAAGAGACGAAAGAGGAGAAGAAGGAGGAACCCUCUGCUGAGCCAGAGGUGGAGGAGCUGGACUACCCCACAAUCAACGAGCGUCUCAACAUCAACAACAGCCGUCGUGGCACGUCGUCCGUGGUCAUCCGGGACUCGGUGCGCCCCGACCAUGGCGUCUACAUGGUGAAGGUGGAGAAUGACCAGGGCGUUGCCUCGGCAACCUGCGAGGUCAACGUGCUCGACACUCCUGGUCCACCAGUCAACUUCCGCUUUGAAGAGGUGAGGAAGAAUUCUGUGAUCUGUAAGUGGGAUCCACCUCUGGACGACGGCGGCAGUGAAAUCCUCAACUACGUCCUGGAGAAGAAGGACAACUCCAAGCUGGAGAUCGGCUGGAGCUGCGUCACCUCCACACUGAGAGGCUGUCGAUACCUGGUACCCAAACUCAUUGAGAAGAAGGAGUACAUUUUCAGGGUGGUGGCAGAGAACAAGUUUGGUGCUGGUCCAUACUGCGUCUCCAAACCGCUGAUUGCUAAGAAUCCUUUCGAACCUCCUGAGGCUCCUGAGAAGCCACAGAUUGAAGACAUAACUGCCAACAGCAUGUUGGUGACCUGGAAUGAGCCAAAUGACAAUGGCAGCCCGAUCGUGGGUUACUGGGUUGAGCGCCGUGAGAUCAACAGUUCACACUGGGCACGGGUCAACCGGAACAUUGUCCCCGACACGGAGUUGAAUGUGGAAGGUCUUCUAGAGGGACUAACCUACAUCUUCAGGGUAGCAGCUGAAAACCAAGCCGGCCCUGGAAAGUUCAGCGUUCCCUCCGAGCCCAAGACAGCACAGGCUCCGAUCUCGCCUCCUGGACCUCCAAUUCCACGAGUGACAGCAACCACCGACCACUCCAUUGAUGUGGAGUGGGAUCCACCAGUUGACAAUGGUGGAGGAGAGAUCCUAGGAUACCAUGUGGACAAGGCCAUAGCUAAUACCAAAGACUGGUCCAGAUCUACUGAGCGUCCCUGGAAGAGCCGGAGCUUCACUGUUUAUGGAGUCCGUGAGGGAGCAAAGUAUCUGGUCAGAGUCAUUGCCUGCAACGCUGCCGGAGAGGGAACGCCAGGAUUCACCGAAUCAGUGUUCGUCAGGAAUCCCGCAGAAAUCCCAGUCAUCGAGAUUGACCUAUCCCUCAAGAAUGGUGUAACCAUCCGAGCCGGAGAACAACUUCGUAUUCCAGCCACAGUCACUGGCAAGCCCUACCCGUCCAUCACCUGGACCAAGGAUGACAGUAAACCUGACAAAGAUCGACUGGAGAUCCUCACUGAGGGAAACGACAGUGUUGUAUUCGUCAAGAGUGCCCAGAGAAAGGACUGCGGCAAGUACCAGAUCUCUGCCUGCAACCCCAGCGGCACCAGGAAUGCAUCAGCCAAGGUGGAGGUAGUGGACGUCCCUGGACCGAUCACUGAGCUGAAGCCAGUUGUUGUCACUCGGAAAAUGAUCUUCCUGAAUUGGGACGACCCCGAAGAUGAUGGCGGCAGCGAUAUAAUUGGCUUCCUGGUGGAGCGCCGAGACCCCAAGAUGCACACGUGGAGGCAGCCUGUGGAAACAGCCUCUUCCAAGUGCGAGUGCGUUGGCAUCGUAGAAGGACAGGAUUACCUGUUCCGUGUCUUCGCCAAGAACAAGUACGGUUAUGGACCAGCAGUUGAGCUGGGACCCAUCAAGGCUGUGGACCCGCAGGGUCCACCAUCCUACCCUGAGAAGUUCCACUACACGGAGCGCACCAAGAACUCCAUCAACCUGGCCUGGAAGCCACCUCGUAACGACGGUGGAAGUCCCAUUCUGGGAUACUUUGUUGAGAAGAAGAGGCAAGACCAGCAGGCUUUCGAGCCAUGCAACACUGAGAUGUGCCCCGAUCUGACUAUGACCGUGGAGGGCCUGGAGGAGGCCUGGAUGUAUGAGUUUAGAAUCAAGUGCGUCAACCUGAUUGGACAGAGUGAGCCGUCCAUCCCAUUGACUGUGGUUAUCCAAGAUGAUGAAGUGGCUCCUGAGGUCCACAUGCUGAAGCAUUUCAAGGCUGACUGCAUCAUCGUGAGGAAGGGUGAGCCAAUCGAAAUCCCCGCUGACGUCCUGGGUCUCCCCAUCCCCAAGAUCGAGUGGACCAAAGACGACGUGGUGAUCGACCCGGCCGAUGAGGCAAUGAAACAGGUGGUGGAGGUGACCGGCAGGAUGAACUGCAAGACGUCCCUGUCCAUGGCCGAGGCCAACAGGAGGCAUCGUGGCACCUACACCAUAACUGCCUCCAACAACAUGGGCUCAGCCCACCACACUGUCAACAUCAUGGUGCUGGACCGACCAACUCCACCGAGGAAUGUUGCAGUGUCCAACAUCAGGGCGGAGUCAUGCUACCUCAACUGGGAUGCACCACUGGAUGAUGGCGGCAGUGAGCUGACAAACUACAUUGUGGAGAGGAAGGACAUGGAACCAGUCGAGGUAGAGGAGGGGCAGGAAGCUCCACCUGAGUGGGUGGAGGUCAACAACAGCAUCAUCGACAGGAAAUUCGGGAUGUGGAACCUGGAGACCAAGAAGACGUACAUGUUCCGGGUCCGAGCCCAGAACCGAUACGGCAUCUCUGACCCCUGCACCACAGAAGAAGUCCAGAUCGUGGACCCCUUCGGCCUUCCUGGCCCACCGGAGAAGCCAACCAUCACCGAGUACUCCAAGACCUCCAUGACAUUGACCUGGGAACCGCCCAGAGACAGUGGAGGCUCCAUGAUCAUCGGCUACUGGCUGGAGAAAAGAGAGAAGGGCUCCGACUACUGGGCUAAAGUCAACAAGAUGCCAGUCACGAAGAGGGGUGUGAAGGGCUGGGAGUACCAGGUGACUCGUCUGUUUGAAGGAACAGAAUACGAGUUCAGGGUCGCCGCCAGCAACUCGGCAGGAAUGGGACCAUUUAGCUCACCGUCUGACUCGGCCUUUGCAGUCAAUCCAAUCACCCCUCCCAGCAUGCCCGCUGCUCCCGUGGUGGCUGACAAGACAAAGCACAAUGUCACGCUGUCCUGGAAGCCACCAGAGAGUGAUGGAGGAAGCCCUAUCAAAGGCUACAUCAUCCAGAUCCAGGACGAGGGCUCAUCCGACUGGGUGAGGGUGAACGAUCUAGACUCACUGCACCCCACCACCGAGUACACUGUGCCCAGCCUCCGGGAGCUGAAGCGCUACCGCUUCAGAAUCAUCGCAGUCAACUACAUCGGAGAGUCUGACCCCAGCCCACGCACAAGCGAAGUCCUGAUCGAAGACGUCCAGCUCCCACCUUCCAUCUCCAUCGACAUCAUGGUGGAAGAGCUAGCCUGCAUCCGUGCCGGCGAUCCAAUCAGGAUUCCCGCCACCAUCAAGGGCCGCCCCGCUCCCAAGGUCACCUGGGACUUUGAGGGCAAAGCCAAGUCGCACAAGAAGAACAAACUGCACACACUGCCUGUAGACUCUGAGGUGGAGUCCACGGACACUACAUCUGUCGUGACCGUCCCGGUCAGCCUGAGGACUCACUCUGGACGAUACACUAUCACCGCCAAGAACAAGUCCGGCCAGAAACACGUCAACGUCCGAGUGGUCGUCCUCGAUGUUCCCGGACCUCCAAAGGACCUGAGAGUGACUGACAUCACCCGCUCAACCAUGAGGCUGAUCUGGAAGCUUCCAGACACCGACGGAGGCGAGAGAAUCAAGAGCUACUUCAUUGAGAAGAAAUGUUUGACAGACAAAGCCUGGACAAAGGUGAAUGCGGCCUGUGCCAGCCAGGCCUUUGUGGUGCCAGGCCUGCUGGAGGGUCAGGAUUACCUGUUCAGAGUCCGUGCAGAGAACCGACUGGGAUUCGGUCCGUUCACCAUCACCACUGAUCCGGUCCGGGCCCGAGACCCCAUCUACCCGCCCGACCCUCCCACCAAGCUGAAGGUCAACCUGGUGACAAAGAACACAGUGACACUGAGCUGGGAGGCUCCCAAGAACAACGGCGGCUCCCCGGUGAAGCACUACAUCAUUGAGCGCUUGAGCUGGGACACCAGCGGCAAAGAGAAGGAGACGUGGAAACAGUGCAACAAGAGAGAUGUGGAGGAGCUGAGCUUCGUGGUGGAGGACCUGAAGGAGGGAGGAGAGUAUGAGUUCAGAGUGAAGGCCGUGAAUGCCGCUGGACCCAGCCGACCCUCGGCCACUGUCGGACCCAUGGUCAUCAAGGACCAGACAUGUCCUCCCACCAUCGAGAUGCGUGAGGCGCUGGAGGGCGAGGAGGGCUGCGACGUCAGCAUGGUGGCCAAGGUGAGCGGCUGCCCCUUCCCGACGCUCAUCUGGCACCGGGCCAGUCCGGCCAAACCCGAAGAGAAGACGGCCGUGCAGUACGGCCAGCACUUCAACAAGUUGGUGACGCAGGACAAGUGCACUCUGCUCAUUCAGCACGCCAGCAGGCAUGACAGCGCCAUCUACAGCCUGACUGCCAGCAACAGCCUGGGCACCGCCACCAAGGACAUCAAGCUCGCCGUGCUAGGACCUCCUGGGCCCAUUGUGGGACCCAUCAAGUUCACCGAGGUGUUUGCUGAAAGGAUUGGCCUGGCCUGGGCCCCACCCACAGAUGACGGAGGAUCUAAGAUCACCAAUUACGUGGUGGAGAAACGUGAGGACAACAGGAAGUCCUGGGUUCACGUCUCCAAUGACCCCAAGGAGUGUGCUUAUGUGGUGACCCGACUGACUGAGAAUCACGAGUACGAGUUCAGGAUCAUGGCCCAGAACAAGUUCGGAGUGGGACCGCCAGUAAUGAGCGAGCCGGAGAAGGCCAGAAACCUGUUUACCGUCCCCGGUCAGUGUGAGAAACCCACCGUCACCGACAUCUGUCUGGAGUCUAUGACUGUAAACUGGGAUGAACCCAAGUAUGACGGCGGCUCCUCCAUCACCGGAUACUUCCUGGAGAAGAAGGAGACCACGUCCAAGCGCUGGACCCGUGUUACCCGCGAACCCAUCCGUGCAUUGCCUCUGGGCAAUAACUGGGAUGUGACCGGGCUGCUGGAGGGUUCCGUGUAUCAGUUCAGGGUCAUCGCCGCCAAUGCUGCCGGCUGCGGUCUGCCCAGCAUGCCCUCCGACCCCAUCGUCUGCAGGGACCCCAUCAAACCUCCUGGGCCGCCCACUCCCAAGGUGACGGACUGGACAAAGUCCACGGUGGAACUGGAAUGGAUCCCCCCGCUGAUCGACGGAGGGUCAAAGGUCACAGGUUACAUUGCGGAGUACAAGGAAGUGAACAAGGAGGAGGAGGAGAAGAAAGCCAAAGACACCGAGAUCAGAGGAACCAAGUACGUGGUGGCUAACCUGAAGGAAGGAGGUUUGUACCGGUUCAGAGUCCGAGCUGUGAACGUGGCGGGAGUCGGAGAACCAGGAUACGUGUCAGAGCUCAUCGAGGUCAAAGACAGAACCAUCCCUCCUGAGAUGGACCUGGAUGCCUCAGUGAAGGAGAAGAUCGUGGUCCACGCCGGUGGUACCAUCCGCAUCAUCGCCUAUGUGUCCGGUAAACCCGCUCCUCAGAUCACCUGGUGCCGCGAUGACGCCGAGGUGCCCAAAGAGGCGGUGGUGGAGACGACGGGCAUCUCCAACUCGCUGGUCAUCAAGAACUGCAGACGCCAACAUCAGGGCAUCUACACGCUGAGCGCCAAGAACGAGGGCGGAGAGAGGAAGAAGGCCGUCAUCGUGGAAGUCCUGGAUGUCCCUGGACCCGUUGGUCUGCCUUUUGCUGGAGAGAAUCUGACCAGCGACUCCUGCAAGCUGACCUGGUACUCCCCAGAGGAUGACGGCGGCUCGGCAAUCACCAACUACAUUAUUGAGAAGAGAGAGUCUGACCGCAUGGGCUGGACCUCGGUGUCCUACACCGUGACCAGGAACAAUGCCGUGGUGCAGGGACUCCUGGACGGGAAAGGCUACUUCUUCAGGAUCGCAGCGGAGAACAUCAUCGGCAUGGGACCAUUCAUCGAGACUGACAAGAUGGUGCUGAUUAAAGACCCCAUCUCUGUCCCUGAGCGUCCCGAGGACCUGCACAUCACUGCCGUCACCAAGGACUCCAUCUCAGUGGCCUGGAGACCUCCGAAGUACGAUGGCGGUGCAGAGGUGACAGCGUAUGUCUUGGAGUCCCGAAUGGUGGGCCGCGACAGCUUCGUUCGGAUCGGCGGUGACGACAAACUGAUGGACAGGAAAUUCACUCUGACUGGACUGAAAGACGGCUCGAGCCACGAGUUCAGGGUGUCCGCCGUCAACCUGGUAGGACAAGGAAAAGCAUCCUUUGCCACCAAGCCAGUGCAGUGCAAGGACGAGCUCGAACCGCCAGUGCUGGACCUGGACUUCAGGGACCGAAUGAUGGUGAAGGUGGGAGACAUGUGCACCCUGUCGGGACGCUUCACUGGCAAACCGGCGCCAACCAUCGCCUGGACCAAGAACGAGGAGGAGCUGAAGGCAGAUGAUGAGAUCAGCUUACACAGCACUGCCAGACACCUCAGCCUCACCAUCGCCAAGGCCAAGAGGGAGCACAGCGGCUCCUACUGCGUCAAUGUGGAGAAUGCUGCUGGUGCCAGAACCGGAGUCUGUGCCAUCACUGUUGUGGACCGUCCUCAACCACCAGAGGGCCCUGUCGUCUUCAACGAGGUCUACAGAAACUACAUGGUGAUCUCCUGGAAUCCUCCCCUUGAUGAUGGAGGCUGUGCUGUCUCCAACUAUAUCGUGGAGAAGAGAGACACCAACCGAGACUUGUGGAUGCCCGUCACGUCCUCCUGCACCAGGACCACCUGCAAGGUCCCGAAGCUCAUUGAAGGUCGUGAGUACAUCAUCCGGAUCAUGGCUCAGAACAUCUACGGCAUCAGCGACCCACUGCUGUCAGCAGAGACCAGAGCCAGAGACAUCUUCAAGGUGCCCGAUGCUCCCAAACAGCCCACAGUGAAGGAAGUUUACCACGACUCCGCCCUGAUCAGCUGGGAGCCUCCUGCAGAUGGAGGAAAGCCCAUCACGGGAUACAUCGUGGAGAGGAAGGAGACCAUGGCCAACAGGUGGGUUCGCUGCAACACAGAGAGGAUCCACCCCAAAGUGGAGUACUGGGUAACCGAGCUGCUGAAAGGGUGCGAGUACGAGUUCAGAGUCAGCGCUGAGAACGAAGUGGGAGCCGGAGAUCCCAGCCCGCCCUCCAAGCCUGUGUUUGCCAAAGACCCAAUUGUGAAACCCAGUCCGCCGGUGAACCUUCAUGCCAUCGACUUCACCAAGGAGUCCGUGACUCUGGCCUGGGAACCUCCCAUUGACACCGGGAGAGGAAAGAUCUUCGGAUACCUGCUGGAGUUCCAGAAGGCCGGAGAGGAAGAGUGGCACAAGGUGAACCACACUCCAGACUCCUGCCAGGACACAAAGUUCAAGGUGAUCGACCUGGAAGACGGUGCUCUGUACCGCUUCAGAGUCAUGGCUGUGAAUGCUGCCGGAGAGUCCGAACCAGCCAAUGUUAAAGAGCCAAUCAGAGUUCAGGACAGACUGGAGCCCCCAGAGUUGAUCCUGGAUGCUGGAAUGACCCGAGAGGUGAAGGCGAUGGCCGGCACUCACAUCACCUUGAUGGCCGCCAUCAAAGGUGUGCCAUUCCCCACCGUCACCUGGAAGAAAAACGAGGCUGAGGUUCCUACCAGGGCUGACAUUGAAACCAACCAGGCCGGCAGCAAGCUGGAGAUGAGAUUCUGCAACCGUGGUGACUGUGGAGACUACACCCUAACUGUGGAGAACCCGGCUGGGUCCAAAACCGCUACCUGCACCGUGCUUGUCCUUGACAAACCCGGGCCUAUUCAGCACCUCCGGGUGUCCGACAUCAGGAGCGACUCCGCCUACUUGUCCUGGAAGGACCCCGAGGACAAUGGUGGUGCUCGCAUCACCAACUUCGUGGUGGAGAAGAAGGACACUGCAUCCACUCAUUGGGUCCCUGUCUGUUCCACGUCCAAGAAACGCAGCAUGAUGCUGAAACACCUGAUGGAGGGAACCUCCUACUCAUUCAGAGUUGCUGCUGAAAACCAGUAUGGCCGCAGCGAAUACGUUGAGACGCCCAAGGCCAUCAAGGCCAUGAACCCACUUUUCCCACCUGGUCCUCCCAAAGACCUGCAUCAUGUCGAUGUGGACAAGACUGAGGUAUGGUUAGCCUGGAACUGGCCAGACCGUGAUGGAGGCAGUGAAAUCACAGGCUUCCUGGUGGAGUAUCAGGAGGAGGGCGAGAAGGCAUGGGAUGAGUGGAAGACAGUCAGCAUCCCAGAGAGUCAUGUGACCGGCCUAGAGGAGGGAAAGACCUACCGCUUCAGAGUGAGGACGGAGAAUGCCAUCGGCCUCAGCAGACCCGACACCACCGUGCCCAUCCUGUGCCAGGAGAAGCUUGUGCCGCCAAUUGUUGAGGUUGAUGUUAAGCUGAUUGAAGGUAUAAUUGUGAAGGCUGGUACCACCAUCAGACUACCAGCCAUCAUGAGAGGAAUUCCCGUGCCCACUGCCAAGUGGACCAUUGAAGGAGAGGAGAUCACCAGUGAGGGCAACAUCAAGAUCGACACUGACAAUUUCUCCACCGUACUGAGCAUUAAUGAGUGCACCAGGAAUCACACCGGCACCUAUCUGCUCACCGUGUCCAACCCCGCUGGAACCAAGACUGUGGCUUUGAACGUCACUGUCCUCGACGUCCCUGCAGCUCCCAUCGGUCCCGCCAACAUCCUGGAUGUCACUCCCGACUCCAUGACAAUCGAAUGGCGUCCUCCAAAAGAUGAUGGUGGAACCCCAGUCACCAACUACAUUGUGGAGAAGAGAGAAGCCAACAAGGGGACGUGGGGAGGUGUCAGCUCCGGCAGCCUGGCUACGCAGCUCAAGAUCUGCCGCUUGCAGAGGGGAACAGAAUAUGUCGUACGCAUUCGUGCUGAAAACAAGAUGGGCAUUGGUGCUCCUCUGGAGAGCAAGCCCACAGUUGCUGAGCACUCCUUCAUGCCACCUAGUCCACCUGGGAAGCCACAGACCUCUGAUCUCGCAGAGGAUGCUGUCACAGUUGGCUGGACCAUGCCGCUAUCAGAUGGUGGCAGCCAGAUUACUGGCUACAUCAUUGAACGCAGACACAAGGGAGGCAAAUGGAUCCGUGUCAACAAGACCCCAUGCAGGGACCUGCGCUACAGAGUCCUGGGCCUCUUCGAGGGCAGUGAAUAUGAGUUCAGGGUGUUUGCUGAGAAUAUUGCUGGUUUUAGUGGGCCAUCUCCCAUCUCUGACCCCUGCAAACCUUGUAGACCCAUCACUGUCCCAAGUGCUCCCGUUAACCCCAAAGUGAAAGACUACAGCAAGACCACUGCUGACUUGGUUUGGACCAAACCCACAAAAGACGGAGGAAGCCCCAUCCUGGGCUACACUGUGGCAAUGAAGAAAGCUGAUUCUGAUGAAUGGAAGAAAGUGAACCUGGAUGAUUUCAUCAAGCAGUGCGCCUACAGAGUUAAGGGUCUGGAAGAAGGUGUGACUUAUAGGUUCAGAGUCUUUGCCUCCAACAUGAUUGGAGAUGGUGAACCAAGAGAGAUUCCAGAGUCAAUUACGGCUCAGGACAUUCUCAUCCCACCAGAGAUUGAGAUGGAUGCCACCUGCCGCGACCGCCUCACUGUACGUGUCGGUCACAACAUCAACAUUAUUGGUUACAUCAAAGCUCGUCCUGAUCCCGAGGUGCUCUGGUCCAAGGAGGACACGGUCUUUGAGAGCAGUAAACGUGUUGCUAUCUCUCAGAACCUCCCUGUGGUCCAGCUGAGGAUCAAGGAGGCCACCAGAGCCGAUCAUGGCAAAUAUGUGUUGAAGGCUUCAAAUGAGGGUGGGGAGGCUUCCUGCGCCAUCACUGUCAAUGUGCUCGACAGACCAAGCCACUGCCAGAACCUACAUAUCACCUAUGCCACCAAGGACUCAUGCAUGAUUAACUGGGAAGCCCCGAAAGACAACGGUGGAUCUGAGAUCACCAACUAUAUUGUGGAGUGCCGUGAGCCCAGCAUCAGCAUGUGGUCCAUGAUCUCCUCACAAUGCACCAACCGUAAGAUUAAGGCCAAGCUGAUGGAAGGCCAUGAAUACUUGUUCCGCGUCUGUGCAGCAAACAAGAUCGGACCAGGACCCACAGUUGAGACCAAGACUCCUCUGCUUGCCAUCGACCCCAUUGAGAACCCCGGUGAGCCCGAGAACUUCAGAGCAACUGACAUUGGCAAGAACUUUGUCAACCUUAAGUGGAGGAGGCCCGACUAUGAUGGUGGCAGUCCGAACCUCUCCUACAACCUUGAGUGCAAAUCCAAAGAUGCAGAAGAGUGGGAGAAACUGGCCACCGGUUUGAUAGCCACUACCUUCCUGGCUGACAAGUGCACCGAGAACCAGACGUAUACCUUCAGGGUGCAGACUGUAAAUGAAGGAGGUGAGAGUGCCUGGGUCAGACUGCCUGAUGUUCUAGUGAAGGAGGAGAUCCAGAAGCCUGUCAUCGACCUGAAGGUGUCUGGUACAGUGACGGUGUUGGCUGGUGAAUCAGUGAGGAUAGAGGCUGGGCUAAGAGGGAAACCUCAGCCAGAGGUGAAAUGGGCAAAGGACAAAGCUGUGGGAGACAACCCUCGAAUCAGCUAUGAAACUGGCCCUGACUAUUCCAAAUUCCUCAUGACCAAGUCCAAACGCUCUGACACUGGAAAGUAUGUCAUCACCGCCACCAACUCGGCUGGCACUUUCACGGCUUACGCCAAUGUGAAUGUGCUGGAUGUUCCUGGCCCUGUGAGGAACCUCAGAGUCACCGGCAUUGGAGCCGACAAAUGCAGAGUAGUGUGGGAUGCCCCGGAAGACGACGGCGGAUGUGAGGUGGACAGUUACAUUCUGGAGAAAUGCGAGACAAGAAGGAUGGUUUGGUCCACGUACUCAGCCUCUGUCGUCACGCCAUACUGCAACGUCACCCGUCUGGUGGAAGGCAAUGAGUACAUCUUCAGAGUGAGGGCCGAGAACAAGAUGGGAACAGGCCCGUCCAUGGAGAGUAAACCGGUAACGGUCAAGACUCAGUUUAACAGACCAGGACCACCUGAAGCACCCGAGGUCACCAAGGUGAGUAAAGAUGAGAUGACAGUGGUCUGGGCUCCUCCUGAGAACGAUGGAGGGAAGUCAAUCACUGGCUAUAUUCUGGAGAGGAAAGAGAAAAGAGCGGUACGCUGGGUGCCCUGCAACAAGAGCCCCAUCUCAGAGAGACGCAUGAAGGUCACCAACCUCAUUCCAAACCACGAGUACCAGUUCAGGGUCAAGGCUGAGAAUGAGGUUGGCCUUGGAGAGCCCAGCAAACCCUGCAGACCUGUCGCAGCCAAAGAUCCCAUCGAGCCCCCAGGCCCCCCUGCAGGCCUCAAGGUGUCUGACAGCACAAAGAUCUCUAUCACCCUGUCCUGGUCCAAGCCAGUGUAUGACGGUGGUGCUCCCAUCAUUGGCUACAGCCUUGACAUGAGGCUGAAGAGUGAGGCAGACCCCGAAAAGCCCACAGAGGGCUGGAAGAGGAUCGACACUCACGGCCCACUGGUGCUGACAGAGUUCACCAUUGGUCAGCUGGAUGAGAAGCAGGAGUAUGAGUUCAAGGUGUCCGCCCAGAACCAAGUCGGCUGGGGACGUCAUGCUUACCUGAAGGAAGCUGUAUCACCCAAGGAGAUCAUCGAGGCUCCAGAAAUUGACCUGGACGCCAGUCUGAGGAAAGGCUUGGCCGUCCGUGCCGGCUGUCCAAUCAGGCUGUUUGCUGUGAUCAGAGGAAGACCCGCCCCCAAGGUAACCUGGAAGCGUCUGGGUGUGGACAAUGUGAUCCGCCGAGGACAUGUGGACCAGGUCGACACCAUGUCUUUCCUGGUCAUUCCCGAGUGCACGAGAGAGGAUUCUGGAAAAUAUUCCCUGACUCUUUCAAACUCGGCCGGAGAGAAAGCUGUGUUUGUCCGAGUCAAAGUUCUCGACACCCCAGGUCCAGUCGGUGGCCUUGAUGCGACCGAUGUGACCAAGACAACAGCUCAGCUCUCUUGGUUGCCCCCUGAAAAUGAUGGUGGAAGCCCCAUCUUGAAUUAUAUUGUGGAGAAACGUGAAGUAGACAGAAAGACUUGGACCAAGUGCACAGAGGACCUGAAGAAGACCAGCUUCAAGGUGACCAACAUGACGCCAGGCAUUGAGUACUACUUCAGGGUCAUGGCUUGCAACAAGUAUGGCAUCGGCGUUCCUCAAGACUCACCUCGCUCCUACUUGGCUGUUGACCCCAUCAGUGAGCCUGAUCCUCCAAAGAAGAUGGACGUGUUGGAGAUCACCAAGAACAGCGCCACACUGGGCUGGCUGAAGCCACUCAGAGAUGGUGGAGCCAAAAUCAAUGGUUACGUGGUGGACUACCAGGAGGAGGGCGCACCAGAGGACAAGUGGACACCGUAUUCUGUGGUGAAGGAUUUGACUAUCGUUGUGGUAGGCCUGAAGGAAGGAACCAAGUACAAGUUCAGGGUGGCAGCUCGGAACUCGGUGGGAGUCAGCUUGGCCCGUGAGGCUGAGGGAGUGUUUGAGGUCAAGGAGCAGCUCAUGGCUCCAAAGGUCAUCAUGCCUGACAUCGUGACGGUCCGUGCCGGAUCCAAGAUGGUUAUCGAGGCCAUCGUGGCGGGUAAACCAGCUCCCUUCUGCAAGUGGAAGCAGGGCAACGAGGAUGUGCUGACCUCCGACCGCCUGUUCGUCAUCAAGACGCUCACGUCCUGCACGCUGAUGAUCAAGAAUGUGACAAGGAAGGACAGUGGCUACUACAGUCUGUCAGCUGAGAACAGCACCGGAAAGGUCAACCAGAUCCUCCGAGUCAUCGUCAUGGACCUUCCUGGACCCCCAGAGGCUCCUCUGGAGAUCACCGAACAGGACAUCGAUGCCUGCACGCUCCUCUGGAACUCUCCACAGGAGGACGGUGGCAGCAACAUCACCAACUACAUUGUAGAGCGCUGUGAUGUCAGCCAGGGUGACUGGGUGACUAUGUCCACGUCCUGCACCAAGACCAGCUUCAGGGUGACCAAACUCACGCCCGGCAAGGAGUAUGGCUUCAGAGUGCGAGCAGAGAACCGCUUCGGCAUCUCUGAGCCCAUCUACUCUGAGCGGAUGAUCGCCAGAUAUCCAUUUGAUCCUCCCAGCGAGCCCCGAAACCUACAGAUUAACAAGAUCAACAAGGACUUUGUCAUCCUGUCCUGGGAGCGUCCCAGCAGCGACGGUGGCAGCCCCAUCACUGGCUACCUGAUCGAGAAGAAGGAGAGAAACAGCAUCCUGUGGACGCAAGCCAAUGAGUCGGUGGUGAAAUCCACGCAGUACACCUGUGCUGGCCUGAUCGAGGGCCUGGAGUACAGCUUCAGAGUGUCAGCCCAGAACUUGGCCGGACAAGGCAAACCCUGCAAGCAGACUGAAUUCAUCACAGCCAGGACUGCCGUCGAUCCACCAGGUAAACCUGAGCCCAUGGACGUCACCAAGAACUCUGUCUCGUUGGUGUGGAGCCGUCCCAAACACGAUGGAGGCAGCAAGCUGGUUGGUUACUAUAUGGAGUACACCAAACUUCCUGAGGAGAAGUGGACCCGCUGCAACGCCAACGCCAUGAACAUCCAGACUGAGAACUAUGUGGUGACUGGCCUGGAGGAGGGGCAGCAGUACCAGUUCAGAGUCUUUGCAAAGACCGCCAUCAAUGUCAGCUUGCCUUCCGAACUGUCUGACCCUAUUCCUGUGAUCGCAGAGAACGUUCCUCCUCGUGUGGAACUCGGUGUGGAGAUGAAGAACCUGAUUGUGGUGAAAGCUGGCGAGAACAUCUGCCUGGAUGCCGAGGUGUUCGGAAAGCCACUGCCCAAGGUGAGCUGGAAGAGAGAUGGCGUGCCACUGGUGCUUGUCGAGGGCAUGAAGAUGAGCCAGAAGAAGCACGUCCACUUGCUGGAGCUCUACUCCGUCACCCGCAAGGAGUCUGGUGACUACACCAUCGUUGCCGAGAACAUCAAUGGCACCAAGUACGCCACCAUCAAGGUCAAAGUGCUUGACAAACCAGGACCUCCAGCCUCAGUGAAAACCACCAAAGUGUUUGCUGACCGUGUCAAACUGCGGUGGGUGCCCCCGAUUGCCGACGGCGGCUCUGAGAUCACCAACUACAUCAUUGAGAAGCGAGAGACCAGUCGUGCCAACUGGGCACUGGUCACCGCCAACAUCCAUGGACACAUCACAGACUGCACAGUGGAGAAACUCAUUGAAGGACAUGAGUACCAGUUCAGAGUCAGCGCUGAGAACCAGUAUGGCGUGGGCGAUGCAGCUAUGACUGAUGCUGUCACUGUCAAGAAUCCAUAUGAUGUUCCUGGCCCGUGCGAUCCACCCGUCAUUACCAACAUUACGAAGGACUCCAUGACAGUUAGCUGGAAGGCACCUGCCAAUGACGGCAAGGCAACCAUCCUGGGCUACAUGGUGGAGAAACGUGAGGCCACAGAGUUGACUUGGGCCAAGGUCAACCGCCGGCCAGUCAUUGACAGGACCAUCAAGGCCGCUCAGCUGACCGAGGGCUCAGAAUACGAGUUCAGAGUCAUCGCCAUGAAUAAGGCUGGUUUGGGAAAACCCAGUGACGCCUCCAAUGCCGCGCUGGCUGUGGACCCAGUCUAUCCUCCUGGGCCACCUGCCUUCCCAAUGGUAGACUCCACCAAGUCCUCCAUCAGCCUGAGCUGGACCAAGCCAGCUUACGACGGUGGCUGUGAGAUCAUCGGGUAUCUGGUGGAGUGCAAGCGGGCCGAAAGCGAGGACUGGAUGAAGUGCAACGUCCCCAAGAAGCUCCAGGCCACCAAGUUCCUGGUAACAGGCCUCAUGGACAAUACAGAGUACCAGUUCAGAGUCACAGCAGUCAACAGGAUCGGCUACAGUGAGCCCAGCGACGUCCCUGGAAACCACACUCCCAAAGACAUCCUGAUUGCUCCUGAAGCCGAGCUGGAUGCUGACCUGAGGAAAGCUCUGGUUCUGCGAGCCGGCGUCACCAUGAGGCUCUACGUGCCUCUGAGGGGACGCCCAGCACCCAAGGUGACUUGGACCAAGGUGGAUGCCAACCUAAAGGAGAGGCAGGGCCUGUUGAUCAAGACAUCUGAGUGGGACACGCUACUGAUGAUUGAGGGUGUCAACCGAUAUGACGCCGGCAAAUACGUCCUGACGCUGGAGAACAGCAGCGGCACCAAGAGCUACACCAUCGUGGUCAAAGUACUCGAUUCUCCUGGACCGCCCGUAAAUCUCAUCGUGAAAGAGACAUCCAGAAGCCAUGCCUUCAUCACCUGGGAUGCACCACUGAUCGACGGUGGCGGCCCCGUGAAGAGCUACAUUGUGGAAAAGCGUCUGGCAGAGAGGAAGGCUUGGACCUGCGUGUCUGCCGAGUGCCCCAAGACCUCGUUCAGGAUCACCAACCUGGAGGGCGGACAGGCGUACUGCUUCAGAGUGCUGGCAGAAAACGCCUACGGCAUCGGGGAGGGCUGCGAGACAGCCGGCAGCGUGCGGGCCUCAGAACAACCUGGUCCAGUGAUGGACUUCAAAGCUGUGAAGACCACCAGGGACUCCAUCACCCUGGGCUGGAAGAAACCGAUCAGCGACGGCGGAAGCUUCAUCUCAGCCUACAUUCUGGAGCAGAGCGAGGGCGAGGAGAAGUGGAAGCAGAUCAUGAAGGGCAAGAACACAUCGCAUGCCAUCGGAGAGCUGACCGACGGAAAGGAGUACCUGUUCAGGGUCAAAGCGCUCAACGAGUCCGGAGAGGGACCACCCACCGAGCUCACUGCCGUGGCCAAGGACCAGUUCGUACUUCCCGACUGUAACCUGAGUGGCCUUCAUGAUGGUGUCUGCAUCGUGAAGGAGGGCAGCACCACCCGCAUCAACAUCCCCGUCAUCGGAACGCCCAGCCCUGUUGCCACUUGGAAGAAGGGCGAUGUGGGAAUCGGGGAUACAGGCCGGAUGUGCAUUGAGGCCUCUCAGGGUGUCACCACCCUCCUGAUCAGGGACUGCCAGAGGGCCGACGCUGACACCUACACCAUCACCGUGAGGAACAGCGCUGGUUCCAAGGACUGUAAGUUCCAGCUGAAGGUGGUCGGUAAGCCCGGCAUCUGCACUGGACCCAUUAAGUUUGAUGAGAUCACUGCCGAGGGCAUCACUCUCGAGUGGGAACCCCCCAAAGACGACGGUGGCGCAGAGGUGUCCAACUACAUUGUGGAGAAGAGGAGGACAACGGACAACAAGUGGGCCACGGUGGCCUCAGCCCUCCAGAAGACCAGCAUGAGGGUGAUCCGACUGCACGAAGGCAUCGAGUACAUCUUCAGAGUGUUCGCUGAGAACAAGUAUGGGGUUGGAGAGUACCUGAGGUCAGACCCAGUCAUCGCCCAGCAUCCAUUCAAUGUGCCCGGAGCACCUGCACCUCCACAGAUUGUGACCAUCCGUCACGAAUCGGCUAUCCUGACCUGGGAUGAUCCAAAGGACACCGGAGGCUCCCCGAUAACUGGAUAUCACAUCGAGUUCAAGGAACGGAACAGUCUGAUGUGGAAACGAGCCUCUAAGACUCCACUGAGAGUGAAGGAAUGCAGAGUCACCGGCCUGAUAGAAGGACUAGAGUACGAGUUCAGGGUGAUGGCCAUGAACAUGGCCGGGCUUGGAAAGGCCAGCAAGGUUACUGAAGCUGUGGUGGCUCUGGAUCCCAUUGAUCCUCCGGGGAAACCUGAAGUCAUUAACGUGACCAGGAGUACUGUCACUCUCAUCUGGACUGCUCCCAAAUACGACGGUGGCUACAAGCUGACCGGGUACUUUGUGGAGAAGCUGGAAGCUGGAGGGAAGACCUGGAUGAAAGCCAAUCACGUCAACAUCCAGGGAUGUGCCUACACAGUCACGGACCUGACAGACGGGGCCCAGUACCAAUUUAGAAUCAGAGCCAAGAAUGCAGCUGGGGCCAUCAGCAUUCCAUCAGAGGCCACCGAGCUUCUGACCUGCAAAGAUGAAUACGAGCCUCCAACUAUCACCAUUGACCCGGACAUGAAGGAUGGAGUGUCUGUCAGGGCAGGAAACACAAUAGUGAUCACUGCCUCUAAGAUCGUAGGUAAACCUCUGCCAACAUCUGUCUGGUCCAAGGGGGGCCGCGAGUUCAAGACCUCCGAUAUCGUCACCGUCACCAGCACCCCCACCUCCUCAACGCUCUCCAUUAAGUACGCCAGCCGCAAAAACACAGGAGAGUACACUAUCACCGCCAGCAAUCCAUUCGGCAUCAAAGAAGAACAUGUCAAGGUGAAAGUUUUGGAUGUACCCGGACCUCCAGGGCCCAUUGAGGCCAGCAACGUCUCAGCUGAGAAAUGUACCCUGACAUGGCUGCCACCAGAGGAGGAUGGAGGCUGCUCCAUCAAGUCCUACACCCUGGAGAAGAGAGAGACCAGCCGCCUGCAGUGGACCAAGUUAGCUGAAAAUGUAAUGGACUGCAGAUAUGUAGCCAGCAAGCUGAUCAAGGGCAACGAGUACAUCUUCAGAGUGUCUGCUGUCAACCAGUACGGCACCGGAGACUCAAGCCAGUCUGGUCCAAUCAAAAUGGUCGACAGCUUCGGUCCACCAGGUCCACCCUCAGUCCCAGAGAUUGAUAAUGUGAGCAGGAACGCUGUCACCAUUUCAUGGAAGAGACCAGUUCAGGAUGGAGGAAGUGACAUUAGAGGAUAUUGUGUGGAGAGGAAGGAGAGGAAGGGAUUGAGAUGGGUGAGAGCCUCAAAGAGGACAGUGCCUGACCUGCGCUUCAAGGUGCAAGGCCUGACCGAGGGAGUAGAGUACGAGUUCAGAGUCACUGCAGAGAACAAGGCUGGAUUUGGGGAACCCAGCGAGCCGUCGCGCCCGGUGAUGACCAAGGACAUUGUGUAUCCACCUGGUCCACCAUCCAACCCCAGAAUUACAGACACCACAAAAACCACUGCCACCUUUGCCUGGGGCCGACCCCACUAUGAUGGCGGUCUUAAUGUAGAAGGAUACAUUGUUGAGUACAAAAAGGAAGGACACGAUGACUGGGAGACAGAAACACAGUACCCACUGAAAGCUACAGAAUACGUUAUUGGGAAACUUCAAAAGGGAGGAAAAUACCACUUUAGAGUGAGCGCUGUUAACUCUGAGGGUGUUGGGGAGCCUGCAGAGGUUGAGAAAGUGACUGAGCUUGUGGACCAAGAGACGCUGCCCGAUUUUGAGUUAGAUGCAGAGCUCAGGAGAACUCUUGUUGUUCGGUGCCGGGCUUCAAUCCGUAUGUUUGUUCCAAUCAGGGGUCGCCCUGUUCCUGAAGUAACAUGGAGCAAGGAUGACACCAAUCUGAAAACCCGAGCACACAUCGACACCACAGAGUCCUUCACUCUGUUGGUUAUUCCUGACUGCACCAGGUAUGACGCUGGAAAGUACAACCUCUGCCUGGAGAAUGUUGCUGGAAAGAAGACUGGCUUUGUUAAUGUCAAAGUUCUUGACACACCAGGGCCACCAGUCAACCUCAAACCCAGAGAAAUCACAAAAAACAGCAUUACCCUUCAGUGGGAAAUCCCCAUCAUUGAUGGUGGCUCCAAGAUACACAACUACAUCAUUGAGAAGCGAGCAGCAACCAAAAAGGCCUACACAGUGCUGAGCACCACAUGGCAGAAGUGUUCCUUCAAAUUCACUGAUCUUGAAGAAGGAGCUUAUUACUACUUCCGCGUCUCCGCUGAGAAUGAUCUUGGUGUAGGUGAACCUGCUGAAACCCCAGAGCCAAUCAGGGUGUCUCAGGCCCCCUCUGCACCAGAAAACCUGUAUGUGACAGAUGUGACUGCUGACAGUGCUAGCCUCUCUUGGGCUAAGCCUCUUCAUGAUGGCGGUAGCCUGAUCACAGGAUAUGUGAUUGAGGCUCAAAGGAAAGACACUGAACAGUGGGUCCAUGUGGCCACCAUCAAGGCUCUGGACUUCACUGUCACAGACCUUGUUGAAGGCGCUGAAUAUACCUUCCGUAUCAUGGCUGUUAAUGCAUCAGGCAGAAGCGAUCCUCGUGAAAGUCGGCCUGCUAUAAUCAAAGAGCAGACUUCUGCGCCAUCUUUCGAUCUGCGUGGAGUCUACCAAAAGACUGUGAUUGUCAAGGCUGGGGAUCGUGUGAAGGUGGAGAUUCCAGUGCUGGGCAAGCCUAGACCUGUGGUUUCCUGGAAGAAGGGAGAUGCUGUUCUCAAAGAGACACAGAGAAUGAAUGUUGAGACCACAGCAACAUCAACCAUCCUCAACAUUAGUGAGAUCAAGAGGACUGAUGGAGGCCAGUAUUCCAUGACUGGGAAGAACAUGCUGGGGACUGUGACGGAGACCAUCACAGUCCUGGUACAUGACAUUCCAGGUCCUCCCACUGGCCCCAUCAAGUUGGAUGAGGUCUCCUGUGAUUAUGUUCUUAUGUCCUGGGAGGCACCAGAGAAUGAUGGAGGCGUUCCCAUUAACAACUAUAUAGUGGAGAUGCGCGAGACUACCGGUACCUCAUGGGUAGAACUGGCAGCUACAGUGAUUCGCACCACCUUUAAGGCAGCACGUCUCAACACUGGAACCCAGUAUCAGUUCCGUAUCAAAGCCCAGAACAGAUACGGCAUUGGACCCGCCAUUAUCUCUGAACCUGUUGUGGCUGCAUAUCCAUUCGAUGUGCCGAGCCAGCCUGGCAUACCCACGGUUACAUCUUUCAACAAGGAUGCUAUGACGCUCAGCUGGAAUGAACCAUCUACUGAUGGAGGCAGCCCGAUUCUAGGCUAUCAUGUGGAGAGGAAAGAGAAAAACAGCAUUCUUUGGCAGAAGAUCAGCAAAGCUCUUGUUGUUGGAAACAUUUUCAAAUCAACAGGACUUGUUGAUGGAAUAGCUUAUGAACAUCGCGUCACAGCUGAAAACAUGGCUGGUCUCAGCAAACCCAGUAAACCUUCCGAGCCCAUGUUUGCUUUGGAUCCGAUUGACCCACCAGGCCGGCCGGUGGCAUUAAAUAUCACCAGGCACGAAGUGACGGUUUCUUGGACCAAACCAGAGGGAGAUGGUGGAUUUUCCAUCACUGGUUAUACAGUAGAGAGAAGAGAGAUGCCCAAUGGACGCUGGCUCAAAGCCAACUUCAACAACAUCCUGGAAACUAUUUACACAGUUAGCGGUCUGAUUGAAGACGCAACCUAUGAAUUCCGUGUGUUUGCUCGAAACUCAGCAGGUGCCAUUAGUGCUCCAUCCCAGCCGUCAGAAGCAAUCACAUGCAGAGAUGACAUUGAAGAGCCCAGGCUGGAUGUUGACUCUUCAUAUAGCAGCAAUGUGGUUGUUAUGGCGGGAGAAAUUUUCAAGCUGGAGGCCAAUGUAACUGGCAGGCCUCUUCCAUCUCUGGUGUGGACCAAGGAAGGAAAGGAGCUAGAAGAUACAGCCAAGCUUGAGAUAAAGUCAACAGACUUCCAUACUACUCUAAUUAACAAAGAUUCAUUGAGGAGAGAUGGAGGUGCUUUUACGCUCACUGCCAGUAAUCCUGGUGGCUUUGCCAAGUUCAUAUACAAUGUCAAAGUGCUGGAUAGACCUGGACCACCAGAUUCUUUGACUGUCACUGAUGUCACAGCAGAGAAAUGUGUUCUUAACUGGUUGCACCCAACACAUGAUGGUGGAGCCAAGAUUGAGUACUUUAUCAUUCAGAGGCGUGAGACUAGCAGGUUGGCAUGGACAAAUGUGGCCACUGACCUUCAAGCAAACAGAUUCAAGGUUACUAAAUUACUGAAGGGCAAUGAGUACAUCUUCAGAGUCAUGGCUGUUAACAAGUAUGGUGUGGGUGAACCUAUAGAGUCUGAACCAGUCAUUUGUGCAAACCCUUACACCGUCAGUGACCCACCACAGCAGCCUGAGGUCACCACCAUCACAAAAGAUUCCAUGGUCGUUUGCUGGGAGCGCCCUGAACAUGAUGGAGGCAGCAGAAUAAAUACAUAUGUCAUUGAGAGAAGGGAUAAGACUGGUUUGCGCUGGGUGAAGUGCAACAAGAGGACCGUGACUGACUUGCGAUUCAAGGUCUCUGGCCUCACACCAGGACAUGAGUAUGAAUACAGGAUACUUGCUGAGAAUAAUGCUGGCCUAAGCCAGCCUAGCCCUUCCAGUCCAUUCUACAAAGCAAUUGACACCAUCUUCCAACCUGGACCUCCAGGGAACCCAAGAGUGUUGGACACAACCAAGACUUCCAUCACUCUUGCUUGGAACAAGCCAGUGUAUGAUGGUGGUUCUGAAAUCACUGGUUACAUUGUGGAGACCUGCUUGCCUGAGGAAGAUGAAUGGACAAUUCAAACUCCAAAGAGGGGAUGGACUGCCACUUCCUUCACUAUUACCAACCUAAAAGAAAACCAAGAGUAUAGAAUCAACAUCUGUGCCACUAAUUGUGAGGGAGUUGGAGAGCCCGCCGCUGUUCCUGGAACUCCCAAGGCUGAAGACAGACUGCUUCCUCCAGAGAUUGAACUCGGUGCUGAGUUGCGUAAAGUGGUCUGCAUCAGAGCAUGUAGCACUCUAAGACUCUUUGUCCCCAUUAAAGGCAGACCAGCACCUGAAGUGAAAUGGUCCAGGGAACACGGAGAAUCUCUAGACAAAGCUAACAUUGAGAUCACACCAUCUUUCACCACUCUCCAGAUAGAAAAUGUUGACCGUUUUGAUGGCGGUAAAUAUAUGGUCACUGUGGAGAAUGCCUCUGGAAGUAAGACAGCCUUUGUCAAUGUCAGAGUGCUUGACACUCCAGGAGCGCCUCAGAAUUUGAUCGUGAAGGAGGUCACAAGAGAUGCAGUUUCCCUUGUUUGGGAUGCCCCUCUUAUUGAUGGUGGCUCUCGAGUCCGUAACUACAUUGUGGAGAAGCGAGAGUCAACCAGAAAGGCCUAUUCAACUGUCUGUGCCAGCUGCCACAAGUCUAGUUGGAAAGUUGGAGAUCUCGAGGAAGGAAAGUUGUACUCUUUUAGAAUCUUGGCUGAGAAUGAAUUUGGCAUUGGCCUUCCUGUAGAGACCCUCGAACCAAUUAAAGUGUCAGAGAGGCCUCUACCACCAGGAAAAGUGUCUCUCCGAGAAGUUACCAGCAAUAGUGUCACACUGACAUGGGAAAAGCCUGACCAUGAUGGAGGGAGCAGAAUCACAGGCUACAUUGUGGAGAUGCAGGGUAAAGGCAGUGAGAAGUGGACUCAGGUUAUGGUGGUAAAGACAAACGAGGCUCAGGUCACUGGCCUCACACAAGGAGAGGAGUACAUGUUCCGCAUCUCAGCCACCAAUGAAAAGGGAGUCAGUGACCCACGUCCUCUCAGCCUCCCUGUAGUUGCAAAAGACCUGGUAAUCCCCCCAACCUUCAAACUCCUUUUCAGCACAUUCAGUGUGCUGGCAGGAGAUGAUCUGAAGAUAGAUGUGCCAUACACUGCCUGUCCUAAGGCUACAGCAACCUGGCUCAAAGAUGGUGUUGUUCUUAAGGAGACGACAAGAGUUAAUGCUGAAGCCACAGACAAAAACCUUCACCUGGUGAUUAAGGAAUCCUGCAGAGAUGAUGUGGGCACAUACACCAUCAAACUCACCAACACUGCUGGAGAGGCAUCCACAGAUAUCAGUGUUGUAGUUUUGGAUAAGCCUGGUCCACCUACCGGUCCAAUUAAGAUGGAAGAGGUCACUGCUGACAGUUUGGUCUUGUCCUGGAACCCACCACAGUAUGAUGGUGGUUGUGCCAUUAAUAAUUACAUUGUUGAGAAGAGAGACACCUCGACCACCAACUGGCAGAUUGUGUCCGCCACUGUGGCCAGAACCACUAUCAAAGCAGCCCGUCUCAAGACAGGCUGUGAGUACCAAUUCAGAAUUGCUGCAGAGAAUAGAUAUGGCAAAUCGUCAGCCCUACUUUCUGAAACCAUUAUUGCCCAGUAUCCAUUUGAAUUGCCCAGUUCACCACGUUCUGUUGUGGUGCAGUCAGCCACCAAGGAGACCAUGGUGGUUGUAUGGGACAAGCCAAGCAAUGACGGUGGAAGCAAAAUACUUGGUUACCACUUAGAACUCAAAGAGAGAAACAGCAUAUUGUGGGUGAAACAGAACAAACAGCUCAUUCCAGAGACCAGAUUCAAAGUUAUUGGCCUUGAGGAAGGAAUCGAAUAUGAGUUCAGAGUUUAUGCAGAGAACAUUGUUGGGAUUAGUAAAGCCAGCAAAGUCAGUGAAAUGCAAGUGGCCAGAGAUCCCUGUGACAGACCAGGAAAACCAGAAGCUGUCAUUGUCACCAGAAACCAAGUCACUCUCAGAUGGACCAAGCCCGAGUAUGAUGCUGGCAUCAAGAUUACUGGCUAUGUGAUAGAAAAGAAGGAAGGCUCGGGUCGUUGGAUGAAGGCCAGCUUCACAAAUAUCAUUGAGACAGAAUUCGUUGUUACAGGGCUCACUGAAGAUCAGGUGUAUGAGUUCCGAGUCAUUGCCAGAAAUGCAGCAGGUGUGUUCAGCCAGCCAUCUGAUUCUACUGGAGCAAUCACUGCCAAGGACGAGGUGGAUCCACCAAAGAUUGACUUAGAUGCCAAAUACUCUCAAGCUGUGGUUGUAAAUGCAGGAGAGACAUUUAGGCUUGAGGCUGCUUUCUAUGGCAAACCUGUUCCAACAGUGCACUGGCUGAAGGAAGGAAAGGAGAUACCUGAAGCAGCUCGUAUAGAUGUCAAGAACACAGACUUCACAGCUUGUAUAGUUGUUAAGGAAGCCAUCCGUGUUGAUGGGGGUCAGUACACUUUGCUGGUAAAGAAUGUUGGAGGAGAAAAAUCUGUCAAUAUCACUGUCAAGGUUUUGGAUAGACCUGGUCCACCGGAGGGCCCAAUCUCCAUCUACGGGGUCACUAAUGAGAAAUGUUCAAUUUCCUGGAAGCCUCCUUUGCAAGAUGGAGGUAGUGAUGUUUCCCACUAUAUCAUUGAGAGGAGGGAAACCAGUAGACUGGUUUGGACUGUAGUUGAACCAAAGGUGCAAACACUGAACCUUAAAAUCACCAAACUUCUUCCUGGUAACGAGUACAUCUUUAGAGUAAUUCCAGUUAACAAGUACGGCAUUGGUGAACCCCUGGAAUCUGAGCCAAUGAUUGCAAGGAACCCAUUUGUUGCCCCUAGCCCACCAACAGAGGUAGAAGUGUCCACAAUCACUAAAGACUCCAUGGUUGUGACCUGGGAGAGGCCAACCAAUGAUGGUGGCAGUCCCAUUCAGGGAUAUGUUGUUGAGAAACGUGACAAGGAUGGUGUUAGAUGGACUAGAUGCAACAAGCGCAAUGUGAGUGAGCUCCGCUUUAGAGUGACAGGGCUCCUUGAGAACCACAGCUAUGAAUUCAGAGUAUCUGCAGAGAAUGCUGCAGGUGUUGGAACACCGAGUGCACCAACAAUCUACUAUAAAGCGUUGGAUCCUAUCUUUAAACCAGGUCCACCAAACAACCCCAAAGUGGUUGACAUUACCCGAUCUACUGUUUCCUUGACAUGGGGCAAACCCAUAUAUGAUGGUGGCUGUGAGAUUCAGGCUUACAUUGUUGAGGCCUGCAAUGAAGCAUCUGAUGAAUGGUUCAUGUGCACUCCUCCCACUGGAAUCACAGACACUACAUUCACAGUGAAAAAGCUGUUAGAGAAGCAUCAGUACCAAUUCAGAGUAUGUGCAAUCAACAAAGUUGGAGUUGGUGAACAUGCCGAUGUUCCUGGAAAAAUUCUUCUGGAGGAGAAACUUGAGGCCCCUGAUCUUGAACUAGAUGCGGAUAUGAGAAAGAUGAUCAACAUCAGAGCGGCAAGCACUCUCAGGCUGUUUGUUCCCGUGAGAGGCCGACCAGCCCCUGAGGUGAAAUGGAGCAAAGCUGAUGGGGAAAUCAGUGAAACGGCACAAAUUGACACUACGGGCACCUAUGCUUCUCUUGUCAUUGAGAAUGUUGACAGAUUUGCCAGUGGAAAGUACAUCCUGACUGCAGAGAAUGCCAGUGGGGUGAAGUCUGCCUUCAUCAGUGUAAGAGUCCUUGACUCCCCAAGUGCACCAACUAACUUCAAGGUGAAAGAGAUCACAAAAAAUUCAGUUACUCUCACUUGGGAACCUCCUCUCCUGGAUGGUGGGUCAAAGAUAAAGCAUUACAUUGUUGAGAAGCGUGAGAGCACCAGGAAAGUUUAUUCUCCUAUUACCACUUGCAACAAGAUGUCGUGGAAGGUUGAGCCCCUCCCUGAGUCAGGAAUCUUCUUCUUCAGAGUCAUGGCUGAGAAUGAGUAUGGAGUGGGUCUCCCUGCUAAAACAUUAGAACCAGUUAAGGUUUCCGAGAAACCUCAGCCACCUGGCAAAGUCAGCGUUGUUGAUGUUACUCACAGCACUGUGAGUCUGAAGUGGGAGAAGCCUGAACAUGAUGGUGGCAGCAGGAUCAGUUAUUAUGAAGUUGAGCUGGCCCCGAAGGAUAGUGAAACUUGGACUGUGUGUGCUAGUGUGAAAGCACUGGAGACGGUGGUGUCAAACCUCCUCACAGGAGAGGAGUAUCAGUUUAGAGUUGUUGCUGUAAAUGACAAAGGUAAAAGUGAUCCAAGGCAACUGGUUCAGUCAGUUGUUGCAAAGGACCUUGUGAUUGAGCCUGCUGUUCGACCCAAAGUGAGCACCUACCAUGUCCAGGUUGGUUAUGACCUCAAGAUAGAAGUCCCAAUUGCUGGUCAUCCAAAACCAACCAUCACCUGGAAUAAAGAUGGUGCAGCUCUGAAGCAGACCACCAGAGUCAAUGUCACAGACUCCACCAAUCAUACCAUCCUGACAAUAAAAGAUGCCACCAGAGAGGAUGGAGGUAUGUACAGCAUCAAUGUAGCCAAUGCCCUUGGCUCUAAGGAUGCCACAAUUGAGGUGAUCACUCUGGAUAAGCCAGGCCCACCAACAGGCCCUGUCAAGUUGGAGGAUAUCAGUGCUGAGAGUAUGACUCUGAGCUGGGAACCUCCCACAUACACUGGUGGCUGUCCAAUCUCCAACUAUGUCGUGGAAAAGAGAGACACAACAACAACAAACUGGGUGGUUGUAUCUGCCACUGUGGCUAGAACCACAUUGAAAGUGGCCAAUCUGAAGACAGGUGCAGAAUACGUGUUCCGAAUCUACGCUGAAAACCGAUAUGGAAAGAGUUAUGCCAUUGACUCAGAGCCUGUUGUGGCACAGUAUCCCUUCCAGGAACCUGGUCCCCCAGGAACACCAUUUGUGUCUUCAUACACAAAAGACUAUAUGGUGGUUGAGUGGCACAAACCUCCAUCUGAUGGAGGCAGUGCCAUCUUAGGCUACCAUCUGGAGAGAAAAGAGAAGAACAGUAUCCUCUGGACAAAGAUAAACAAAAUGCUCAUCCAAGAUUGCAGAUUCAAAUCUACUCCUCUUGAGGAAGGUAUUGAAUAUGAAUACAGAGUUUAUGCUGAAAAUAUUGUGGGCAUUGGAAAAUGCAGUAAAGUAUCAGAGGUCUAUGUAGCCCGUGACCCAUGCGACCCUCCAGGCCGUCCUGAGGCUGUUAUUGUGACCAGACACACAGUCAAACUGAGGUGGACCCCGCCACAGUAUGAUGGUGGAAGUUUGGUGACUGGCUAUGUUGUGGAGAAACGUGACCUUCCUGAAGGAAAGUGGAUGAAGGCCAGCUUCACAAACAUCAUCACACAUGAGUUUGAGGUUACUGGCCUGACAGAAGACUCUAAAUAUGAUUUCAGAGUAUUUGCAAGGAAUGCAGCAGGUGCUGUUAGCAAGCCCUCGGAAAGCACUGGAUCGAUAACUGCCAAGGAUGAAGUUGAACUACCUAAGUGUGAGACGGAUCCCAUGUACAACCAGACUCUUGUUAUCAAUGCUGGUGAGACUUUCAGUCUAGAAGCCACUGUGGAUGGAAAGCCCAUCCCUACAGCUCAAUGGUUCAAGGGAGAUGUUGAAGUUGAAAACUCAGCCAGAGCUGAAAUCAAAAACACAGACUUCAAAGCUUUACUUGUUGUGAAGGAUGCCAUCAGGGUUGAUGGUGGACAGUACACGUUGGUUCUUACAAAUGUGGCUGGGACAAAGACUGUCCCAUUCAGUGUGAAGGUACUGGACAGGCCAGGACCUUCACAGGGACCUCUUACAAUCAGCAAUGUCACUGAAGAGAAAUGCUCUCUGUCUUGGCUGCCACCCCGGCAUGACGGUGGAGCAAGCAUUUCUCAUUACAUCAUUCAAAAGAGAGAAACCAGCCGCCUCGCUUGGACUGUGGUUUCUGGUGACUGUGGAGCCACCAUGUUCAAGGUUACCAAACUGUUAAAGGGUAAUGAGUACAUCUUCAGAGUCAUGGCUGUCAACAAAUAUGGAGUGGGUGAACCUCUCGAAUCAACACCAGUCAUUAUGAGGAAUCCAUUUGUUCCUCCUGGUCCACCUCAGGAACUUGAGAUCACCAACAUAACCAGAGACUCCAUGACCGUCUGUUGGAACCGUCCUGAAACUACGGGUGGUAGUGACAUAAACAAUUACAUUGUGGAGAAGAGAGACAGAGCAGGAGUUAGAUGGACCAAGUGCAACAAACGCAGAGUGACAGACCUUCGGUUCAGAGUGACAGGACUUACUGAGGACCACGAAUAUGAAUUCAGAGUGUCUGCUGAGAAUGCAGCUGGAGUAGGCCAACCAAGUGCAGCUACACCCUACCUCAAAGCAUGCGAUCCCACCUUUGAACCUGGCUGCCCCACCAAUGCCCAUGUGGUGGACACUUCGAAAGAUGCCAUCACUUUGGCUUGGCACAGGCCUAUCUAUGAUGGAGGCUGCGAGAUUCAAGGGUAUGCUGUGGAAAUUACGAAGGCUGAUGAAGAGGAAUGGACCAUCUGCACCCCACCAUCUGGAGUUAACGCAACGAAGUUUACCAUCAAAAAAUUGAUAGAGCAUCAAGAGUACAAGGUGCGCAUCUGUGCCAUCAAUAAGUUGGGCAUUGGAGAGCCCACUGAGAUUCCAGGAGUCAUUAAACCAAUGGACAAGAUUGAUCCUCCAGAAAUGUUCCUGGAUUCAGAUCUCAGAAAGGGAAUUGUUGUCCGUGCAGGAGGCGCAAUGAGAAUCUGUGUCCCCUUCAAGGGGCGACCCACUCCUGAGGUCAGCUGGGCCAAAGAGGAUGGAGAGCUGCCCAGUAAGGUUCAGAUUGAAACAGGUGAAGAUCAGACACAGCUCUCGGUUGACAUCUGUGACAAAUAUGAUGCUGGGAAAUAUAUCCUCAACUUGGAAAAUAGUGCUGGAACCAAGUCAGCAUUUGUGUCAGUCAAAGUUUUGGACACACCAGGAGCUCCAAUAAAUCUAACUGUAAAAGACAUCAAGAGGGAAAGUGUCACUCUCACUUGGGAGCCUCCUCUUAUCGAUGGUGGAUCAAGAAUAACAAAUUAUCUGGUUGAAAAGCGUGAGUCCACCAGGGCUGUUUACUCCAAUGUGGACAACAAGUGCACAAAGACCAGCUAUCGGAUCACUGGUCUCACAGAAGGAAUGAUCUACUAUUUCAGAAUUUUAGCUGAGAAUGAGUUUGGUGUGGGACAGGGAGCUGAGACCACAGAAGCAGUGAGGACCUCCGAGCCUCCACUUUCUGUGGGUAAGGUCACUCUCACGGAAGUGACAAAAACAUCUGCCUCACUGUCCUGGGAGAAGCCCAAUCAUGAUGGAGGUAGCAGAAUCAUGGGCUACUACAUAGAAAUGCAGCCCGUGGGCUCAGAGGAAUGGGUUAUAGCCACCACAACCAAAACUUGUGAGGGCACAGUCACAGGUCUCAGUGCAGGACAUGAGUACCUUUUCAGAGUCUCAGCCUUUAAUGAAAAAGGCAAAAGUGAUCCUAGACCUCUGGCUGCACCUGUCACUGCAAAGGAUGUCACGAUUGAGCCCCAAUUCAAGGUGACCUUCAACACUUACAGUUUACAGAAUGGUGAGGAUCUAAAGAUCGAGAUUCCAGUAAUUGGACGUCCAACUCCCAAAGUAGAAUGGAAAAAGGAUGGCCAAGUUCUCAAGGAGACAACUAGAAUAAAUGUGUCUGGUACGAAAUCAUCAACUAAACUUUGCAUAAAAGAUUCAAAUAAGGAAGACUCAGGUAAAUACACAGUGACAGCCACAAGCAGUGUUGGCACAGCCACAGAGGAGAUCACAGUGAUCAUCCUUGAUAAGCCUGGACCACCAACAGGCCCUGUUAAAAUUGAGGAAGUUAGCUCCAAUUAUGUAUGUUUGUCAUGGGAGCCACCAGUAUAUACUGGAGGAUGCCAGAUUAAUAACUACAUUGUGGAGAAAAGAGACACAACCACCACUGCCUGGCAGAUUGUAUCUGCUACUAUUGCCAGGACAACUAUCAAAGUCACCAAAUUGAGGACUGGUGUUGAGUAUCAGUUCAGAGUGUCUGCUGAGAACAGGUAUGGGAAGAGCUCUGCCAUUGUCUCUCCUUCUGUUAUCGCUCAGUAUCCAUUCACUGAACCUUCAGCUCCAGGAACACCUUUCAUUUCUGCUGUAACUAAGGACAACAUGGUUGUUGAAUGGAAAACUCCCACAAACAAUGGAGGUAGCCCCAUCAUGGGCUAUCAUCUUGAGAGAAAAGAAAAGAACAGUCUCUUGUGGACUAAGCUCAACAAACUGCUGAUUCCAGAAACACGGUUCAAGACCAUAGAACUUGAAGAAGGCAUUGAAUAUGAAUUCAGAGUUUAUGCUGAGAAUCUUGCUGGCCUCAGUCCAGCAAGCAAGGUCUCUGAGAGCACAGUGGCCAGAGACCCCUGUGACCCACCAGGCACUCCUGAGGCUAUUGAAAUCACUAGAAACCACGUGACCCUCCAGUGGACCAGGCCUCAGUAUGAUGGAGGCAGUGCAAUCACUGGCUAUGUAAUUGAGAGGAGAAAGCACCCAGAUACUCGCUGGAUGAAGGCCAGCUUCACUAACAUCAUUGAGACACAGUUCACCAUCAGUGGCCUAACUGAGGAUUGUGUCUAUGAGUUCAGAGUAGUUGCAAGGAACGCUGCUGGUAUUUCAAGCCGUCCCUCAGCAAGUACAGGAGAAAUUACUGCCAAAGAUGAAAUCGAUGCUCCUGGAGCCACAAUGGACUCUAAAUUCAAGGAUAUGACCAUUGUUCAUGCUGGUGAGACUUUCAUCAUUGAUGCUGAAUACACAGGCAAACCUCUGCCAGAUGUUAUUUGGUUGAAGGAUGGAAAGGAGAUAGACAAAACCACACCAAGAAUGGAAAUUAAGACAACACUCACACAUACCAUCCUGACAGUAAAGGAUUGCGUCCGGGUGGAUGGUGGCAAUUUUGUUCUCAAGCUUGUAAAUGUGGGGGGCAUCAAAAUGAUCCCAGUUGUUGUUAAAGUUCUGGAUCGACCUGGUCCUCCAGAUGGCCCAUUGGAGGUCAAAGGAGUCACAGCUGAGAAGUGUUAUCUGCACUGGAACCAUCCCUCACAUGACGGUGGAGCUGCCAUCUCUCACUACAUCAUCGAGAAGAGAGAAACCAGCCGUCUGUCAUGGACUAUGGUAGAGCCCAAGAUUCAAGCCAUCAGCUACAAAAUCACAAAACUGUUGCCUGGCAAUGAAUACAUCUUUAGAGUCACUGCUGUGAAUAAAUAUGGUAUUGGUGAACCUUUGGAAUCAGAGCCAGUUGUUGCGCGUAACCCCUUCACCACGCCCAGCGCCCCGUCCACCCCAGAGGCCAGUGCAGUCACUCGUGACUCCAUCGUGCUGACCUGGGAGAGGCCUGAGCAUAAUGGAGGUGCAGAAAUUGAAGGAUACAUUCUUGAAAAACGUGAUAAGGAUGGCAUCAGAUGGACCAAGUGUAACAAAAAGAGGCUGAAUGACCUGAGAUUCAGAUGCACUGGUCUCACCGAGGGCCACUCUUAUGAAUUCAGGGUGUCAGCUGAAAAUGCUGCCGGUGUUGGAAAACCCAGUGCACCGACCGAGUACAUCAAGGCCUGUGAUGCCACUUAUCCUCCGGGUCCACCAAAUAACCCCAAGGUCACUGACCACUCAAGCACCACAGUCUCUCUCUCCUGGUCCAGGCCAAUCUAUGACGGAGGGGCAGCAAUCACUGGAUAUGUAGUUGAAGCAAAGGAGGCCGUGGAUGAUGAAUGGUUCAUUUGCACACCCCACACUGGUGUCCAGGCCACUCACUACACUGUGAAGAAACUGAAGGAAAAUGCAGAGUACAACUUCCGAAUCUGUGCCGUAAACUGUGAGGGCGUAGGCGAGCAUGUGGACCUGCCUGUGUCUGUUGUCGCUGCAGAGAAGCUAGAGGCCCCUGAAAUUGAACUUGAUGCCGACCUCAGGAAGAUGGUCAACAUUCGUGCCUCGGCCACUCUGCGUUUGUUUGUGACCAUCAGAGGAAAGCCAGAGCCCGAGGUCCGAUGGACAAAGGCCGAUGGCACCUUGAAUGAACGUGCUCAGGUGGAAGUCACAAGCUCUUACACUAUGCUGGUCAUUGAGAAUGUGGACAGAUUCGACACCGGCAAAUACGUGUUAACCCUUGAGAACAUGAGUGGCUCAAAAUCAGCAUUCAUAAAUGUUCGUGUUUUGGACUCUCCCAGUGCUCCCGUGAACCUGGAAGUGAAGGACGUCAAGAGAAAUUCUGUCUCUCUUUCAUGGGAACCUCCACUUAUUGAUGGUGGAGCUAAAAUCUCUCAUUAUGUUGUAGAGAAGAGAGAGCAGAAGAGAAUGGCUUUCACCAGCGUUUCCACCAACUGUGUGAGGAACUCCUACAUUAUUUCUGACCUGCAGGAGGGAGGUAGAUACUACUUCCGCGUGUUGGCUGUGAAUGAGCUGGGAGUUGGUUUGCCUGCCUCAACAGAUCAAGUCAAGGUUUCUGAAGCUCCCUUACCCCCGGGUAAAGUUGCAGUAGUUGAUGUAACACGUCAUACUGUCACUCUCUCCUGGGAAAAACCUGACCAUGAUGGAGGAAGCAAGAUCAUAAACUACAUUGUGGAGAUGCAGCCAAAGGGAGACGAUAAAUGGACAGUGUGCAGUGAAGUCAAAGCACUGGAAGCGACUAUUGAAGGACUCACAACUGGAGAGGAAUACUCCUUUAGGGUUAUUGCUGUAAAUGACAAAGGCAAGAGCGAUGCCAAGCCUUUGGCCAACCCAGUUGUGGUCAAAGACAUCACUAUGGAGCCCAUCAUCAAUUUGUUGUUCAACACGUACAGUGUGAAAGCGGGAGAUGACUUGAAGAUUGAUGUUCCCUUCAAAGGCAGACCUGAACCUGAGGUGGCCUGGAAGAAGGAUGGCCACAAGCUAAAAGAGACAACUAGGGUUAAUGUUACUAACACCAAGACCUCAUCCAAGAUUGUCAUCAAGGAUGCCACCAAGGAAGAUGUAGGAAAAUAUGAAAUUACACUGACUAAUUCAGUCGGUACUAAAACCGCAGAAAUUUCUGUCAUUAUCCUUGACAAACCUGGCCCACCCAGCAACAUCAAGGUGGAUGAAGUGAGCGCUGACUUUGUCUGUCUGUCUUGGGAUCCGCCAACCUAUGAUGGUGGAUGUCAGAUCAACAAUUAUGUGGUUGAGAAGAGAGACACUACCACUACCACAUGGCAGAUUGUCUCCGCCACAGUAGCCAGGACAUCUAUUAAGGUUUCUCGCCUCAACCAAGGAACAGAGUAUCAGUUCCGCAUUGCAGCUGAAAACCGCUAUGGCAAGAGUACUGCUAUUGAUUCUGCUCCCAUCAUUGCUCAGUAUCCAUUUGAACCUCCUGGCCCACCAACGAAAUUGGAAGUUGCCCAUGCCUCUAAGACUGGCAUGCUGGUUGUAUGGGGAAAACCAGCCAGUGAUGGCGGAAGCCCCAUUAUUGGUUAUCAUAUUGAAUGCAAAGACCAAAGCAGUAUCCUGUGGACUAAGGUCAACAGAGGUUUGCUGGCUGAGAAUCAGUUCAAGAUGACUGGAAUAGAAGAAGGCCUGUUGUACCAGUUCAGAGUAUAUGCUGAGAAUGUCGCUGGCAUCGGUCCAUGCACUAAACCCAGUGAGCCCAUCGCUGCCAGGGAUCCAUGCGAAUCUCCUCGCAACCUGAGAGUGACAAACAUUACCAGAACCUCAGUUUCUCUCUUCUGGGAUGCUCCAGAGUUUGACGGUGGAGUGAAAAUUACUGGUUACAUAGUUGAGCGUAAAGAAAUUCCUAAUGGUCGUUGGCUGAAGUGCAACUUCACUAAUCUUCAGGACACCUACUUUGACGUGACAGGGCUCACAGAAGAUGUCCAAUACGAAUUUCACGUCAUUGCCAAAAAUUCUGCUGAGAUGUUGAGCGCUCCCUCAGAAAGUACUGGUCCAAUCACCGUCAAAGAUGAUGUAGACCCACCAACCAUCAUUUUAGAGGAUAAAUUCAGACAGCUGGUUGUCAUCAAGGCUGGAGAAGUGAUUAGAAUUGAUGCUGAAAUCACAGGUCGUCCACUGCCAGUUGUUUCAUGGACAAAGGAAGGCAAAGAGAUUGAAGCCAAGGCAAGAUGUGAAGUCACCUCCACAAAUUUCGCAACUACUCUGAUUGUCAGAGAUGCCAUUAGGAGAGACUCUGGCCAAUACGUUCUGAGUCUGCACAAUGUCGCAGGAACUAGAUCUGUAGCCAUCAAUUGCAAAGUUCUGGACAGACCUGGACCUUCCUCUGGACCUUUGGCAGUGUCUGGCCUCACAGCUGAGAAAUGCACCUUGACUUGGGGACCUCCCCAGGAGAAUGGUGGAGCUGAAGUGAUGCACUAUAUCGUAGAAAAACGUGAAACCAGCCGCCUUGCCUGGACUCUUGUCUAUGGUGACAUGAAGGCAACGACUUGCAAGGUUACAAAGCUGCUCAAAGGAAACGAAUAUAUCUUCAGAGUGAGGGGAGUUAACAAAUAUGGUGAUGGUGAGCCCUUGGAGAGUGAACCGACAAAGGCUGUUGAUCCAUUCACUGUGCCAGCAGCUCCCACCAAUGUCCAGGUCACCUCAGUCACCAGUGAGGCCAUGACCAUCUGCUGGGAGAGGCCAGUUUCUGAUGGAGGCAGCAGCAUCUCUGGCUAUGUGAUUGAAAAGCGGGAGAAGACUGGCCUCCGCUGGUGCCGUGUCAACAAGAAACCAGUUUAUGACCUCAGAGUCAAAGCCUCGCACCUUCGUGAGGGCUGUGAGUAUGAAUACAGAGUGUUUGCAGAGAACUCAGCAGGACUCAGCGCUCCAAGUACACCAUGUCCACUUACCAAAGCUGAGGAUCCACAGUUCCUUCCCUCACCUCCUGCUAAGCCUAAAAUUGUUGACUCUACAAAGACAACAGUUACUCUGUCAUGGAACAAGCCACUCUUUGAUGGCGGGGCACCUGUAACUGGUUACAGAGUGGAGUACAGGAGGACACUGGACGAUGAAUGGAUAGUUGGGGUUCAGAACACUAAGAACACAGAAUUCACUGUGGUGGGUUUGACACCUGGAGCUGAAUAUGUGUUUGUAGUGAAGUCCAUCAACAAGAUAGGAGCCAGCGAGCCCAGUCCAGAGUCUGACAAACAGGUGGCCAGAGAAAGAGAAGAGGAGCCCGUUUUUGACAUCAGCAAUGAAAUGAGGAAGACUCUGAUUGUGAAAGAUGGCAGCUCUUUCACCAUGACCGUACCCUUCAGAGGCAAACCUAUCCCCAAUGUCACUUGGACAAAGCCUGAUGUGGACCUGCGUGUCCGUGCUGUCAUUGACACCACAGACACCUUCACCUCCAUCACCUUAGAAAAAGCAACCCGCAACGAUUCUGGGAAAUACACAGUGACCUUGUCAAGUGUUGCCGGAACUGCUUCUGUGACGCUCAAUGUCAGAGUCCUCGAUUCACCUGGACCUCCUGCUCAUGUAGAAGUCAAGGAUGUCACAAAGACAUCAGCUACCGUGACUUGGGACACACCUGAGAAUGAAGGAGGAGGACCGGUUAAGAACUACCAUGUGGACUACAGAGAGGCCAGCAAGAAAGGCUGGACAAAGCUGACUGACACGUGUCACCGACUGACGUACAAGGUGACCGACCUGAAAGAGGGAGAGGUCUACUACUUCAGAGUUACAGGAGAGAAUGAGUACGGCACAGGAGUUCCUGCAGAAACCAAGGAGGGAACCAAGAUCACAGAAAAACCAAGCUCACCACCAAAGCUGGGUGUAACUGAGGUGACAAAGGAGAGCGUAUCAUUGGCUUGGGCCAAACCCGAGCAGGAUGGAGGCAGUAGGAUCACUGGCUACCUGGUUGAAGCUCUUGAGAAAGGCCAAGAGAAGUGGGUGAAAUGUGGUGUAUCCAAGUCUAUCCACUUCACAGUAUUCGGUCUGAGAGAGAAUGCAGAAUACUUCUUCAGAGUUAGAGCAGAGAACCUUGCGGGAUUCAGUGAAGCCAAGGAGAUGGUCACACCUGUGGUUGUCAAAGACCAGCAUGAAUCUCCUGAGAUCAUAAUGAAGGACUUCCCUCACAACACGGUAUAUGUCAGGGCUGGAUCCACACUCAAAUGUGAGAUCCCACUGACUGGCCGGCCUCUGCCCAAAGUCACUCUGUCAAAGGACAAUGUGCUGCUUAAAUCAACAAUGAGGUUCAACUCUGAGGUUACACUUGAUAGCAUCAAGAUCAUCUUGCGUGAGAGCAUUGCUGGAGAUACAGGCCGCUACGACAUCACCGCUGCAAACUCCAGUGGCACCACAAAGUCCUUUGUAAACAUUGUGGUCCUGGACCGGCCCAGUGCUCCACUUGGACCCGUGGAACUAUAUGAUGUCACGGAGGACAGCGUGAGUCUGAAGUGGCUUCCACCAGCAUAUGACGGCGGUAGCCCCAUCACCAACUACAUCAUCCAGAAGCGAGAGACCACCACUGCCAACUGGAUGGACAUCUCAUCUGCAGUGGCCCGCUGCACCAUGAAGGUCAUGAAACUGACCACUGGCCUGGAGUACCAGUUCAGAAUCAAAGCUGAAAACAGAUAUGGAGUCAGUGAGCACAUCGACUCCCCAGUUGUCACCGUGAGCCUGCCCUACACUAUUCCGGAAGCUCCAUCAACACCUGAAAUCACCAGUGUCACCAGAGAGACCAUCACAGUUGCCUGGAAGGAGCCCAAGUCGGACGGAGGCAGCCAUGUGUAUGGCUACCAUCUCCAGAUGAAGGACAAAAACAGCAUCCUGUGGCAGAAAGUGAACCGCAUGGUGAUCCGUGCUACACACUUCAAGGUCACCAACAUCAAUGCUGGACUCAUCUAUGAGUUCAAGGUGGCAGCAGAGAAUGCUGCAGGCAUCAGUCCUUUCAGCAAGGUUUCUGAUGCAGUCUUGGCCAUCGACGCCUGUGAGCCGCCCAUCAACCUGCGCAUCAGUGACAUCACCAAAAACUCCAUCAGCCUUGUGUGGGAGAAGCCCAGCUAUGAUGGCGGCUCGCCGAUCACUGGGUACCUCAUCGAGAAGAGGAAGGAUGUCAGUCCCAAAUGGACCAAAGCCAACCUCACCAAAGUCACAGACACUCGUUUCACUGUGACCGGCCUCAAGCAAGACGUGUCCUAUGAAUUUAGAGUAAUGGCCAGAAACGCUGUGGGCUCCGUGAGCAAUCCUUCUAUGACUGCCGGACCAGCCACCUGUGUAGACACCUAUGGUGCACCGGAAGUGGAAAUACCUCAGGAAUACCUCAACGAAGUCAAGUACAGGGCUGAGUCCAACGUGGAGCUCAAAUUUAACAUCACAGCCAAACCCGCUCCCACCAUUGAGUGGUUUAAGGAUGGCAGAGAGCUUGAGGUCAGUUCUCAGCUCUCCUUCAAGCACACAUUUGAGUCCACCAGUGUAUUACUGAAGGAAACCACUCGUCUCAACUCUGGAACCUAUGAGGUCCGGGUGAAAAACUCACUGGGAUCUGCAUGUGGUGUCGUCAGACUGCUCAUUCAAGACAAACCGGGGCCCCCUGCUGGAGAGAUUCAGUUCAAGAAGGUGACAGCCGACAACAUCACCAUUAUGUGGUCCCCUCCUGCCGAUGAAGGCGGUGCCAUGGUGACUCAUUACAUCGUGGAAAAGAGGGAAACCAGCAGAGUGAUGUGGUCCAUUGUCUCCGAGAAACUGGUUGACUGCAUUGUGAAUGUGCAGAGACUCAUUCAGGGCAAUGAGUACAUCUUCAGAGUUCGUGGAGUCAACAAGUACGGCAUUGGAGACCCAUUGGAGUCCGAUCCGAUUGUCGCCAGGAACUCCUUUGUACCUCCCAGUGAGCCAUCCAAACCUAAAGUCACCAUGAUCACCAAGUCCACCAUGACCGUGAUCUGGGAACGCCCAGCAUUGGACGGAGGCAGCGACAUUGACGGCUACUACCUGGAGAAACGAGAAAAGAAGAGUCUGCAGUGGUUCAAGGUGGUGAAAGGCACCAUUAGAGAUACCCGCCAGAAAGUCACCAGCCUGGUUGAGAAUAACGAGUACCAGUACAGAGUUUGCGCAGUCAAUAAGGCCGGUGCUGGAAACUAUUCGGAAGCAUCUGACCUCUACAAGGCUUAUGACCCCAUUGAUCUGCCCGGCGAGCCAUCUAAAUUACGUGUGGUUGACUCCACAAAGACUUCCAUCACUCUUGGCUGGGAGAAACCUGUCUACGAUGGCGGCAGUGAGAUUACGCAUUAUGUUUUGGACCAGAUGAACUCAGAAGACAGAGAAUGGGUGACAAUCAACCCACAGGUCAAGGCCUGUGAAUAUGUGGUGUCCCACCUCAAACCCGGCACAUACUAUUUCUUCAGAGUCUUUGCAGUGAACUGUAAGGGCAGAGGAGAAGACAUAAAGAUGUACCAGCCGGUGCAAGCCAAAGACAUCUUGGAGGAAGCUGAUUUGGACUUGGAUGUUCCAAUGACAACACAGUACACAGCAAGGGCGGGCCGUGAUGUAAAUGUGUUCAUUCCACUGAAGGGACGUCCCGCCCCCAAUGUCACUUGGCGCCGUGGCGACCGCAACAUGGCUGGUGACAAUCGCUACACCAUAACUAGCACAGAGAGAGCCACCACUCUCCUCAUACCCAAGGUAACUCGUGAUGAUUGUGGCAAGUACAUGCUGGAGAUUGAGAAUGGCGUGGGAGAACCAAAGAUCAUCACCGUUUCCCUGAAAGUGCAAGACAGUCCAUCCACCUGCCAGAAACUGAUGGUGAAAAACGUGACAAGAGGAAAGCUAACACUGAGCUGGGAGGCCCCCAUCAUCGAUGGCGGCUCUCCUGUCACCAAUUACAUCGUAGAGAAGAAGGGUUCCACAAUGAAGGCAUAUCAGGUGAUCACUGCUGAGUGCCUCAAUACGACCUACAAGGUGUCAGACCUGGAGGAGGACACAGCAUACUUCUUCAGAGUGUCUGCCGAGAACGAGUUUGGUGUGGGUGACACGUGUGAGACUGUUGAGCCAGUCAGAGCGACAGAAACUCCAGGAGGGGUGAAAGACCUGGUUAUGGCGGACUCCACAAAGUCCUCUGUCACCCUGCAAUGGACCAGACCAGACCACGAUGGUGGCAGCCACAUCACUGAGUAUAUCAUCGAAAAGAGAGCCCAGGAAGAAGUGAACUGGAGCUUAGGUGCUACAUGCAAGCGCUGUACCUGUGAGGUGACUGGACUCAAGGAGAAUGCCAUCAUGGAGUUCAGAGUGUUUGCUAAGAAUGAGAAAGGCACCAGUGACUUUUCUCAAAUCGGUCCCAUCUCAGUGGUUGACUAUGUCAUUCCACCUGAGGCCAACCUUGCUGAUUACCCCAAUGGAGAGCUUGCUGUUCGUAUUGGUCAGAACAUCCACAUCGAGUUGCCAUUCAAGGGCAAACCAAGACCUGCCGUCAGCUGGAUUAAGGACAACCUUCCUCUGAAAGAAAGCGAGAAGGUUCGCUUCAGGAUCACUGACAACAAGGCUGCAGUCACAGUGAGGGGAGUUAAGAAAGAACAUGCCGGCCAAUACACCUUGGUGCUGGACAACAGAGUGGUCAAGAACUAUUAUGACAUCAACGUGACUACUCUUGGUCCACCCUCUAUCCCAGUUGGUCCAAUUCGCUUUGAUGAGAUCAAAGCUCAGAGCAUCAUUAUUUCUUGGGAUGCGCCCAAGGAAGAUGGAGGUGGUGAGAUCACGUGCUACAGUGUCGAGAAACGUGAAACCUCACAGGCCAACUGGAAGAUGGUCUGUUCCAGUGUCGUCAGGACCAGCUUCAAGAUUCCCAAUCUGGUCAAGGGAACCAAUUACCAGUUCAGAGUCCGUGCUGAAAACAAGUAUGGUGUCAGCGAGUCGCUCACUUCCGCAGAAGUUGUCGCACAGCAUCAGUACAAGCCUCCUGGCCCACCUGGGAAGCCAGUGGCCUACAAUAUCACCAGUGACGGUAUGACCAUCAAGUGGGAUGCCCCUGGCUUCGAUGGAGGUUCACCCAUUUUGGGUUAUCAUGUUGAGAAGAAAGACAGGAACAGCCUGCUGUGGCAGAAGGUGAACUCCACCAUAAUCUCCAACAGAGAGUACAGAAUUAUCAGCCUUCUGGAGGGUCUGGAGUACUCUUUCAGAGUUUACGCUGAGAACAAUGCUGGACUCAGUCCUGUCAGUGAACAGAGCAAACAUGCCCUGGCUAUCUCUCCAGUUGAUCCACCUGGCACCCCCGUCUGCAUCGAUACCACCAGAGACUCAGUAACCCUGCAAUGGGAGAUUCCUCAGAGAGAUGGUGGCAGCAGGAUUGUGGCAUACAGUGUGGAGCGGCGCCAAGGCAGAGGCAAAUGGCUGCGAUGCAACUUCACAGACAUCAGUGAGACACAGUUCACCAUAACCGGUCUGUCUCCUGGAGACAGAUAUGAGUUCAGAGUGAUUGCUAGAAAUGCUGUUGGUACAGUCAGUCCACCAUCCAACUCUUCUGGAUACAUCAUGACCAAAGAUGAGAGCAUUUCUCCAGAGAUUGAGUGGUCUCCAGACCAGGUGCUCGCUUAUAAGGCUGGUGAGAAUGUGAAGCUCAGCUGCAACAUCACUGGACGUCCAGUACCUCAGGUCGUUUGGUACAAGGACGGCAAAGAGAUUGACAAGAGGACAAUGAUCGACAUGGAAAUCACUACUGGCAUUGGCACUAGCAACCUUUUCAUCCGUGAUGCCAACAGGAACCAUCGUGGAAUCUAUACUGUAGAGGCUAAAAACAGCUCUGGUACAAAGAAGGCCGACGUGAAUGUCAGAGUACAAGAUACACCUGGACCUGUUGAGGGUCCCAUCCGUUUCACUGGUAUCACUGCUGAGAAGUGCACAGUGUGGUGGAACCCGCCCGAGAAUGAUGGCUGUGCUGCAAUCACACACUACGUGGUGGAGAAGAGGGAGACAUCCAGGAUCUCCUGGGCCAUGGUCACCUCCAAGUGUGAAGCGUGUUCCUACAAUGCCAGCAACCUCAUCAAGGGCAACGAGUACCAAUUCAGAAUCUCUGCAGUGAACAAGUUUGGCGUGGGCAAACCACUAGACUCCGAUCCUUUCGUGGCACAGAUGCAGUACACUGUCCCAGAAGCCCCCGGUACCCCUGAUGCCACCCAUGUAACUGGAAACAGUAUCACCCUGUGCUGGACCAGGCCCAGGUCCGAUGGAGGAAACGAGAUCAAGCACUACAUUCUGGAGAGAAGGGAGAAGAAGAGUCUGCGCUGGGUGAAGGUUUCCUCCAAAAGGCCCAUUACUGAACUGAGGCACCGUGUCAUCAACCUCACUGAAGGAAAUGAGUACGAAUUCCGCGUCAUGGCUGAAAACGGUGCCGGCAUUGGACCAGCCAGCAGUACCUCCAGGCUCUUCAAAACUAGAGAGCCAACAAGUCCUCCCAGUGCUCCCACUGUGAUCAAGGUCACUGACUCCACAAAGUCCUCAAUAACCCUGGAAUGGACCAAGCCGGUAUUUGACGGUGGCAUGGAAAUCAUCGGUUAUAACAUCGACAUAUGCAAGGCCAGCCUAGAGGAGUGGCACAGAGUCAACAAACAGAUCUGUAUUCAUACCAGCUACACUGCUAAGGGCCUGGUGCCCGGAGAACUUUAUAAAUUCAGGGUCAGUGCUGUCAAUGGAUCGGGAGAGGGAGAAGCCUCCGUGAUACCAAACCCUGUCCAGGCACUGGACAGACUCACAUCUCCUGAGAUUGACAUUGAUGCCAACUUCAAGCAAACGCACAUUGUGAAGAAUGGAGGCACUGUGUCCUUGCACAUAGCUUUCCGAGGAAAGCCAGCGCCUCUCGCCACCUGGUCAAAGGUUGAUGGUGAGCUUCCGGUCAUGGCUGAUGUCAACACCACUGAUACAUUCUCUACUCUCACAAUUGAGGGUUGUACCAGGUAUGAGGCUGGGAAAUACACCCUCUCUCUGGAGAACAACAGCGGACGCAAGUCAAUCACCUUCACCGUUAAAGUCCUGGACACUCCUGGGCCUCCUGGAGCAAUCACUUUCAAAGAUGUCACUCGUGGAGCCUUGACACUGAUGUGGGAUGCUCCCACUAAUGAUGGAGGCUCUCGAAUCCAUCACUACAUCGUGGACAAGCGUGAGGCCAGCCGCCUAGCUUGGCAAGAAGUGAGCACCAAGUGCUCUCGCCAGAUGAUCAGGGUCACUGGACUGGAGAUCGGCGUGCCAUAUUUGUUCAGAGUAAUUGCAGUCAACCAGUAUGGCCAAGGAGAACCUCAUGAGAUGACAGAGCCUGUCACUGCAACAGACAUACCUGCACCACCCAAACGACUGGAUGUUGUUGACACUUCCAGCUCAACCGCCUCACUGGUUUGGUUGAAACCUGAACAUGACGGAGGCAGCAGAGUGAGGGGCUACAUCGUUGAAUUCAGAGUGAAAGGCACUGACCGCUGGGUCUUAGCCGGGGAGCCGAAGACUCUCAAGAUGCUGGUGGACGGCCUGAUCGAGAACACAGAGUAUGACUUCAGGGUGAAGGCCAGAAAUGAUGCUGGUAUCAGUGAGCCUCAGGGCACCUUCACCUCUGUGGUCAUUAAAGAGCCUCGCAUUGAACCUACAGCUGACCUCAGUAGUAUCACCAACCAGCUUAUCACCUGUAAGCUGUCCAGCACUUUCACCAUUGACAUUCCCAUCAGUGGCAGACCGGCACCCAAGGUCACCUGGAAGCUGGAGGAGAUGAAGCUGAAGGAGACUGACCGAGUUAUCAUCAGGACCACAAAGGAGAACACCACUCUGAUUGUGAAAGACAGCAAAAGGAGCGACAGUGGCAAGUACUACCUGAUCCUGGAGAAUGCAGCCGGCGUGAAAACGUUCACCGUGACCGUGCUGAUUGUUGGUAGACCAAGUCCACCCACGGGUCCUGUGGAGAUCUCUGGCGUCUCCUCUGAAUCCUGCAGCCUGUCCUGGUCUGAGCCAGCCGAUGACGGCGGCAGUGACAUCACCAACUACAUUGUGGAAAAACGUGAAUCUGGCUCUGCUUCCUGGCAGGUGGUCAAUUCCAGCGUGAAGAGAACCACCAUCAAAGUAACACAUUUGACUAAAUAUAUGGAGUACACCUUUAGAGUAUGUGCUGAAAAUAAGUUCGGAGUCAGCAAGUCCAUUGAGUCCGCUGCAGUUGUUAUCGAGCAUCCAUACGUUCCUCCAAGUCCACCUACUCGUCCCGAUGUAGUUUCUGUGUCCGCCAAUGCCAUCAGCAUCAAAUGGGAUGUUCCAUAUGCUGAUGGUGGCAGCCAGGUGACUGGGUACUGGAUUGAGAAGAAGGAGAGGAAUACCAUUCUGUGGGUGAGGGAGAACAAGCUGCCCUGCCUGGAGUGCCACUACAAGGUGUCCAACCUGAUCGAGGGUCUGGAGUACCAGUUCAGGGUGUAUGCAAUGAAUAUCGCCGGACUCAGCAAGGCCAGCGAGGCCUCCAGAACCGUGGUGGCACUCAACCCUGUUGAUCCUCCUGGUAAACCUGAGGUGACGGACAUCAGCCGCUCUUCCGUGUCACUGUGUUGGACCGUGCCGCUCAACGAUGGUGGCAGCAAGAUCGUGGGCUACGUAGUGGAAAGGAAAGUCUACAGCACAGACGAGUGGGAUGACAACCGCUGGCUCAAGUGCAACUACACCACCAUCACUGAGAACUACUUCACCGUCACCAACCUGGGAGAGGGAGAGACCUUUGAGUAUCGAGUCAUCGCCAAGAAUGCCGCCGGUGUCCACAGUGCUCCAUCCGAGUCCACUGGGCCAAUCACAUGCAAAGACGAGUAUUCUCCUCCGAAAGCCGAGCUCGACAGCAAGCUGAUUGGUGAGACUGUUACGGUUGUCGCCGGCUCUGACCUGGUCUUAGAUGGUGCUGUGGGUGGAAAACCAGAACCCACAGUAUACUGGGCAAAGGGUGAGAAGAUUCUGGAGCCUGGAGAGAAGUACUCGUUGACCUACACCUCCAGUAGGGCCAUGGCGGUCAUCAAGAACUGUGACAGAUACGACACAGGAAGAUACGUCUUGACUGUGAAGAACGCAAGUGGACUCAAGACCGCCAGUGUCAGCGUCAAAGUUCUGGACACUCCUGGACCUCCAGCUGAUAAGAUUGUUAUCAGCAGAGUGACAGAGGAGAAGUGCACUGUGUCCUGGAAAAUACCUCUGGAGGAUGGUGGAGACUCGGUCACCCACUACAUCGUGGAGCGCCGCGAGACCAGCCGCCUCAACUGGGUCAUCAUGGAGACCGAGUGCAAGUCCCUGUCCUGUGUCAGCUCCAGGCUCAUCAAAAACAAUGAGUACAUCUUCAGAGUCCGCGGAGUCAACAAGUUUGGACCUGGAGUUCCUCUGGAGUCUGAGCCCAUCAUCGCCAGGAACGCCUACACCAUCCCAUCACCACCCGGCACACCCGAGGCCUCGGCAGUUGGCAAGGAGCACGUCAUCAUCGAGUGGCUGAAGCCUGAAAGCGAUGGAGGCAGCGAGAUCAAAACCUACAUCGUGGACAAACGAGAGAAGAGUAGCACCAGGUGGACUCGGGUGAACAAGAAUUACACCAUCUAUGACACUCGUCUGAAGAUUAGUGGCCUGCUGGAGGGAAGCGAGUACCAGUUCAGGGUGACCGCCGUCAACGCAGCUGGAGACAGUCAACCGAGUGACGCCUCGGUGUACAUCCUCUGCAAAGACCCCACAUACACGCCAGCUCCUCCUUCAAUGCCACGCAUCACCGACACCACCAAGCACAGCAUCAGCAUGACCUGGACCAGGCCCAUGUAUGACGGCGGCUCCGAUGUCACCGGCUACGUGGUGGAGAUCCUGGAGGAGGACUCGGAGCAGUGGUACCGAGCCACUGCCAAGGCCCUCAAGACCAAUGAGUAUGUGGCCGCUGGCUUGUCGGCCAACAAAAAGUACAGGUUCAGAGUUGCUGCUAUCAACAGCAAUGGCACCGGAGAAUUCAGUGAACCCAGCGCUGAAGUGGCACCUCUGGAGAAAGUUGAAAUACCGGACCUGGAACUGGCUGAAGACCUGAAGAAAACAGUAUGUCUGCGUGCUGGAGGCACCCUGCGUCUCUUCGUUUCUGUCACUGGCCGGCCGACGCCAGUACUGGCCUGGAGGAAGAGCGGAGUGGAGCUGCAGAGCCGUGGUUACAUCGAGACCACUGACAGCUACACAUUGCUGAUCGUAGAGAAGGUCACCCGCUAUGAUUCUGGAAAAUAUGUGGUGGAGGCCGAGAAUCCAUCCGGCAAGAAGACCGCCACCAUCCUGGUUAAAGUUUACGACACUCCCGGACCUCCAGGUUCUGUAAAGGUGAAGGACUACACUAAGGAGUCAGUGGUGAUCACCUGGGACGUCCCAAGCAUCGACGGUGGCGCUCACGUCAGCAACUACAUCAUUGAGAAGCGUGAAGCCGACAUGAAGUCAUACAAAACCGUGACCACAGAGUGUAGGAAGACCCUGUUCAGGAUCACUGGCCUCGAGGAGGGUGUGCACUACUUCUUCAGAGUCCUGCCAGAGAACAUCUACGGUGUGGGCGAGCCCUGCGAGACGUCAGAGGCUGUGUUGGUGUGCGAAGUGCCGUCAGUUCCCACGAACCUACAGAUCGUGGACGUCACCAAGUCCUCUGUCACGUUGCGCUGGGAGAAGCCACUGUACGAUGGUGGCAGCCGACUGUCGGGCUACACCAUCGAGGCCUGCAAGGUGGGCUCAGACAGGUGGAGCGCUGUGGCAACGCUGAAGGCUUCUGCGACUCAGCAUACUAUCCAAUCUCUGACUGAGAACGACCAGUACCUGUUCAGGAUCCGGGCCACCAACAGCAGAGGGGCCAGUGAGCCCAUGGACACCGUCACUCCGGUGGUCAUCCAGGACAUCAAGGUGAUGCCAAAGAUCGACAUGACCAGCAUCCCCCAAAAGAUGGUUCAUGUGCACCGCGGCAAACCCAUCGACCUCAACAUUCCCAUAAAGGCCAAACCAGCACCGGUCUGUUCCUGGUACUUCGGUGGCGUGAAACUGAAGGACAGCCUGGAUCGCAUCAAGAUUGACAGCAACGGCAAAUACACCCAUCUCGUCAUCCGUGAAACCACCAUCAAUGAUACCGGAGACUACACGCUAGAGGUUAAGAAUGCCAUUGGCAUGGCAACUGAAGUUAUCAAAGUCAUCAUCCUUGAUAAACCUGGCAUACCUGUGGGUCCAAUGAAGAUUGAGGAAACUGAUGGUGUAUCUGUGACAACGAGCUGGGAGCCUCCACUGAAGGAUGGCGGUGCUAACGUCAGUGGCUAUGUGGUUGAGCAGCGUGAUGCUCACCGGCCAGGCUGGACCACAGUCUCUGAGUCGGUGACCCGACCCUGCUUCAAGUUCACCAGGCUGUCCGAGGGAACUGAGUAUGUGUUCCGCGUGGCUGCCAUGAACCGCUUUGGAAUUGGCGGCUUCCUUCAGUCCGAGGUUGUGGAAUGCAAGAGCGCAAAGACCAUUCCUGGACCUCCAAGCAGGCCAGAAGUGGUUGAUGUGACUCACGAGGGCAUGACAGUGACCUGGCAACAACCAGAGGACAACGGUGGCUCCACAAUCGCCGGCUACAUUAUUGAGCGCAAGGAGACCCGGUCCGAUAGGUGGCUGAGGAUCAAUAAGAACCCAGUUACCAUGACCAGGUACCGCUCCUCUGGUCUUAUUGAAGGCCUUGAGUAUGAAUACCGUGUCACAGCCAUCAACUCAAGAGGAGCCGGAAAACCCAGUGAGAGCUCUGCUGCCACUGUUGCCAUGGAUCCCAUCGAGCCUCCAGGUGCACCAGUUCAUCUCAGAGUAACAGACACCACCAGAACUUCAGUCUCUUUGGCCUGGCUGCCACCGGAAGAGGAGGGUGGCUCAGUCAUCACUGGAUACUUCGUUGAGAUGCAGAAGGUGGACCAGAUAGAAUGGACACUGUGCAACACCACACCUAUCAAGAUGUGCGAGUACACGCUCACCCACAUGCCCCAAGGCGCUGAGUACAAGUUCAGGGUCAUUGCCUGCAAUGCUGGUGGCACCGGAGAGGCUGCUGAAAUUCCUGGAGUGGUCAAAGUCCAGGAGAUGCUUGUCUAUCCGGACUUUGAGCUUGAUCGUAAAUAUGAGGAAGGCUAUGUGGUGCGGCAGGGUGGAGUCAUCCACCUGUCUGUACCCAUCAAAGGGAAACCCAUCCCUACGUGCAAGUGGACCAAGGACGGCCGCGACAUCUCCCACCGAGCCAUGAUUGCCACUUAUGAUGACAUCACUGAGCUGGUCAUCAAGGAAGCGCACAAAGACGACACCGGCACCUAUGACUUAGUCCUGGAGAACAAGUGUGGCAGGAAGGCGGUGUAUAUCAAGGUGAAAGUCAUUGGUCGCCCCGAUGUUCCAGAAGGUCCUCUGGAAUUCGAUGACAUUCAAGCCAGAUCGGUACGAGUCAGCUGGAGGCCACCAUCUGACGAUGGCGGCUCCGACAUCCUGGGAUACGUCGUGGAGAGGCGGGAAGUACCCAAGGCAGCCUGGUACACAGUGGAUGCCCGGGUCACCGAAACAUCUCUGGUCGUGAAGGGCUUGAAAGAGAACGUAGAGUACCACUUCAAGGUUUCUGCUGAGAACCAGUUUGGUGUCAGCAGAUCUCUCAAGUCUGAUGAGUCCGUCACACCAAAAACACCACUCUGCCCACCUGAACCUCCCAGCAACCCACCUGAGAUCAUGGAUGUGACCAAAAUCACAGUUUCUCUGUCCUGGGCUCGUCCACGGGACGACGGAGGCUCUCGUGUCACAGGAUACUACGUUGAAAGAAGGGAGGUGUCCACAGAGAAGUGGGUCCGCCACAACAAGACUCACAUCACAACCACCAUGUACAAUGUCACCGGUCUCAUCCCGGAUGCUGAGUACAUGUUCAGGGUGAUAGCUCAGAACGACAUUGGGCAGAGUGAGCCUGGCCCGGCUUCAGAGUCUGUGGUCUGCAAAGAUCCAUUCGACAAACCAAGUCAACCAGGAGAGAUCGACAUCAUCUCCAUUACUAAAGACUGUAUCACCAUCCACUGGCUCAGGCCGGAGCAUGAUGGUGGCAAGGAGAUCCUGGGAUACUGGAUUGAGUUCAGGCAAGCCGGAGAGAGUGCCUGGAAGAAGUGCAACAAGGAGCGCUCCAAGGACCGACAGUUCACCAUGGGUGGCCUGAUGGAGGCCACUGAGUACGAGUUCAGGAUCUUUGCAGAGAAUGAGACUGGGCUCAGCCGACCUCGCCGUACACCCAUGGGAAUCAAGACUAAACUGAGUGUUGGAGAGGCUCCAGCUCUGAAGGAAGAGAUCCAAGAUGUCACCACCAAACUGGGCGAGUCCGGCACUCUAACCUGCGGCAUCAUUGGCCGACCUCUGCCGGAGAUCAAAUGGUACCGCUAUGGCAAGGAACUGAUCCAGAGCCGCAAGUACAAGAUGAGUUCAGACGGCCGCAACCACUCACUCAGUAUCCUGACGGACGAACAGGAGGAUGAAGGCCUGUACACAUGUAGGGCGCUCAACGAAGCCGGAGAGAUCGAAACCAGCGGCAAGCUGCGCCUGCAGGCCGCACCACAAUUCCACCCCGGCUUCCCACUGAAGGACAUGUACUACGCUGGCGCAGGCACUAGCCUCCGCCUCCAUGUUGUCUACAUCGGCCGUCCCAUCCCUCAGAUCAUGUGGUUCUAUGGCAAGAAGCCCCUGAACCCCUCAGAGAAUGUGAUCAUUGAGAACACUGAAAGCUACACCCACCUGGUGGUGAGGAAUGUCCAGAGAAAGACCAAUGCUGGACGCUACAAGGUGCAGCUCAGCAACAAGUUUGGAACCAUUGACACAGUGCUGCGUGUUGAGAUCCAAGACAAGCCAUGUAUACCUGAGGGCCCCGUGGUUGUUGAGGCCUUACUGAAGAGCUCGGUCAUCAUCAGCUGGAAGGCUCCCAAAGACGACGGAGGAUCCGUAAUCACCAACUACAUUGUAGAGAAGCGCGAAGCUAAGGAAGGCGAGCUGUGGCAUCUGGUGUCCUCCUCUGUCUCUGGCACGACUUGUCGUGUCCCCAACCUCAAUGAAAACUCUGGCUACUACUUCAGAGUCUCAGCACAGAACCAGUAUGGAGUCAGCGAAUCUCUGGAAAUUCCCUCAGUCGUCAUUAUCAAGACUCCGUUUGAUAAACCCGGUAUCCCACAGCAGCCCUUCAUCAUCAGUUCCACCAAGGACUCCUGCGUCGUCUGCUGGAAGCCUCCGAGCAGCGACGGUGGAGCUAAAAUCUCCAACUACUACCUGGAAAAACGGGAGAAAAAGCAGAACAAGUGGAUGUCAGUCACCACCAAGAAGGUUGUUGAGACCAGCUUUGAGGUCAAAGGUCUGAUUGAAGGCUUUGAAUACGAGUUCCGUGUCAAGUGUGAGAACAUGGGCGGCGAGAGCGACUGGAGUGAGAUCUCGGCACCAGUCAUCCCCAAGUCCGACCAGGCUCCUCGAGCUCCUGCUUUCAGGGAGGAGAUCAGAGACAUGACUGUGAAAUACCACGCCAAUGCUACCUUCGUCACAAAGAUUAUCGGACAUCCAAAGCCUGUGGUGAAAUGGUAUCGUGCCGGUAAGGAGGUCCUGGCUGAUGGAACCAAAGUCAAAGCCCUGGAGUUUAAGGGAGGCUACUACCAGCUUGUCAUCACUGCUGCUGACGAGAAUGAUGUGGACGUCUACCAAGUCAGAGCCACCAACUCCUCAGGUUCCAUCUCCACGACAGCCAACCUGGAGGUGGAAGUCCCAGCAAAGAUCCAUUUGCCCAAAGAACUCCAAGGAAUGGGAGCUGUCCAUGCUGCCCGUGGAGACCACAUCACUAUCAAAAUCCCCAUCUCCGGCAAGCCUGAGCCAACCAUCACCUGGCAGAAAGGGCAGGAGAUCCUUUCAAACUCUCCUCAUCACCAAGUCAUCACUACAAGAUCUUUCACCUCCCUGGUCUUCCAAAAGGGAGUACAGAGGAAAGACACUGGCUACUACAUUAUCACCGCCAAGAACAGAUUUGGAACAGACAAGCAGACAAUCGAGGUUAACGUUGCUGAUAUUCCUGAAGCUCCGAAGGAGCUCAAAGUCAGCGACAUUGCACGUGACUCCAUCACUUUGACCUGGGAACCGCCAGCUAAUGAUGGUGGAAGUGACAUCAUUAGCUACAUCAUCGAAAAAUGUCCCACAACGGCCGACCGGUGGAUUCGUGCUGGCCAGACAGCUGACUGCAGCAUCACCAUCAUCAACAUAUUUGGAAAGACCAAGUACCAGUUCCGUGUCAUUGCUGAGAACGAGUUUGGCCUGAGUCCUCCUUCCAACCCAACUGAACCCAUCACUACAAAGGAGGACAAGUCUGUGAUCAGGAACUAUGAUGAGGAGGUGGAUGAAACCAGGGAAAUCACCAAGGAAGAGGCUUUGUUCUACAAGGUGAAGGAGUUGUCUUCUAAGUACACCAUCUCUGAAGAGCUUGCACGCUGCCAGUUUGGUGUGGUCCACCGUUGUGUCGAGAUUGCCACAAAGAAGACCUUUAUGGCCAAGUUCAUUAAAGUCAAAGGAACUGACCGUGAGUUAGUACUCAGAGAAAUAGAAGCCCUUAAUGUUGCACGGCACAAGAACAUCAUCUAUCUCCAUGAAUACUUUGAAAGCAUGGAAGAGAUCAUCCUCAUCUUUGAAUUUAUUUCUGGAGGGGACAUCUUUGAGCGCCUUGGCACCAGCAACUUUGAGCUUUCAGAACAAGAAAUUGUCCGCUACCUGAGACAAGUCUGCUCUGCUCUCAAGUUCCUGCACAGCCAUAAUUUCGGGCACUUUGACAUUCGGCCAGACAAUAUUGUCUACACCACAAGGAGAAGCACCAACAUUAAGAUUAUUGAGAUGGGUCAGUCUAGGCUGCUUGUGCCUGGAGAAAACAUCAGAAUGCCAUUCUCAGCUCCAGAGUACUGUGCUCCAGAGGUCCACCGCCAUGACUUGGUUACAACAGCUACCGAUAUGUGGUCUGUUGGUGUCAUGACCUACGUUUUGCUCAGUGGCCUUAAUCCAUUUGCAGCAGAGUCCACAACGAAGAUGAUAGAAAACAUCUCCAACUGUGAGUAUGUCUUUGACAGUGAGGCAUUCAAGGACAUCAGCCUGGAGGCUAUGGACUUUGUAGACAGACUCCUGGUGAAGGAUCAGAAGCUCCGUAUGACAGCCCAUGAGGCUCUGGAACACCCAUGGCUCAAGAUGAAAAUUGAGCAUGUCAGCAACAAGGCCAUUAGGACACUGAGGCACAGACGAUACUAUCAGUAUCUCGUGAAGAGGGUUGACACCAUCGUGUCAGCAGCUCGUGUUGCGUAUGGUGGUGGCUUCAAGAACCAGAGGGGAUUGGCUGUUGGUAAAGUGAAGAUUGGUUCCGAGUACCGUGGCCUUCGAGCCGGCCCAGUCAUGCAUGCCUCAGCUGAGGAAGGUGGGCAUGUCAGAUUUACUUGCAGCAUUGCAAGCUAUGACAAGAGCACACAAGUGACAUGGUACUUUGGUAACCGUCAGCUCCACCCAAGCCCCAAGUAUGAAAUCACCUACAACAAUGGCUUUGCCAGUAUUUAUGUGAAGGACAUUGAAGAGAGUGAUGACGGUGUGUACAGAUGCAAAGUGGUAAGCGAUGAUGGUGAAGACAGUGCUUAUGGAGAGCUCUUUGUUGAGACUGUGAGGAGCUUUAGAGAGUACUACAUCAGCCGCACCAUCAAGAAACUGAGAAGGAGGGUUGACAAGACCAAAAUCCUACAGCGACCACCAGAGUUCACUUUGCCUCUUUACAACCGCACUGCCUACAUUGGUGAAGAUGUUCGCUUCGGCGUCACCAUCACUGUGCACCCAGAGCCGUAUGUCACUUGGCUCAAGAAUGGGGAGAGAAUAAAGCCGGGUGAUGAUGACAGGAAGUACACCUUCACCAGUGAUAAGGGUCUGUACCAGCUCAUGAUACACAACCUGGACAUGAAAGACGAUGCAGAAUACACCGUCAUGGCCCACAACAAGUUUGGAGAAGACAGCUGUGCAGCCCGCCUCACAGUGACACCCCAUCCUGUGUCAGAGGAAACCAUGAGGCCCAUGUUCAAGCGUCUGUUGGCCAACGUUGACUGUACUGAAGGAGAAAGUGUCCGCUUUGAACUCCGAGUCUCAGGUAUUCCAACUCCAACUCUCAAGUGGGAGAAGGAUGGUCAGUCACUACAGUUUGGACCGAAGGUCAUUGUUGUCGAACAAGAGAUUGAUUAUCACGUCCUGCAUAUUAGGGAGACUCUGCUAGAGGACUCUGGUGUGUACAAAGUCACUGCAACCAACUCAGCUGGCUCUGUUAGCUGCCAGGCUACCCUAAAAGUGGACCGCCUCACAUACGCCAGGAGAGAGUACAAGAGUGAGGAAGAGAAAUACAGACAUGUGCAGAAACAAAUAGAAAAGACCAACAAGAUGGCUCAGAGAAUUGUUGCCACUGAGGAGAUGGUACCUCUGAACCCUACUGCGCAGGAGGCCCUCAAGUUUGCUGCAGAGAUGUAUAAACCUGCAGUGAGCACGAAAAAUGUUGAGGGUGAGUUUGACAUCACGGUAGAGAAGUCUGACACCAAGAAGUUGGAAGAAGAACGGAGGGUGUUCAUGCCCUACGAGAUUCCAGAGCCCCUGGUUCAUGAUCCCAGAAAUUUGGAUGAAGACAAAACAAUCAAACAGUUUGUGCCACUGUCUGACAUGAAGUGGUACCGAAAGCUGAGAGAUCAGUAUGAGGUUCCAGAGAAGAUGGAAAGGAUUGUGCAGAAAAGGCAGAGGCGUAUCCGUCUGUCAAGGUGGGAACAAUUCUACGUGAUGCCCCUUCCAAGAAUCACUGACCAGUAUCGACCACGAUGGCGCAUCCCAAAACUCACUCUGGAUGAUCUGGAGACAGUCAGACCUGGACGUCGUUCACCCUCUGCUGAAUCAGAAGCCUCUUUCAGAUCCAGGAGGAGAUCACUGGGAGAUCUGAGCGAAGAUGAGCUGAUGAUACCUGUGGAUGAAUAUAUGUCCAUGAGAAAAGCAGAAGAAGAAAAACUGAUGCUUGAGGAUGAACUUGAACUUGGUUUUUCUGCCUCCCCUGUGGGCAGCCCAGUCCACAUGGAGCGUCAUGCCAUGGAAUAUGAAGAGAGGAGGCAGGAGGUCAGGCAUGAGGCUGUUGAAGUUGCUGAGACAAAGAAGAAACGCACAAUUUCUCAGUAUAUGAGAAGAAGAAGGUCACUAUCGCCAACAUACAUCGAGCUGAUGCGUCCAGUCUCAGAGUUGAUCAGAACAUCUCGAUCAAGGCCUCGGGUGGAAGCUGAGGGAGAAAUUCCAGAAAGGAGAUCCCCCACUCCAGAGAGGACCCGUCCUCGCUCUCCCAGCCCCAUCAAGUCAGUGGAGAGGUCUUCACGCUCAUCCUCUAGGUUUGAGAGAUCUGCACGCUUUGACAUCAUGUCCCGGUAUGAAGCCAAAAAGGCUGCAUUGAAGUCUGAGAGAAAGUACCAGGUGGUUACUCAAACACCUUUCAGCUUGGAUCAUGUUCCUCGUGUGACUGUCAGGAUGCGCUCUCAUCGCAUUCCAAUUGGCCAAGACACCAAAUUCACCCUGAACAUUCAAGCCAAGCCAGAAGCUGAAAUUUCCUGGUUCCACAACGGAAACCCGAUCUCUGAAAGUGGUGAAAAAUAUAUAUUCUCUGACAUGACUGGUGUUUUGUCCUUAACUAUCCUGGACUGUCAGGAGGAGGACAGUGGCACUUACCGCUGUGUGUGCUCCAACAUUAAGGGAGAGGCAUCAGACUAUGCCACCCUGGAAGUCUCAGGUGCUGGAUACACCACCUUCUCCUCUCGUCGCAGGGAUGAGGAUGCCCACAGGGGACACGUCCCAGAGGUCAGUCGCAUUGACCAUUAUCACACCAGUCACUUCAAAACUGGAUACACCGCUGAGACCCACUUUGAGGUUGAAGAGAGUAAGUCUAAGUUAACAUUGACCCACGAAGCCGUAACACGUGACAGAUAUGCUGCCUCCUCUGCUGAGAGAUAUUCCUCAGCUGAAAGGUACUCCUCUGCUGAGCAAGUUUCUGUGCUCAAAGCAAAGCCUUCUCUUCCUGCCAGGAUCCUUACUAAGCCCCAGUCUGUGACUGUGGCAGAGGGAGAAUCAGCCAGGUUCUCUUGCGAUAUUGAUGGUGAACCUGUGCCCACUGUCACAUGGAUGCAAGAGAGCCGAGCCAUAGUCUCUUCCCUUCGAAUCAAGGUGGUUACAACUCAGUACAAAUCUAGCCUGGAAAUUUCCUCUGUGACAGCCUCAGAUGAGGGCAGCUACACAGUUGUGGUGGAGAAUGCAGCAGGCAGGCAAGAAGCUCACUUCACUUUGACUAUUCGCAAAGAAGUCCUCAAAGAAGAGGGACUGAAAUCACCACGCAGCGUGAAAUCUCCUGAGCCCAGGGUUAAGUCUCCAGUGCCAACAAAGUCUCCAGAGAGAGUGAAGUCACCUGAGCCUGAAGAAGUGAAAUCUCCUCCUCCCAUAAUGUCCCCAAAGAGGGUUGCCUCUCCACCAACUGUUAAAUCCCCUGUCCCGAAACCUCCGAAGGUCAUGAGUCAGUUGACAGCUGAGGCCUAUGAGGGUUCUGUGAGGAUGUGUUGUGUCUGUGAGAGCAGCGUUCGGGCGGUGGUGUGGUACGUCAACGGGAGGAGGCUUUCACAGAGUAGUCGUUUUGAGAUGACCUACUCUGAGGGCACUUGCAGCCUUCUGAUCCAUGACCUGACGGACAGUGAUCAGGGAGAGUACACCUGUGAGAUGACCUCAGAGGGAGGAGUCUCCAAAUCCUCCUUCUCAUUCACUGGACAGGUGUUUCAGUCCAUACGUAAGAAGAUAACAGCCUACUGUGAGCAGCAAGUGGCUCUUAAAGGAUCAAUGAUGAUGAGUCAUAAAGAGUCGUCAUCCUCCAUCAGCACCGCCUCUGUGAUGAAGAAAGAAGUCCACAUGGUGGAGGAGUCCUCCUCCUUCUCUUCCUCUGCCCAGCAGGCGAUGCUUUCCUCCAUGAUGGAGUCCAGCUCCUUCAGCAGCAUGGCAGCUGAGAUGAAGUUUGAGACCAUGUCCAUGUCCAGCAUGUCUUCUGUAACCUCUGAAUCGUAUGCCAUGAGCUCCAGCAGUCUCAUGGAGAUGGGUUCAUCCAUGAGAGCAAUCGGUUCUGGUCCGAGAAUCGAGGCUCUGCCAGAGGAUAUCAGCAUUGAGCCAGGUAAAGUCCUGACGGUGACGUGUGCCUUCUCCGGGGAUGCCAAACACAUCGAAUGGUCCCGUGGUGGCCGAAUCAUCGAGGUGACGGCCGGCGGACGCUUCCACAUCGAUACCACGGAGGACCUGACCACCCUCAUCAUCACUGGGGUGAAGGAAGAAGACGCUGGCACCUACACCCUCAAACUGUCCAACGAGCUCGGAUCCGACACGGCAACGGUUCACAUCAGUAUUCGAUCAGCUUAAAAACGCUAAAGCCCCACUUUCCAAACUUCCCCUUUUCCCUUCUUCCAUGCCUUUUUAUUUAUUAAUUGAUCAACGAUAAUCUACGUGAUAAAGAUCUGGAUUCCUCUUUCUGUAAAUAUGAACUAUUUUUGUACCAAUCUUGACAUUAAUUUAUGCCAAACUAGACUAAAGUCUAACGUUGUUAUGAAAUGUGCCAUAUUGGACGAUUCUGACUUCGGAUGUUUCAUCCAUUUUUCUGUGACAUGUACAUAAUGUAUAUAGCCGAAUUUAACGGUUAUGGGAAAUGUAUGUAUUGUUAUUUAUGACAAUAAUAUGAAGUGAAAGAAACUAAAAGUAGUUUAACAGGAGAAAGUUUCCUCAGGAACGAAUACCCUGCUAAACCCAGAAACUAAACUCUGUGCCUCAACAGUACGUUGAAGUCUUAAGAUUGCCUCGGCAGGUAGAGAGGCUCCCUGCCGACGUUUCCUCAAUCAGAGAUCGACCCGCCGACGCAGCGCCGAGCCCGAGGCGGAGCGCUGCGUCGGGUUUGUAAGAGGAGCGCGAGCUCCCGAGUGCUGUUUGCAUUUACCCUCAUGUAAGCAGGAUGACCGGAGCUCACGCUGCGACUGAUGACGUCUUUACCGCCAUUGAAACGAGAAGCUCACAGUGCGAGCGGCCUGCACUCCCUGAGCAGCUGUUGUUUUAGUUUUGUGCUCUGCGCCUGCUAAAUGACCGCCGAUGUGCGCUUCCCCCGUCAUACCAUCGAACCUGGCCAUCACCCUCAGGGAGCCGACCGGCGCUGGUUUGCAGGAGCAGAGCUCCUCCUGGAGGGCUGCAGCGUGUGUGUGUGUAGCUUUAGACCCAGCAGUGGAGAUGGGACGGCGCCGAGCGCCGGAUCCCCGGUAUCAGCUGCCGUCCCACCUGCACUGUGGGGGAGUGAACUUAGCAUCAUAGAGUGUUUUUGCAGCCUCCUUGAGUUUUUCUCCAAUUAUUGAUUUAAUAAAGCAUGUUAUCAGCACUUCA